AGAGGGCGCGAGGUUCCGAACUGUUUUGGUUGUUAAGGUGAAGGCACGAGACUGACGGUUGUAUGAGCGUUAAAGUUUAAGGGAAUGACACUCUCUAAUGAUCUUUUGUAUCGUUCUUUCAUGUAAUCUUCAUCAAAAACGACGAAAUUACGUAGAAGAAAUUGGUAAGUUGACUCUAAGCACGUCAGUCCUCUCUUAGCUAAUGUACAGAACUAUUUCUGUCAAAAUUGUCGUCGUAAUCCUUGCUAGUUUGACUUUACCACUUUAGCCGUUACAAAGCAGAGAGGUAAACGCGAUGGGAACAUCGCCUGUAUGAAGUGUUAAUUCUUAGCGUCUAAAAUUUUACACCUUUAAUGCUAAAUAACUUCCGCAUUUCACCUGUCUUUCGUUGUUUUCUUCAUUAGUGCACCAGUUAACCACCAGCCACAGGCUAUAAUUGCGAUGAAACCUCCAUCUGUUGAGACAUGACAGCACCCUCGAUUUUUACCACUCAUAACUCCCUUUUAAACCUGCUAACUGUUAUCUUAAGUUAAAUACGAAACUCAACCCUUGAUUAAAAAAAAUUGCAUUGACGGCUCCACAUUAUUGUUUUUGUCGUUUAAAUGUUGUUUCAGUGUAUGUGUCUUUAUCGGGAUCCCAUAGAUCCUUCAAGUCUUGAAGUCUCAAACCGUUUUUUGCACAAUGUUACAUUUUUGCAAAUAUCCGAUUAUCCCACAUUUUCUUACUCAUUUUGGCAGGUACCAAUACCAAAACAGAUCACAGACACCCUUUAUUAUUUUAAAAACACCACGUCUAUAAUAGACUUAACCUCCUACUAUCAGUGUGACAGUUAGCUUGGUGUAGAAAUCAGACCAGACAAACAACAUUUGACUCUACCAAAAAUGAGAUAUUACAUGCACAAAUAUCGAUGCAGCAGGUAAUCAGGAAAAAACGAUGUCUCUCUUUGUGCUUUUAUAAAGGUUUUCAAAGGUAUUCAAUACAAUGUUAUGUUAAAUGUGCGCAAUGACCCUGUUGUAUGUCGUCUCUAACUUUGAAGUUGUAAAUGGAGCUGUGGUGCAAAUAAUGUUCCUGAUCUUGACAGUAACACUAUCUCCAUCAGACAAGUAAUCACGAUGGAGACCAUGAAUGAGGAGAACAUGGAGGAGGCGAGGGUGCUGGAGACCCAGAUCGAGCGUCUUCAGGCUGAAGUUGAGGCAUUGCAGCGCCAACAGCAAGAGAACCACAAAGACAUAACACUACAACUCGGAGGGCAAAUACAGGAUGCAACGUGAGUUUGAUUUAUUUAAUUGUUCUUUUUAUAUCUUAUAUCCUUGUUAAACUUAUGUUCAGAUGUCCACAAAAGAGAGAGCGUGGGAAAUCUUGUAGAAUAGAAUAGAAUAUUCCUUUAUUGAUCCCCCAUGGUGGAAAUUUUUUUGGCACAGCAGCAACACAGACAAAGAUAGUGCAAAAAUGCAGUUAUAAAAAUAAAGAUCGUAAUAUUAAGAACUUAAAUGUUAUAAUUAAGAAGAAAUGUAGAAAAGGAAAAAGGGAGAAGAAAAAUAAAAUAAAAUAAAAUAAAUAAAUAAAAUAAAAUAGAAUAAAAAUAAAACUAUAUACAAUAUAUUUUAAUCCAAAAAGUAAAAGAAAACUAAGUGCUAGAGUCAUGAAAUGCACAUCCAUGGUUGGAAUAUCCAAAACACAACACUGCUCAUUAAAAAGAAAACAAAUAAGGUGCAAAAAACAACAAUAAAAAGGCAAAAACUUAAACACUGUGAAGAGCUGCUGUGACUUGCUGCCACUCUCAGGGCGCUCAGUCACCGAUCAUCGAUUGUGUAACUCUAAAAAGGUAAUUACAUGUCUUGAACUCUUACAACUGUAAUUGAAUAUAAAUUUCCCAUCUUUAUAGGUCACAUUUUUAUGGGCUGACUCAAGAAGAAGGGGAAGAAAAGGUGAUGUUCAGACUAAAAGAGGAGGUGGAGGAGCUGGAGGAGGAUCUGAAGUGGCAGACUAAGAUGAAUGGCAUUUUUCUGAACAGCUGCACCACAAAGACUCUGCAAAACAGUGAGAGCACAGCCUCCAUUUUUUAUGUAUUUAUGAUUAGACAAAAGACUCAUGAUUAAAAAGUAUAUAUUUUCAAGUGCUCACUAGAUGUGUAACAGCUAUAAAAAAGUUCCUGGCAAUGUUAUUGUUCGUUUACUCUAGUAUGAUGUGUGCUUGUGUAUAUUAGGUGGCAGUAAGCUCGUCCAGCAGUUCAGUGUGUCAGGUCAGUGCUCUGAACUGGCCUUUCAGGUGGAGUUCCUGCUCACUGAGGUCAAGGUGAGUCAUUCCUUUGCCACAUAACUCAAAGAGCUUCCUGAAGGGGUUGACCAUGUGAAUUGUUGAACAGUAUUUAGGCUUUAGAUAGAUAAGAUCAGAUCGAUGAUUCAAGAAAUGAUAAUCUUGUCUAGUGAUCUGUACUUUAGCAGAUGCCAAGUUUGAAAUGAAUUGUGAAAUAAUUCAGUUUGUCUUCUCAAUGGUUUGUGCAGAUUCUUUUCAUUUCAUUUUUGAUUUGUUCUUGAGAAUUAACUUACGCAUGUUUCUGCUCCUUUUAAUACUGUGUGAUAGAAACACUGUUCCACUGUUCUGAUUGUAUCUCGAAAACAAGUCACAAUCUGGUGAUACAUUCAGUGAUACAUCUUAUGAUCUCUCCUUUAGAGUUUUAUAGAAUAGCUGGAUUUUUGUACUUUCAUUCUCUCAAAAUUUUGGGGUUGAUGUUCCGCCAACUGGCUUCUCAUUCCACAUUUCAGAGUUAAAGCAGCCAGAAGUGAGACUGGCCUUGCAGUCUAUCUACACACUCAUCUGUUCCAAGUCAUGUCAGUGUCAAACAAAAAUGGGGCAAUUUAGACGAGAGAAAAAGUGAUGUUCUGCAAAUCAUUGGAUUCAGAUUAAAAAAAAAAAAUCUUGAAGGGACAAGAACAAUUUUUGAAAGAUUUUUGGUUAUCUGUUAGAAGGUAAUCAAUAUAGAUCGAUAGAUGAUGUGCAACUGUGUUGAAUCUCUUAUUGUCAGUGGGAGUACUGAAACUGUUUAGCCAUCAGGGGGCAUCACAGGACUAUGUUGGACGGUUUAUUCACUGAGUUUUUUAAGUUCAAAGUUUUUUUCAGCAGAUCUCCAGCUUUUAGUCAUAAAAGUAUUUAAAAAUGUAAAAUAAUUAUUAACAGAUCCUAAGUGUGAUCGAACUUGUGAUCAGCCAACUGCCGGGGGAGGAAAUGGAGACAGAGGGUAUUAUAAACAAACUUCAGUGUUUAAGAUCGAACAUAUGUUCAGUCUAACACAGAUAUGGUCAAGAUUAUGUGUUAAUUAUCAUUUACAAUAAAUACACAGUAUUAAAACUGUCCUCCUGUAACGUCUGGAUACCCUUGAAAUGUCUGCAUUAUUUGGCUAAUCUAUUGCCCAGAUCCUGAUCAUUUUAUCUUUACUAUGAAAAACAGGAGACAUGUUCUCAAAAAGAUUCGUUGUUUAAAUGCUGUUUAAAAUGAAAAAGCACAUGUGACAGUCAGUCCUAGCUAUCUUGCAAAAUUCUGAUUCCAAUUUAGGCAAUACAGCCUCCUAAGAUAAUGAAUGUGACAAUAUAUCUGUAACUAAUGUUUAGUACUUGACAGUUUUGAAUACUUCGGCAUGUUUCUAGACGCAGCUUUACCCCCAGGCCUUUGAGAAAACCACAUGGAACAUAACCAUUAAACAAAAAUAAUGACUGACCCUUGAUUUAAGCCUGAAUAUGUAAAGUCAGCUGUAUUUAUAAUUUUAUGAGUGAGAUUGAGUAGAACCGUGAUCUGAAAUCCUGCUUCGUGUAGGCCCUCUGGUUUUAAUUCUGGAGGAACCGCAAGAGCAGCUGGUUUCAUUGAACCCCCCUCGUCUGGUUUGGGUCAUUCAAAUUCUAGUUUAAAACAUUAAUUAUUUGUUUGUGCAAUUUGAAAACAGUAAUUUUCGAAACAUUUGAUCUUCUCUUACCCUUUAAUCAAAGUUUGAAUAAUGCUUUUUAAAUAUCUCAACAUUUAAUAAGCAAGUAUCACUGAAGUGUUUUAUUUGGUGAUGUUUGGUAUUUGAAACCAAUUACAGAUGUGAUUCGUGGCUCCCCAAAAACAGAGCAUUUUUCUCUGUGACAUUACGAUGAAUGGUCUGAAAAACUGUUCAGCAUAUUAAGUACACAGGUUGGUUUAUGAGGUACAUUUGAUUGGAAUCAGUGCUCUUUGACUCAAAAGUACUGUCAUAAAUUUAAAAGAAAACAGGCGCUUGUCUCUGUACUCAUUAAAAGAUGGGGAACUUACAUUGUACUUAUAGUUGAUUAUGUGUUUGUCCUGCAGAACAACCAGCAGUUGGAGAGGACAGUUAGUGAUCUCAACGUGGCGAUUGAAGCCGGUGACCAGCAGGACCUGAAGGACCUCAGCAUUUUCAUGUCCGGGUAAGCUCUGAACUAAACUUAAACUGCAGAUGUACACUCACCAGCCUCUUAAGUAGGUGUUACACCUUGCUUGUACUGGGUUGGACCUUCUUUUGCUUUCAGAACUGCAGCAGAUGCUGCAGAAUUGUUGGCUGAACAUCCAUGAUGUUAAUCUCCUGCUCCACCACAUCCCAAAGGUGCUUUCUUGCAUUGAGAUCUGGUGUUUGUGGAGGCCACUGGAGUAGAUUGAACCCAUUGUCAUGUUCUAGAAACCAGUUUGAGAUGAUUUUUAGCUUUGUGACAUGGUGCACUCUUCUGCUGGAAGUAAGUGGGUACACUGUGGUCAUAACAGGAUGGACAUGAUCAGCAACAGUACCCAGCAAGGCUGCGGCAUUUCAAGAAUGCUCAAUUGGUACAAAAGGAGGCAAAAGUGAGCCAAGAAAAUAUCCCCACACCAUUAAACCACCACCGACAGCAGCCUGAUCUGUUGAUACAAGGCAGGAUGGAUCCAAAUUUUCAUCUUGUUUACACCAGAUUCUGACCCACCAUCUGAAUGUGGCAGUCAAAAUCCAGCCCUAUCAGACCAGGCAACAUUUUUCCAAUCUUCUGUGGUCCAGUUUUGGUGAGCCUGUGUGAAUUAUAGCCUCUGUUUCCUGUUCUUAGCUGACAGGAUUGGCACCUGGUGUGGUCUUUUUCUGCUGUAGCCCAUCUGCUUCAAGGUUUGACAUGCUGUGCGAUCAGAGAUGGUAUUCUGCAUACCUUGGUUGUAAAAAUUGGUUCUUAGAUUUACUGUUGCCAUUCUAUCAUGUCAAACCAGUCUGCCCAUUUUUUGGUGACCUCUGACAUCUACAAGACAUUCUCAUCCAUAAAACUGCUGCAUACUAGAGAUUUUCUCUUUUUCAGACCACUCUCUGUAGACCCUAGAGAUGGUUGUGCAUGAAAAUCCCUGUAGAAUAGAUCAUUAAUUUCUGACCAGCCCGUCUGGCACCAACAACCAGGUCAUGUUCAAAGUCACUUAAAUCCGCUUUUCUCCCCAUUCUGAUGCUCAGUUUGAACUUCAGUAUAUCAUCUUAUCAAUGUCCACAUGCCUAAAUGUAAUGAGUUGCUGCUAUGUAAUUGGCUGAUUAGCUAUUUGUGUACCUAAUUAAGUGGCUGGUGAGGUAUAUCCAGUGGCCGAACAUUUUGGUCAUAAUAAUAAUCAAAAUAUUUAUAACUUUGCAGGCUUUAAAAUUUCCUAGUAUGGUAAGAUUUGUCUAUAAUAAAUAUAAUAAUAUAAUAAAUUAUAAUUCGGAUUGAUCGGUCAAGAAAAAAUCUUUUUAUACUCAGCACCACCAGGGAUGCUAGGAUUAGGAAUUUUAAUGGUACGUUUGUAGCCUGAGUAUAAACCCCAUUUUUAUGAUCACACAUCAGGAUCUUGUCGUCUUGUCAGUAUACUAUUGGCAUAUUCACUGGCUAACCACAUAGUAUCUUGGUUAUUACUCCACUACUGACUCAUAUGAAAAUAUGUUGAAUAUGUUGGCUUGAAAUAUUUAUUAAAAGUGAUUUAUUGAUUGAAAGAUAUUUGAUGUACCUAGAUUUAAAAAGAUAGUCCCUCUUAUUCCAGUGAAGGAAACACUCCCAUGGCAACAGAUUUGUGUCUCCCUAUUGCAGGUACAAUUAAAGUGAACAUUUCAGUUAUUGGUCUUGUCCCAGUCAAACAGUAGCCUGCUUGUUUGUGAUCAUUCACUUUUACUAGCUCUGCUGUUGUGGCCAGGAUAGUGGGACAGGAUUCAAUAUUAUAAAAAAAAAAAAACAUCCACGUUAUAUAGCCUACAAAUAUUGCACAGUAAAGGAAUGAAUGGUUUUACCAUGUUAUUUAUUUACCAAAAUUGAAUUUACUGAAGCAGGCAUUUUUUGCCUCAGUGUCAACAAGCAGAAAUACUCCUGGAUCUCCUCUCUGUCAAUUGAUUUGGUAUGAUGUGUGUAAUGUUGUUUGUCUGUGGCAUUGCUUUUGUUAGUCAAAGUUAAUAGCAGCUGUCACGGGGUUGUCAGUAGAGGGAAGCCUCUGGAGCUGUCUUGAGGCACUUGCUUGAGUCAAGGAUAAUUUGAAAAGCCUUUAUUUGUUCAGGGCAUGUUCAGUAGAAAGUCUUCAAAUUUCAAUCAAAUUCAAUCAAAUUUUAUUUAUAUAGCGCCAAUUCACAACAGUCGUCAUCCCAAGACGCUUCAGUCUUCAAUGAUCAGGAAAACUGCUGGCCUGUUUCGACCCUCCCAGAGUCUCACCAGGGUAUGGUGACUAAACAGAUGCAGGUGAGGUUCAUUUAUGUGGGCUGAAGGGUGAGAACUACAACAGCAUAUCGACAGACAUGGUUUACAGGACAGUUAAGGUGGUACACAACAUGUUCGGAUCUUUAGAUUCAAAGCCGUGGCUUAGCCAGGUCUUAAUACGGAUAUGAUCAGUCUGCUGUGUGAUUGCAGACGACAACUGACUAAUACAUGCUGCAUCAGGGGGUGUGUGCGCCUGUGUGCACCACAUAUACUGAUUCCGAGGUAGCACCACGUAACACCCCACCCCCCAUUUUUAAGGUGUGGCAGAGCAUCACAAUCAAUUACAUGUAGGGGAAACCCUUGGUCAUUUUUUAACUGAAUAAAUGCACUUAAUUAGAGUUACAGUUUCUUUGCAUCUGAAUGCAAGAUGCACCAAGACAGUGUGACGACCCCUGACUCUAUUCACUAAAAUAUUCCAAAAAUAUUCAACUCUUCAGCCAUGAGGUGCAGCUGCUCUCGUUGUCAUAUGUUCAUGUACUCUUGACAUUGUAGUGUAUUUGCAUUGGCCCACGGUCAGAGGGACUGGUCUGUCUAACAGAAGAUCAUCAGGUGCGAAUCAGCUAUCAGACAUACUCAGAUUGUGUGUUUGGACUGAAGCCCAGUAGCUUAUCAGUUUGUCAUUUAUUUACACUGUCUGUCCGCUCAGUCCAAUUUCAACCUCAUAGUUAAUAUUGGAUAUCGUUCCCCUCAGGAAGGGGCUGUCUGUUUAGUUCAGCUCAAGUGUUUAUUAAAGUAGAAGAAGAUGUCAAACUGUUAACGGCUGUCAUCCAGCUGAAUGUCCUCGCUCACACAUCCACUCUCUCUCUCUCUCUCUCUCUUUCUGCUCUGUAUUCUCCUUUAACAAGCCUUUCUCAUGAAAAACAUUUCAGCUUGUUUGGACUGCAGGCAAAUCGGAUUUGCUUUCCAAAUCUGAGCUUUAUUGCAGCAUGUCUGCACUGCUGUUUGCUAGUUAUCUGAUCAGAUUUUGUGUCCACACAUCUCCAACCUACCCGCAUGGUUUGCUAUCGUCUAAGUGUUUGUGUUGCAUACCACAUAAUGCUGGUUAUGCUCCUUCAAAACGGGGACGAUUGAGUAACAAAAACCCUCAUCUCACUUGUUCUCACUGUUAAUUGUGAGGCCAAGCCGUGUUGCUGUGACAGUGGUUGGGAGUAAUGGAAAAGACAACUUGCAGUUUAGUUUGAGCAUCCAGACCAUGACGCACCUGUGUGAAAAAGACUGGAAUGGCAUUUCAGGUCCCCUCCAAACAUGGCUUUAUCCCAGUAAAGACGGAAUUUCUUUGGUUUUAUUGCUGUCUACACUUUAUUAAAUCAAUGGGGAUACCAUAUGUGUAUAAACAAAAUGGAUUUGAGGCAGGUAGUCUGAACAAGUCCUUGACAUUUCAAACACAGGUGUAUCUCAUUACAUUCAUGAAGUCUGGAUACCAUUUAGGUGUUCUAGUUUACUGGAAGGCCUACCUGUGUAUGGAACACAGCCAUCAUUUAUAUGAGUUACACCUGUUCUUUUCCUGCCGUGACAAAAAUAUCUGUUCUGAAUCUGGUAAGCUGAGAUUCCCUCAGUUCUGUUUUGAGCUGCAGCCACUGUUUUUUUUUUUUUUUACUCUUCUCUUAUUGUACUCCAGGAAAAUAAAAUGCCUUUUACUGUAAAUGCUCAUGCUUGAAUUUGAUUCCAGCCACAUCAUUGCAAAAAAGUUGUGGCAGGGGAAUGUUUACCAUUCACUCAUCAAACUCCUCAUCCUCUCCUGAAGAGACCACUUUCUGGAGUUUUGAAAGUCAAAUGUUGCCCUAGCUUGCCUGAUUUCAGCUGCUCAGCAGUUCAGGGUCUCUUUUAACACAUAUUUUUGUGUCAUAAUAUGACAAAUAUGACAGGUCAGGACAGCAGGCAAGCCAGUUCACCACCUAACCUGUUCCACUAUGAAGCUGUUGUUAUGGAUGCAGAAUGUGGUUUGGCUUUGUCGCCUUCAAAAAGUAAUUGUCUAGUUGGCAGCUUAUGUAACUCAAGAAUCUGUAUACUGUAUUAUUCAGCAUUAAUGUUGUCGUCCCAGAUGUGUAAGCUACCCAUGCCAUGAGCACUCAUGCAUCCCCACAAUAUGACAGAUGCUCACUUUUGAGCCAUGCAUGCACUGAUCACAAACCAACGGGUCCCGCUUCUCUUUAGAGUGAAGGAUUCAGUGCCCAUGAUUUCCCCCAAAGUGAAAUUUCAGUAUGUCAGAACUUAGGACAGUCAUCUCAAAGUGACUGGAGCCCAGAUGAAUUGACAGCAUUUCUGGAUCUUUUUUUACAUAUGGUUUCCUCUUCCCAUGGUACAGUUUUAACCUGCUUUGGUGAAUGCAGUGAUAAACUGUGAUGCAGUGAUUCCCACUACACAGUCUGUUUUUAAUGUGGAGAUGAUAGUCAUCCUGUAUUGGAUGACGGUAUUAUCAACAGAGGUUUCUCCAGAUUCUUUGAAUCAUUUAAUGAUAUUUUGGGUGAAUGAAAUCCCCUAAUUCUUUGCUAAAUAAUAUCAUUCUAAAAUUGUUGAAGUAUUUGCCAACCCAGUCUGAACCUCUUUACAUCUUUUCUUCUGAGAGGCUCAAUCUCUUUGGAGUGCCCUUCAUUAUACCCAGUAAUGUUGUUAACCAAAACUAAAUGCAUAUUGACCUUUUAAGAGAUGUUACUACUGCUCCAGGCGGCUGUUUUUAAGCAUUGCACAACUUUUUCAGUGUUCAGUUGUCCCUGUCCCAACCUUAAAGCUUCAUCAACAUCAAAUUUAAAACUGUGUCUUUGCAAUGUGUUCAAUAAGAGUUCAGUUGAUUUGUAAAAAAUAAAGAUAGCCUUUCAUCAACAUUUUACAUAGCAUCCUAAUUCUGGAAUUGGUGUAGUCGUGUUUGUGGAAAUUAAGUGUCAAAAUGUUGAUUUUGACAGGCCAAGUCUUGAGAUAAUUUUGGGGCAUUCCUACAAAAGCUCUGAUACUUUGAUUCCCCCCUUGUACUUUUGUUCUCUUUUUAAAUUAAUAUCUGCAGCCAAGUGUGGAAACUAGCCAGCGCAGAUUACCUGAAACCAAACUUGCAGAGAGGUGGAGGAGAGUACAUUGGAGCUUAACAUUUGAUCUUUGAAACUGAUGAAAGGCUGGCUCUGAAGCCAGUGUUUGGUUUGUUGGUUUUUGGCGGCGGUAAAAACAUGGCCGGAUUAGUGGAAAGCUGCCUCGGUGGAUAUAAAGGACUUACUCUAAAGUCAUAAAAACACAAGAAUUCAUAUUUUUUGCUGAUUAUGCCAUAAAAAACUACAUACUUACAAAUUUAAUAUUUCAGUUCUGCCAACAAACACCAUGAAUCUGACAAUAAUCUUUUCAAAGAUGUUGUAGCUGUUGUGUUUGUGUGCUCAGAAGCUUUUCCAUCUUGAUAACCACAAUCCGCCAGACAGCGUUUGUUCUGUCUGUGGACCAGUGCUAUAAAGCAGGAGUCUGAUUUGCUCUAUAUCUGAGGCCCAACCGCAUCUGGAUUGUAUGGUCCAGUCUGCAGGAUCUGGCAAACAACAGAUGGAAAAAUACUGAAGAUAAUGAUUCUGACACACUGCUGCCUUCUCCAAGUCUGUGUGUGUUACAGGGGGGAGACAGCCACAGCUUUACAGCCAAAUUCAGACUGAUAAUCUUUGUUAAAUCAAGCUGGUGGUAACUGUUAAAGAUAAUAACUGACAUUGUGAUUUUUAUUGUUGGUUUUCAUCCAGCAGACACAUGGUUUUUCCACAUCUGUCCCCCUGCCCCCUUAAGUGGUUUCUUUACUUUGUCAGUAUUCAAAUUAAUUCUGUGACUACACCAGCUGCAAAGUGACAGCAGCAGUGCAGUUCAGCUCCUCUUCUUGGUUUGUGUCUUGCGAGCAGUGUGCAAUCAUGGUGCUGCUACUAAGUGGCACCCAUCUUGCUGCUUUGACAGAAGUCAAAAUCAUUAGUGCAAAAUAUUUGAUAAUGUUUAGGAGCGGCGGAGGGUGGCAGACCCCGCGCAGCAGUAUUUUCAUCUGGCGGAGCCAGGUGCACAGCCAGUUUGGUAUUUUUCAUGGACUGAGGUGCACCAAGGUCCGCCAAGCUGGGCGUGGUGGCACGGUAAAUUAAAUUAAAUAUCCAGUAAAUAGACACACAUGAUGAAGUUAACAAGAUAUUUAAUUCAUCUCAGAUGUUUCGUUUCAGUGAUCAGAUGAGUUAUUUACCUUAAGCCUACACAUGGAUAUUAUAAUAUUCAUUUGCGUGAGUCAAAUUUAUUUUAUAUGCCAACAUCAAUGAAAGAAAAAGCCAGGCCACGGAGCGGGAUGCGUCCUUUAUGCACAGAUGGUUCCGAUUUUAAUGCCAUUAUUGGAGUUUAUGUUGUGAUCUGUGCGCACAACCCACCUUAGUCACGUGAGGUUUAAAUAUAUGCAACUUGAUGUGAUUGUCUUUAUAUGUGGAAAAGGCUGUUUGUCUUACCAGUGGGUCCAACAUUACACACACCAAAUCCAUCUGUGCUUAUAUGAGACAGUGAAGAGGACGCCCUCUGCAGUGCUUACAGCGACACGUCUUGAGGGGCUGCCUUCUGUCGCCAUUGUGUGGCAUUGUUGUCUUCAGCCAUCCCUUGAUCUCUUCAACUACUGCACGAAAAUUGUAAUAUGCCUCGCUGGUGGCGGAUUUAAAGGUGAGGAGAGGAGCUGAUCUGAUUGGCAAAAACAGGUCUCGGCUGUGUUAAACCCACUCUACACCUUCUCUACAAUUUACGCCGCUGGGAGGAGCUGAGUUAGGGAGGGAGGAUACUUACACCGGGCUGCGCCGCUCACCAAAAUACCAAAAUGUGCUUGGGCACGCCUUGUCGGCGCAGCGGACCUGACUUAUGCUGUGCCUACGCCAUGCCGCCAGCGAGGAACAAAAAUAGAGCCCUCCCUGUAAAAGCACAGUAUCUGAUGCACCGGAGAGGCUGUUAUUAACGCCACCUUCUGCUGUGAUGACUAACAGACACUGAUCAAGCCUCUCAUCCAAGAGUUGAUCAAAUUGAAAAGGUUUUGUAUCAUAGCCAUGUCUUCUGUUCUUAUGUUUAGCAGCAUUGUCAUGACUCUUCAGUUCUGUCUAAUAUGACCUGACAUGAUCCUCUAUACAUCCCGGGAAAUUGUUCAGCACUUAGUGACACUGGUCAGCAUCUCUGCACUUUCUCCCAUCUUACCGUCCAUUUACCUUGAAUACUCUUAUUCCUAAAAGACACAGCUUAUUUACUUUGUUGACCCCAGAGGUAAGACACUGUUGUGACUGACACAUUGGUUUGCUCAAGGCAGGUCUGCACAGGUAGUCAGCAGCUGUCAGAAACCAAGGUAAGCUGUAUCCACAUCAUGGGAUCCUGGUUUCUUGAAGAUCUCUCCAGGUAGCAUUAAGUUUCUCAAACCAGGAUAAAGGAUAGUCCAAAUUUCUGAAAUCUGGUUAUGAGGUUUAUAUGCACAACUACAAAAAAACUGAAAAAAGGUCCAGCAGUUAUAGGCAUAAAAAUAACUAUAUAGAAAUAAUCCCGCUUCUACUAAUGGUGCUAUUUUCUUUUGUAGGUCAUAUAACCAGUUUUGUUUUAUAACCGGCAAAAUCUCCUCACAGAGCUUUACGUUUUGGAACUCACACACACUGUUGUGAUCUUUUUUCCACUGUUUUCCAUAAACAAAUUUUACUGUUAUUUGGCAAGAUGAGCUAAAGCCACGGAAACACAUCACACCAACGAACCUCAUUUGAGUCACUACACGACAGUUUUUUUGCAUCCAUGAUCGGUAUGUUUUAAUUGGUCCAAAUCUGAUGAUAUAAUCUUUCUUUAUCAUUCAUCCAGUCGUGACCACAUGAAUCCAAUAACCAAUAUCAAUCCAGGGAUACGUCUCUCCUGCUCCUUCUAAUUUCGGUAUUACUCCAGUAAAUGAGAAGGUGCUGCCAUGUUUCCAUCAGCUCUGUGGAAUAACAGUUGUCUGGAAACUUCACCCGGCUGCCGUCUAGCCCCGGGCCCCCAUGGAAAACUCUGGAAAGCCCUUCAAAGAAUGUCCCAGGCUCACUCAGAGUGAGAGAAGCAGACCAAAACACUCAUUUUUUCUAUUGCCAUUACAAAGCCUACAGUAUGUAAAGAAGCAUACUUUGAUAUCUUGAUUCUGAAGUCUGUGGGUCGAAAAUUAAGCAUUACUCUAUUUUUUUUUAUCAAAUGGUUGAACAUUUUAUGAUACAAGCUCCUUAAAGAUACUUUAUUUAUCACACUCUGCCGCUAAGUCAGUUUAUACAGCCUGCAGUUUUCCUUGAUGUUUGAAAAAUUAGAUAAACAUCUGUCAUAAUUUAAUUUCUGAAGUGAACAUUAUUAAGGCAGUAUUAAAGCAGCCCACAAACAUUUUGAGAGUGACUUGAAAAAGGAUGAAUUUUAAGGAUGAAUUUUUCAGCUUCAGGUGCCGUCAAAACUUUUAAACUUUUACUUAAGUUCAUAUUCAUAUGUAAUCCCAGAUGGAAUGACACAAGAUUUGGUGAAGACAUGUACUUAAGGUUACGAAACGAUGGACCUGAAUGACUUCAAUGCCAUCCUGCCAGCACUACCAGUAAGGUGUCUACAUUUUGGUUGAUAAGCACACACCUACAGAGCAGGCUAAUGAGCAGCAUCCCCUCUCAGCUGUGCCUUGGUUUCAAUUGCACAUUUAAAAUCGAUGCUGAACUGUGUGAAGAUUAUACCAGCUAAAUACUCUUGUAGAAUGUUAUUGUCUGCAUAUUGAUGUAUUAAGGUCAGCAAUAAAUUCACUGUACCAUUAUCCCUUAAGGACAGCCCCACAGAGCUGCUGGUGUGGCCACAGACUCCAGUGGCCUGCCUCUUAAAGGGGAUGUCUCAGCCAUUUUUUCUGUCAUUCAGCUUCAGCAAGUCUGAUACUUUCAUGUUAUUAUAAAUAAACCUGUCUUCACAAACUACAGAAAGGGCUGGUCACUUCCCACGGCAAGUUCGUCUCCUGCUUACAAAUGAUGCCCGUAUUCAUGUUAGUAUGCUACAGCCAAGACCCCUGAGAGUCCUCAGCAUUUCAUAUAAUCAUCACUUCAGUAGUAUUUCUAAUAAAACAGAACAUGAUUUCAUGUUCAAAUUUCAAUUAUUCUGAUGUUCAUUUUCUCGCACAGUAGUGCACAUUCUUGCACCUUUGUCCUGAAUAUUUUGACACACUUUAACCGAUCAACUAUUCUAGUCCUAACCUUUGAGAGUUAAUUGUCAAAGUAUACCAGUAAUAAUGUGUCAAUAUAUUGCAGGGUGGAGGACUGGAGUGAUCUUCUGCUGUUCUUCAGGACUCUCAGGACCUUCUCAGACAGAUGUGAUGACCGAGACAGAACCUUUGAGCACUUCCAGGUAAGUGAAGACAACCUGCUAUUGAGCUGUCCUGCAACUAGCAACUUUGUCCUCUAAGCUGGAUAAGAUCCAUGGCAUUGCAUCCCUUGGGUGUGAUGAAAACAUGGAAAAUCAGUUUAUGUUGUCUUUGAAUUUGGCUAGGUUUGUCCUUACCUCCUUUGCAAUGUGUCUAAAACAAAUCGUCAAAUCAGCCCCGCUCCAAACAAAUCUGUGCGAUACUCCUGUUCAAAAUCUGUGAUUUAAAAAAUGUUCCUGCAAGGUUGCUACUGAUGAAAAAUUGCAGUGUAGCAAGCAAGUGGAUUUUCACCAGGCUGCAAACAUUUGAAUCUGAAGUUAUAAUGGACAUUUUGAUAUGGGCUCUAACAUGAUUUCUUUGGCUUUUGAUGCUAGCCUUAAGUUGAAAUUCUACAAAAUACUGUCAUUUGCACUUCUGUACUUACUUCAGUUUUUAUUAUGGAGCUUGCUGCACCUCUGCACAACCCCAGCUGGGUCUCAUCUUCAUAGGGCAACAGUGGAGCCUUGUUGUACUGUCCCUGCUUGAUGUCAGACAGUAAAUUUGAAAACAUGUAUAAUGCACAUGUAGUUUAGUAGACAUAUUGUCAGAACUGCAAUAAGAUGUUGUGGUUACGUAGAUAUCCGGUAGAUCUUAUUCAUUUUAAGCCUUCUGGUAACCUCAGUCCUUGUAUAGGGGCAACCAUAGGGUCUCAGAAGUAUUAAGAAGCCUGCGUCAGUUUUCUCAAAGUCAUACCUUUAAAGUUUAUUCUCUGUACAUUUCUGUAUUCUCUUGACCUUUGGACUUGUGUAACUUCUUUUAAAACAACGCUCUUAUUGGUUGCGCAGCAGGUCAGUAAACACGUAAUUUUUUAGAUUUAACUCAGAUCAUGCAGCAAGUAAAGUUCGGGAUUUUAAUCUGACAUGCAGCAGGUAAGUCACAGAUUUAUCUCAGGCUCUGCAGCAGGUAAGUGGCAGAUUCAAAUCAGAAAGACCAACAGAUACAUUUUUGUGCUGCAGGAAAGUUAUGGAUUUUAAUAAAGCAUGUAGCAGUUAAGUUUUAUAUUCAGAUAAAGUUAUGCUGUAAAUUAGUUUUAGAGUUGUAUCACAGUGUGCAGUGGAUAAGUAUGAAAACGUUGUAAGUGCUGCUAGUUAACACUGAUUUGUGCAGUUCAACUUUGGAGGUGGUCUUGCUCGUAAAUGAUACCAGUGUACGAGCAAAGUCUUGCCGGUGGAGCUAAUUUACCACUUAAGUAUUGUACUCUGUAUAUCCUUCUGAAGCCAGUACCCAAAAACAAGGCCCAUAAAGUUGUUCACCUUUUUAUAAAGAGUCAAAAAAUUAAAGUUAUUGCUGUGGGUGAGAAUCACUGUGGGCAUGGAAAAUGUCAGGGUGUUACUUGGUUGAAGUGGUAGCAGUUAAAUGUCAAAUAGUAAAUCAAGCCGAGAAGCAAUAUGGAACCUAUUCUCCUGUUAACUUGGGGAAUUUAAAGGUCUGCCAAGUUGGCUGAGCUGAAGAAGGUUUAACCCACAUUUUCCAUAUUGGCGUGUAUGCUCUGAACUCUCAUUUAGCUUUAAUUUUCUUCAGUGUUCAUUACGGAAAAAAAUCCUUUUUAACCAUCCUUAUGUAAUGCUGGUAGUGCCUUGUGUACUGAACACCAUACUUAGAUUAGUCAUAGACAUAAACAGGUUUUUUAUAAGAAAAGAUAAAACACAAAGAAUUCACAUACAACCAACCAUUUCCUUAAUCAACCGAUCACUUACAGACAGUUUGAUUGUGCAGCAGUUACAAACCUCAUUUUGCCAACCACUGAUGGACAUUACUCUCUUGUGCGCACAUCAGACCUGAGGAUUGAGAAAUCACAUCUUAAAUUCACCAUACUCUGCUUACUUCCCAACAAUAUAUGACAAGCACUCAAAGUAUAUUCAUAUUGUAAACCUUCAUUGAUAUUAAAAAAUCUAGAAAUGUUAUAUUGUUUUUUUUUUUAAGAUUCCCUUUAUUUUAAAAGAAUUUGAUGGAAAAAUUAAAUUGCAGCAGUACACCUGUGUUCCUAUUGAUGCAGCCACAUAUGGACAGCCAGUCUCUUAAAGUCCUUUUUCUUCAUACUUGGGAAAAAGUCAGAAACUUUAGUUAGGUGAAGUGAACAAACUCCAGCAGAUGCAAUCUUGGUUUAUUGUUGAUGUUAAAAUCAUAUUGUUGAAAUUGAAUAUUGAAAUUUUUUAAAUACUUUGACCAGUAAAGAUACUGUUCUGUGUUUGUUGUUUGUAUUAUGGAUGGCAAGAUUCUGAGUCUUUUGAGAUUGUUCACUAUGGCAAUGUCAACAUGUUGAGGAAAGAUCUCGAUCCUUAUUUAAUAAAUCUGCAAUUCUAAAAAGAGCCUUUACAGUUAACUCCACUCAAACUUUCUGCAGACUAUGAAUUCCUUUCUUCUUGAAUGGUAGACUGUGAAUUAAGCAACUAAAAGACAGUAGUCUCCUGUAAAGUUUUCCAUUAAUAAAACAAGACAAAUAUUGGGUAUGGUACUCCUUGGUGUAUAUUAAAGUUGUGGAAAAAUAUUCAAACACUUAGCUAUUAGGGAUAUUAAAAAAAGCCUCAUCAAGUAAAAACACCAGUCCUCUAUCAUUAGGUGUGAUCCAAAAAUAAAUUACCAGUCUUUAUCAGCAGUACAGCUGCCUUUACUACUACCAAAACUCUGCCUUUAAAGAGUAAUACCAGUAUUUUUCUUGCAAGAGCCAAAUCUCUUAUGCUAAUUAUCAAAAUCACAAGCCACCACUGGGAAACCUGAUCCACACAAAAAGUCAGAACACAUUUUAAUUUAAAAAAAAGUUUAUUUAAAUAUCUAAAAAAGAACAGCCAUGUCACACAUCUUCCUGUGCACCACUCUUAUUCACAUCAGUUAUCAUUUCUGAAGUAGUUCUAAUACUGGAAGGCAAGUGCAUGGGACACUAGCAAGAAAAAUAAAAAGGAGUAACUUUCACAUUACCAUACUUUAUAGAUACAUUUCCACCCAGUUAUAACCUCAACUAGACACUAUAAAUAGAAAAGGUGACACAUGUCAAAAAUGCUGAAAAAAGCCUUCAUUGGACACAUUUACACAGUCACUGUAGUUUGAAAGGCAUUUUGAAAUGGCACAACAAUGGGGAAGAAAUUAAUUACACAAUGGCAAAACCCACAGUGUUGUGUUCAUGUCUAGUCAUCUUCUGAGAGAACAUUCAAUGAGAAAAGUAUUUGCAGACUAUUCCUGCGGGCAUUAUGAGACAGUCUAAUGGUUAUCAGCUGCCUGAGUCAGCUGGGAUCAAUUUUCUUACAUGCAAUAAAUCUCAAGGCAACAUACUAAUAUUGUAAUGAAAAAAUGUUUUAAAUGCUUACCGGAUACUUUCCUUUCAGCGCAAUCUCAGAAACUUUUCUCGACUGUCAGUUUGAGAUAAUUUACAACAAAAAACUGGUAUCAAUUACUCCUAUUGUAAAGCUGGACUGAAUUAUUAUUUGGAAAAUAGCAUUGCAGUACAGUUUCUCGCCCUAAACUCUUUCCAUCCAUUGGAUAGUAGGAGUACCUGACUAGAUAAAGCACAUGGACCAAGUAUGAAAAUAUCAGCUGCAAAAAAAUGCUCUUGUUUCUUUCAUGUGUUUCACACUCAUUCUUAGGACUUAAAACUUCAAAGUGAAACAUGCAACAGUAUUAUACAUUAUAUAUAAAAUAAAAACUGCAUUUAAGUCAUGCAUUUUUUGCAACAAUUCCGUUGAAAAUGUCAUUCAGGGAAAGGCACUUGUCUAAAAAUGCACUUAAAAUCUUCUGAAUUGUCCGUCAUGUAACAAAUUUAAAAUCCCCAAAUUACAGAUUCUAAACUUAAACAAGGUCCUUUUUGCAGACCUCUUCAUACAGUACCCAAAUGCAUUUUUUAAAGAAAUAAUUCCACAGAAAAACAGUGAAACAAAGUAAUAUCGGGUUUAAAGCCAAUAAUAUGUUUCGGGCAGUCAUGAACAAGCCUGCUGGGCCGUUGCAGGUCCAAUAUGCAGUCUGUGUUUUUUUUUUUUUUUAUCAUUCUAGGUAGUUAAGAGUCAAGUCAAAAUUAAACAAUAAACUGACUGGACUGAUGAUUCAGAGAUUUUGAUGCUUUCCACUCAUUUGCCAGAUUCAAGCUUUUUUUAAUAUAACUCCAGCAUGAUAUCUGAAAGUGUUUUGAGACUCAGACAAUAAACCAAUGCCUGUUACUCCCCAACAUCAGCAAAGCUGGAUAUAGCCAGAGUAGAGAAAUACCUGGAAGUGUCAGUCCAGUUAGCGGCUUCAUUUUGACUUGACAAAGUUACAGUCUAUUUUAAGGUUGGCUGAAGUGAAAACAUUGACAUCUUUGUUCCCACUGUGGGAUCAGUGCCCAAAAACACAGACACUCACACCAUCCUCAGAACUCUGUUGUGGGAAAUUGUCUCCAUCAGCAGCAAAAAGGAUAGGGUCAAGUUUUGGUUUGCUCAGCGGUACCGUCCAAUUGGCAGUACCUUCAUACAGGUGAAGCUGUCAGGGUACUUAGACAGUAUAACAGGAUUGCCAUCCAUACGGACUUCAUUGAGGCUUGGUCGAAGGUAAUAGGUGUCAUUGGACCGGCAGAAGGUGUCAAUGUUGACCUCAGUGAUAUUAUUGUUCUGGAGGACAUAAAAAGUGUUAAAUGUAACUAAAUCAAAUUAAGAACAAAUACAUUGAUACCAAAAAUAGAAAUUAACUUAUUUAUCUAUAUUUUAGUAACUGGAGAUACAUACCUGUAGAUGUAAGGUGCGGACACUGUCAGGUAUGUGUGGUACAGCCUCUAACUCGUUGUUGGCCAGAUACAGAGUGACCAGCUUGGUCAUUUUCUGUUGGAGAAACAAAGCCCGCCAUUGUGAUCUACAGAUUCAGUUGUUAAAUGUAAUGUCAGGAUACUCCUAAUUGACAAAGUUUAGGGUAGUAAUGAGGUAUACCUUGAAAAGGUUUGCCUUGACGCCCUUUGUUUUGAGGAGGUUGUGGUUGGCAUUGAAUGAUGUUAGUUUGGCAGGGAGCAUCGGAAGUUUGACCAGUCUGUUCUCAGCAAGAGUCAGUUCCUCCAGUAGUGUGAGCUUUGAGAAUGCUCCAUCUUCAAUCUCUGAGAUCUGGUUUCCCGUGAAGUCAAUCCUCUUUAGAGUUACUAUUGAUAGAAGGACAAACAAUUAGUUAUCUGAUUCCUUGUAGCUGAAAUACUCUCUUGAAGCAGAAAGCAGAGCGGUCACAGCUUUCACACUGCUUCCUCCUGUCACUAGAGUCAUGAAACAUGACUCUAAUGACGGGGCAAAUUUAAUCAGUACCAAUCUGAGGAGAAAAAAUAUGUUUGCCAUUUACCUUGUCUACAUGUAAGAAACUAGAUGUGUUUUAACUGCCAGAAAAAAAAGCAGAAAAAUGCCUCAAAGCUGUCAUUUGGUUUGCACACACACUGUGCUUGGUUUUUGAAGCAUUUAGAACAAAAUAAAUGAGCCUUAAGAAGUCAAAGUGACUGCAUUAAUGUUCUUCAUCAACAUGAAGAAUGAGAAAACUGCUGGAGCUCACAGACUCACAGACUGUUGAAGUUAUAGCUAAGCUGUGCCCGUGCACAACCUAGUUUUGAUCUUUGUCAGGCUAAAUAAUGACCCUUUUAAGUGAUACAAUCAAAUAGUCGUAUUUAUAUUAAAGUUUUAAACUUUAGUCAGAUCUUUUUUUAUAGACAACAAGUACAGAUAAAUUAUAUUUUAGAUCUCUCACAAUAUACUUUUUCCUCCCUGGUUGACAAAAAUUUAAAAUAAACCAUAGACAUGAUGGAAUCAUCAGUUUUAAGCCAGCAACAAGCAGUCAAUGGGAAUGAAGCUGCAGGCUGCAUAUUGUAACUCCUUUUUUUCUCUUUGGCGCUUCAGUUAUCUUUUAAACUCUGUAUAUCUAUUUUUUGCACUUCCAGUUUUGUAUUAAGUUAUUAGUCUAAAAGUUAAUUGUGGAAAAAAUGGCAAAAUUUGUGCAGCAAAAGGCAAGAUAUCCUGUUCUUAAGUUUCAAGUUAUGGUUAACCUGACUACAGUAUUUUUGGUAUUACAGCAUCAGGAGUUGGGGAUCUCACAUCUCUUUUUGCUAAUGGUCAUAGAUAAUCCAUUACACUUUAACUGUAAAAGUGUUGGAGUGCUUUUUCCAUAACUGCAAGGGCUUUAUUUAAAUUUUUCACAGAAAAUGAGAUCCACUGAUUUGGAUUUGUAAAGAAAUGUCUUAUCAAAGAAAAAGUCGGAGGGCAUACUCUGUCAACUUUCAGUCUAGGAGAAAGUCUCUUUCAGUCUAUACUCUGUCAACUUUGUCAUGGAGAAAGUUUCUAAACUUACCAGUGUCUGCAAAAUCUUUGCUGCUGAUCUUUUUGAUUUUGUUGAAGCGUGCGUACAGGUAGGCUGUCUCUUUGGGCAGGGUUGGAACAGAGGUCAUGUCUGGACUGACAUCCUCACAGUACACAGAACCAGUCAGACAUACACAGAGCAGACAUGUGGGCAAGUCUGCAAUACAGUACCAGCACAGAAAAAAUCAACAAACAAUUUGUAGAAAAAGCCCUUUUAGGAUAUGUUUACCUUUAUAGACAUAAGGAGCCCGAUGUUUGGGCCAGAGAGCAUUGACUGGUUGUGGUCCAACAGGGUUCUUUUGACAACAAACCACUAAUUCAGCUGGAUUCGAGAAAAACGGCAGCUAACAAUUUUUUAAACAAAAUCCAAGUAUAUUAUUAGGAAGGAGGUGUGUUUUAAUUUUAUACUUUGGUCAACUAGCCAACGAAAACAAGAAAUAUAAUUCUUCACAGGCCAAAUAAGGCAACUCAUGUUCCUGGGCUAACCCAGCAACAACUAAGAUAAACUUUUACUUCUAACCCGUAAACCUUGAACAGAGGGAGUGAAAACAACUUCAUGUAACUGGACAGAAAUUUCAAAUUUUACCCAUAGUUUAAAUUUGAUGUUCAUGUGUGUAUUUCGUAGUUGACUCAUAGUUUUUAGGUCCUUCUCUUACCAGAGGCAUCUCCUUCCUCUGUAACUGGGCUGCCAUCAGGUUCAUCAGCAGGAGGCAGAGCUCUCUACAGGAGAAAACACAGCAUGUUCAAGUCCAGCAAGAAUAAUUAUGAGAAAAAAAUGAAGAAGAAUUAACUUUUCCUCAGCUGUUGUUGUACGAUGGUCAGGUUUUGAUAAUUAAUAGGUGUGGUGGUACUACCAAAGCUGACACAUAAUCAUCACACAUGAUUUCUUCCUUUGGCAGGUAAACAUCAAUAAAAAAGUAUUUAGACUGAUAAAUGGGGUCUCUUUCUAUUUUAACUAUUAAUCAAUAGUUUAGGCGUUGGUGUUCUCUGAGAUGAGGCAGCACUGCUGGUUCAGCAAAAAUAAGGCCAGUAGAUAUUUUUGUUGCCUGUUCUUGCCACAGUAGGUUGCUGAUCCAAAGAGAUGUUUCAAACAAGAAAAUUCUUACACCAAAAUAUAAGUCAGAAAAAACAUUUAAAUUCAAGAAUACUUAGAGGUGAUUGGUCCUACAUUCACUUUAGUAGCGCUCACAUAAACUUGAGGUUAGAGUCUGCCUCUGUCAGAGGUGGUGCACGUGGCAAGGAUACAGAAAAUAACAUUGAGGGUCCCAUUAUUUCUCAAGAUCAUCUUAGUUGACCUUGGUUAAAAGAGAGACUCUUACAGUUAUAUUGUUCUCUAUACAACCAGCCACAGGCACAUAGCUGGGGAUAAACCUACUGAUAGAGAUUAUAGUGUUUUACUGGUAUUGAUUAAUUAGAAACAGUCAAAGAAGGCACUAACCGUGUGGAGGGUAAUUGUUUGGGGAAAAGUUAAGUCUACUUUAGAGUCUUGUCAUUUAGACUAAAAAGGACCUCAGAUCCCUGUUUAAUUACAGAAGAGUCCUUGUUGGUAAGGGGAGUUUGGGUUUCAAGCUUCAAGUACAAGCAAGAAGAUAAAACAUGAUCUUGGAAGUCCAGUUCAGGAAAAAUGUCUAUUAGCUUAAUAUUUUCUGUUUAUUUUGCUCUACUCAGAGUUUGGAACACAAUUAUUGCAAUAAUCACAAAAAUGUUUCCAGUCGUAUCUGCCAAGAAUUUGAGCUGGAAUAAAACACAGCGCUGGACCAGCUGAUGUAUUCAGUUGGGCCAUUGCUCUUUGCUAUUGACAAGAUUGAAUGUGGGAAAACAGUUCUGUUCAGACUGUUUGCUCGGUUGCUCUAUAGCACACCUUGCCAUAAAAGAUCCCACAGCUGCCUGUUGGCUUAUGUCUUCACAGCUGUAGUCUGCGUGUUACCACUCUUUGGUGAGCUGCUCUGAUGUUAGUUUUGGGUUUCUGCUGAUGACCUUUGAUUUAAGAGUCAGAUCAUGUUCAGGCUUUGAAAAGUGAACCCUGUAUGGGAAUCAAGAAACUUUUCAAUUUUUGAAGGUUGUGAUGGAAUUCGUACUCUGGCCUGAGGAUUUGCAAGUCUACAGACUUUUGUGGCAAGUUUGAUCUUAGACCAACAUUGUGUCAUUUGCUAAUGAACUUCAUGAUACUGAAAGUUUACCUGCAGGGUUGCAACAAAAAAGGACAGUUGCAAACAUUUAACUAAUAAGAUAACUUUAUCUUCGUCUAAUCUUACUUUCCAAGGUUAUUAUCUGGGUAUUUAACCGCCAAACAAUCAAGAGCUGGCUGGAUGCCCUUUAGUGGCCAUCCCCGAAAGAAAUAUUGCUGAAGAAAUAUAACCUCUUCUUCUGGGUUGCCUUGCAGGCCCUCUGGCUACUUAAUGGAAGACAAUAAUUGUUUCUACAUUUAGAAUUUCAAAGUUCGCUCCAGUGACGGUUGACUGAGACGACAGUUUACAGCCUGGCUCCAGAGGGUCUGGUGUUGGUGUCUUGUGUGAAAAAAAACCAAAAAACAUCUGGUCCAGACUUGAGUCUUAACUCAAUAAAACUGAAGUUACACUUAAUAGCUGUCUACUUACUAACUUAGAAUUUUAUUCCUCUCGUUCACAUGAUUGUUUGUGGGUUUUGAACUUCUUGCAAGUGCUUCCCAAAGGUUUCCACCAGACCAGACUUUGGUUUUAGUUUGUCCAAAUAUUUUUUGAAGAGGUUAUUGUGGUCAGUAGAGGGUGGAGGUGUGGUGGAUUUGAGGUUUGGUUUGUCUGCUGGAAGAACAGCUUGGCACAGCUGUGUGUGUGUGUGUGUGUGUGUGUGUGUGUGUGUGUGUGUGUGUGUGUGUGUGUGUGUGUGUGUGUGUGUGUGUGAGAGAGAGAGAGAGAGAGGGAGAGAGAGAGAGAAACUUGGUUAUAUGCAGAUGGAGAUAUAUAGUGUAGCCACUUUAAGUUAUCAUUGGGCAAAGAAAAAAACCUUUAAAAUCUUAAACCUAUAAAGCAUGAUAUAAAUAACUUUUUCAAAUUUCAAUGAUCAGAUUUUUUUCUUUCUUACUCACUUAGUUGGAAUUUAUCUUGAAGAAAAAGUUGGUAUUAUCAAAUUCUCUGUGUGAGAUGUUUAUUUAUGUUACUUCUUUCUGUGCACAAGUUGUUACAUUGAGUGCAACACUGCAUUUCUCAUUGCUUCCUCAUAGCCUUAUACAAUAAUCCAGUUUUCCUGAUUGAUAAGAGUAACUCUUAAUAUGUGUCCUCAAAUAUCAAGAACAAAUGGAUCAAAAAUGUUCACUAAGUGAAAUUUGACAACUAUGAAAAGAUUCCUCAACAAAUUUGCAUAAAUCAUAAUAUGUUAUACUGCAAAGUUAAAGUUAUAAUUAAUGAGAACAUUUUUGUAUGAUGCAUGACACAAGUGCUGAGUUUCUUACCCUAGCUCUCCUUGAUUUCAAAUAGUCAAUUGAGUAUCCAUUCAGAUCUCCGCCUGGUAGAGAUCCAGGUAUCAGCUGUGAGUCCUGGUCAGAGCUCCUGGCUGAGGCUGCAAUCUGCCAUAGCACCAGCGUACAGGUGAAUAAGAAAGCCUUCAUGCUGUUAAAGGCAAUGUGAAGCUGACACACCAGUCUGCUCUAUGCUUGGGUUUGGGUCAGCAGCUGCUCUCUGCUACAAGCCCCUGAUGGGAUGUGUCAAAUGACUGUAUUUAAAGGCUGAACCAGUAGCUUCCAGCAGACUGUUAAAGCAGAAUUUAUAGAGCAGAGUACUUAACCCUUCCCUAACCACACUUCUUUGAAAGAUAGACAAAGACACAGACAGGGUGUUCAAAAAAGAGGCACAUGUGGAAAAAGACAAAGAGAGAUUAAGAUGUCCAUUUUCUGAAAUGUCACAUAUGUGUAGUGGAAAAAAUGCACAGCAGAAACUGCAGAGGAGGCAGAAAAACUGAAAGUUGAUAACCACAGAGAGAGUUGUUUUGUCAGGAGGAAUGUCUGUGGUUUCAGCCUGACCACACAAUAAUGACCUGUAAUAACCAACCUAUCUUUCAUUAGGGUUGAAAAAUGUUUUUUUCUCUCUUCGUGGUUAGUUAGACAGCCAGUUACCAUAAGUCAUACAUUAAUAGGCUAAAAUAUGUACGAUUGCCCAGGAUUGACCUGUGGCCAACUGUUUUUUCUUUUAGUUAUUACCAAUCUGGGUGUGAAAAUACAGCAUGAAGAUCCAGGAACAAUUCCUCAAGUGUGAGUCUGCGUGUUAAGUCCUUAAAAGUGCUUUGCAUUGUCAUAACUGCCUGUAGAAUCUUUCAGGAUUGUAGACAUGGGGUGACACUUACACUGUAAGUGACGCUAAAUCCUGUCUCAGUGAAAGUAUGGAAAUGACAGCGCAAAUCUGUAUUUUUUUGGCUGCUUUAUCCAAACCAAAUGAGGACCCUUUUUGAGAUUACAGCUAGGACAGCCCCUCUAGCGAUAGCCUUUGAUUUCCUUAUUACUUCCUUCCUGAUGUUUAGGUGUCUUGAAUAAGAAUUUCAUUCAAAACGUCCAGUGGCUUUCCAGCUUUGAACAUUUGUGAACAGUUUUAAGACAGAGUCACAGUUUGUUCAGUCUUUGCUUUGAGUUCCGCUCAUUGCUGAUAAGGAAAGAUAAGAAAUUGCUUAAGCAGCAACAGGCAAAAUCUAAAAUAGUCAACACUUUUUUUUCCUGAUAGAUGUCCAUACUGAUAACUGAUUCUGGCAUUUGUGUUGGUGGUGCUCCCAUUUGAAGGUAUGUUGAACGAAGGACUGGUUUCAUUUGUGGAAGUGAAAUAGCAGUAUUGUUGCAUUUCAUCUGGUUUGGUUCUCUUUCACCCUGUGCUUGGGUCAAAUGAACAAAAUCAUCUGGGUAAUGUCAAGUGCUAAUAACAUCUGCUCAUUUGUGGUAUUGUCCCAAACAAAUGCUGGCAAAGGCGAAGUUAUUGGCUCAUCAAUUGGCUAGAACAGAAAUUGGAAGUGCAUUCCCUUUUUUGGCUCAUUCCCCACUUAACAAUGUAAGAACAUCCCAGUUCUGCAGUCUGAGGUUCUGCAUUUGCUGUAGUUUUUACAUAAUAUACAGUGAUGUGUUUCACAAGCAAGGGACCAGGACAUCCUGCCCUGGUUACACAGACGUCAGGCAAGGUAUUUCCACACAGGUAGUGACCUUCAAUGCACCAUGCUUUACACCACUUACUGCCUUUGGUUUAUACGUUUGUCCUCUUUUGUUUUUGCACCUUAAAUGAGCCGCAGCAGCAGCAGACUUGCUUGGAAGCAAACUAAGACCCCCAUAUUUAAGAGUUCACUAGUUUGGUCCGCACCUGAGUUCAAAUAAGCUUUCACAGCUCUCUAAAGUUACUGGACUAUCCAAGGAAAAGGACUAGGAUUUGUUUGAUGUGGACCAAACAGAUCUGGUGUGAAUGCAACCUUAGUAAUGAUCACCAAAAUCUGAAUUAUGACUUUUAUUAAAAGUGCCAGCUGUGUUCCUAAUCCUCAAUUAUGUUCGCUGCAGAUGCAAAUGACCACACAGCCUUUUGCUAUGCCAGAUGUAGAAGUACAUCAGCUGUGUUGAUAUUUCUCACCUGAAUCUUUUUUGGCUGCCUCCAGCCAAAUUGUCUCAGGACUUAAUAGUUUAUGGGAACAUCUGUGUUGGAAAGCUAUGCAUCAUCAUCAUUGUAGAUGCCUGUAAGCCAAACAGAUUAAGAUGACGUGUCAGGGCACUAGCUAUCUGCAGUGUGGCCCACAGGCUGUGCUGAGGUGAACAUUUAAAUGAGCUUCUUUUGACAUUAUCUGUAUAUUAUUAUUCUGUUUAACAAUACUGUGAUUAUUGUUCAGUUAUUUAAUUGAUCUUUUAUAAUUACGUUUUGUCAUGACAAUCCAUUGUGGUGGCAAACCUUGAGUAUAACCUCUUCUGUUUUCCAAAUCACUAUUACUUUGCAUCAUUAACAGCCCCCUUCAUGUAGGUUUCCUUUUGUUACCAGAGAUUUCUGCAAGAUAUUGCAGGAAUAUUCCAUACAAAUCAUGAUCAUCUUAUCGUGUCUUGAAUCAAUCAAUCUCUGAAUGGUUUAACAGGUAAAAGACCUUGAGGCUUAUGUUUUAAAAGCGUAAUGAAUCACUGCCAAGACACAUGAAUAAAUAGCUGCUACUAUGAUAAACCCAAAGACUGCCAGCAAUAGAUAAAAAACAGAUUUACUGGGAAAUGGCAAAACAGAAAUGCAUGCAAGAAGUUUCCAAACCUUAAAGGCCAAGAGAUUCUCAGUAAUAAAAUGAAGAGUCUGUUCACUCAGUGUAUUUCACAGCUGCUGAAACCCAGCUGUGUUUGGAGUGAUUUCAACCUUGGUUGUCAAAUCAGAGAGAUAUCGGGCUUCCCCUGAGCAGUUUUAAAGAAACUGUUUUUUUUUUGUUUUGUUUUUUAUUUUUUUGAUGUUGUCUUUUGAAAAUGCCAAAGAGAGAGAGAGAGAGAGAGAGAAAUGACAAGAGGCAGUACUUCUCUAAAAACAAGCCUAGUGAAAGAGCAAGGCAGAAGUUUAAAAGCAAAACAGUUAAAUAGAAAACAUGUGACUAUUUCAGCAUUCAAGAGAAGAGGAAAACGCAUGGGGCCCCGAUAUAAACACCCAAGGAACAUGAGCCCAGACUGUUACAGGUGUGUUAGCAAUUACGGACACCUUUAAACUUUUACGACUCUGGGAAGAAAGCCAGCAACAGGGGAAUGUUUUUACUCUCACUAAUUUUCUAUACCAGAGUCUGAGCUGUCAGGGUGGUUUCAGUAACAUUCCAGUCCACAAUAAACCAGUCAAUUGGAGAGCCACCCACAACAAUACACUAAAUAUAUAUUCCUGUCAUGUUGGCUGGCUUUUUAUUUGUUUGAACACAUGUAAGGCCUUUCUAAAUUUGAAAUGCAAACAUUGUCUGUUUUGUAACAAAUAAGAAAGAACAUUUAUCAACGGUUUUUUGUUAAACUUAUGUUGCAUUUUACUCUGAAAAGGUGAAAAAGGAUGAGAGAUGCUAAAUAUACGUGAUGUUGUUGCAAGUAAGGGUGAAGUGACCACAAAGAAUAUUGUGUAAAAGAAAGCUCAAUGCUGCAAAAACGGGCCAAGACCAACUCGGCUUGGUUAAAGGUAGGGUGGGUAAUCUGAUUUAGAUACACUUUUUGUUAUUCUGGUUAAAAUGAUCUUUAUGUUCCGAUGGCAAUCAAUACAUGAUGUGUUCUUAAAAAAGAGCGAAACAUAUCUACAGCAGGAGUAAAACUGGGAAAACACCAACCAAUCACAUUGUGUGGGUCCCACAUUUUUUAAACCAAUCAAAUCCCGUGCUUGCCUCCUGCGUGUACAUGUCACCGCCGUACACUGGCCCUGAUUCAAUGCGCAUAGCUGAGCUGGGAGGGGUACAGCCACACUGGAGAAUCGCAGAAAAACGACCUAUACCAGGGCUUGACACUAACUUUUUUCACAAGGAACGCACUUGCUUCUAAAGAGAAAAAGAACUUUAGGGGCACAAUGAAAAUUGAUCAAAUAAUGUUUGUCUUAUUGGUCUAAAUAAGUACUAUUAUUUGAAGUCAAUUUUAAGUCUUUUGGUCACAUGACAUGGAAGCUAUUGAAAAAAAAUUUCAAACUUUGCCUUUAAAUUAGGGAAAUAAAGACGUGUGUCUUACUGAUCGACAUAAGUAUUAUUAUUUGAAAUCAAUUUUAGGUUAAUUGGUCACAUGACAUGGAAGUUAUUAAAGUAAAACAGCCUUUUCUGAGAACAUUAACUGGUAAUUUAUUGAUGGUUCCUUAUUUCACACCCAGCGUUGACAGUGAGGAUGCCAAGUAGGUUUAACAGCACUGCUGUUGUUAUUCCUGGUAAUGGAGAGUGAGAAGACACAGGUAGAUCUACAGUGAAUGUCCGUCAGAUAUCCAACCUAAAAUGAACUUCACUGUGUUAUUUACAUGAAAAAACAUUUGUUGCGUCGGCUAAUUUUUUUUAUGUGCACAUAUGCGCUUAAAUACAUUUUGCAUACAUUUUCCCCUGUUUCACCAACUUCACUGCUAAUGUUUGCUGUGCUCUGAUGUUUGCUAAUGGGCUGUCAAAUGAGUUUAAUGAUGUAAAAUAUGAUACAAUCUCAACCCCGCACUAUGAAAAAGUCAUCUGAGUGCAUUAUUCCAGUAAAGUGAAAUUCUUGAUGGCUUUGUUCCAGUCAUACUGCUUUUAGUUUCAAGUGGAGUAACUCAAGUUUGACUCUUUGGUUUUACUCUGUCAGUGCUGUUUUUCAGCAUACCGGUAAACACAGUUAAAUUCCAUUAGGUUUUCUUUCAUUUAGAAAUUAAACCCAGAGAGCUAACUUUUUUCUGUCCAAUCUCUCCUAACAGCACUGAUCAUUAUGAGUGACAGGUGUAAGUGAAUGAUCCAAACUCCAAAGCUGGCCUAGACAAAACAACAUACGUCACUGAAUUUACUUCACACACAUCCACCCAUAUGACUGGAAAGUAGCUUUCAACACUUAAGACCACCUGGCCAGGCAUUAAACAGUCUUGGUCUGCAUGGGUCUGGCUGACAACCGACAUGAUGUAUUAACCCACCUCUGAGAGCUGUGUGUUUUGGUCAUGACAUAGCCGCCCGCUAGCUCCAUGCUGCUGCCAGCAGCUGUUAAGCUGACAGUUAGGUUUUUUAUUUGAGUUCAGAGACUUGUUAUGUAAUGAAUAUUACAUGUUUUUUAAAUUAAAUAGUUGACAUAAAACCUGUACCUGCAGUUCCCUUAUAAGGCUACAUGUGAAGCUAAAGGAGAGGAAUCAAAAAUAACUUUCAUACUCUGCAGUGUAAUGCACCUGCUGCUUGAAAUUGGAGCCUAUUUUUAAAAUACCGAUAUUAUAUGAACACCUAAGCAAAAGCAGAAAGCCCAAGAAUGCAUGAAUUUGUUGUUGCUUCAUUAUUUAUGUCGUGGAAAGACCAGAAAAAGUGAACCGAUUUACAUUUUAUUCUAUGUCCUAUAGUGUUGCUAUUUUCUUUUUCAUUGUCAUGAUCUUUUUCUUCUUGGUCAGCAUUUGUUUGGGACUACAGCGAGCAGUCCUUAUAACCUUGUGACAUUGUCCAGGCGGUUGUGGUUCAUUUGACCAAGUGCAGUGUGAAAGUGAACCAAUCACACGGCCACAGAGAGACUGUUUUCAGGAAAACUCAGUAACUUCUAGGAUCCUCCUUUUAUUAGUAUAUUAAGUGAAUAAGGUUGCCCCUAAAAAUUUGAGCUUCCUCUGAAUACUCCCCGGCAUCAAGCAGGUAAAGUGGAGGUAUACUUGCAACAGUUUAAAUACAGACCCUGAGAUGGGUUCACGGGACUCAUUGAACAACAUCUGGAUUUACCCACCUUGACAAUAUGUAGUUUUCCAUCUUCGUUUCACAUAGUGUUGAUUGUUUUUGGGACCAGUGUUUAAUACUGUUUGAAUCUCAGCUUUGGUUUAAGUUUUCAAACUUCUUCUGACUUCUUUUUUAAGUGUAACUGCCAUUCCUCCAAAUGCUUCAGGAGUGAUGUUGCACAAGCUGUUCCAGCCGUUUAGUUACAAGGUUGAAUUGAAUUAGUUCUUACUGUAGGUCUGUGCUUUUUUCCCUUUAAUCUUUUGGAAGUAUAACCCUGUGCAGAAGAAGUAUUUGUCUGUAGAAGUGAGUGUUUUUCCUCAUGCAGAGUUUUGGUUCAUUUACUGGCAUUCAGCCUUGGAAUUUCGUCCCAGAGGAUCUGAGAACAACCUAAUAGUUAAAACAGAGAAACUGCAGCCUUCACAAGAGGACCACCACUUCAGCUUCUAAUUUCAACAACAUUUGAACAUUUUUUUUCCAGAGCUUAGGGGUUAAAGAUUAUUAUUUUCUUCCACAUUUGAGUGGCCUUUUCUGUGUUACAAAUUUAUCAACUGGCUUUUGAAUCAGUGUUCGAAUAAAAAAAUAUAAUGUGAAAAGAAACAAAUCCACUUCUGUUCGAAAAGAGCCCAUUUUAGUGUUCAUCAGAAUCAAAAAUAACCAUACUGUUACCCUGAAAAGACUUUGCAACCAUACAUGCAUUUUUUGCAUCCAGAUGAUCAAGACUGUUGGUUAAAAUAAAACAGGUGUUUGCUGUAGCUCAAUGCCUUGAUCACUUGGUUUACUUGAUGUGUGUUGCGUCACUGUGAAGCUCUAUUUAAGAGCGCUGUAAAACUGAUGCUACAAACUUCAGUAUGCCCACUGUCUAUCUAUGUGUCCUGUUUUUUUUUUUAGCAGAUGCUCAACAGAUGUUUGGGAUGCACAUGGAGGAAGGCCAUGAUUUAAAGCUUAAUGUUGCACAUAGGACUUUGCCAUGCAACAUUAGUAAGCUGAAGAAUACAUUUCAUAAACUGCUGAAAGGUUGACAUGAGUGCAGGUGCACAGAAUGAUGUCAGCCCGGGACUUCAGCAUGUUUUCAGUGACUGACAUAUAUUUUGAAAUACCAGCAAUUCUCCAUCAGUGUGUUUUUUGAAAAUUUUAGUGCGCUUCAUGAGUUUCAUAUGUACAUUUGCCUUUGGGGUAAAAACAAAUUUUAUUCACACAUGUACUGAUUUAUUCACAUGUUUUACUUGAGAGGAAGAUUGUGCAGUCUUAAAGAGAUUCUGCUCACCUUUAUUCAUUCUUAAUUAAUUUGCACCACACCUCAUCAAGCACCAUUGGCUCCACCUGAAGUGGGUUAUUACAGUUCAUGUCUUGUUGCAGACAUCUCAGUGUCAGCUGUCUGUAUGAAGCUGCUGUUUACUGUUGUGAGCCCUUCAUGUUAUCUAAGCCAGGAAGCUUUUAUCCCAGCAUGGAGUUUACUAUCCAUGCAACAAAACAACAGGCAUGCAGAGAGCAGAGACCUCAUAUACAUGGCCAGGUCUUUUUCCUGUUUUGAAGAAAAACAGGAAAAAGAGGAAUACUUGGUUAAGUUAAAGGUCUAUAAAUUUAAAGACAAAAAAAAUUUUUAAAGGGGAUUUUGAAAGCAAGUAAUGAAUUAUACAUGUCUGUCUAUCUAUCUAAAAAAUCUUGAGGCUUUGCAUUUUCUUUAAACAACUGGAUUUACAAAAAAAAUCUGAAUUUUAACCUUUACCCCGUGAAUAACUUUAAUGGCCAUCACUAGAAAAAUCCUAUCAGACUAGCAAACCCCUUCCUUUUUAGGGGAUCAAAGCCAAAAGUUGAUAUGAAAACUGUGAUUCCCAUGUUGAGGAGGAAGUGGAUUAAUGCUGUGGACAGACUACACGAGAGUCCAGAAUUUAAGUAUUCAUACAACUUCACCUACUGUAUUGUUUUACGUACGUGUGAUAUGACACAAUGCAGCUAUUUCUUUGCAGCUUAUGAGUAAUAAACAGUUACUCUUGUCACCAAGUUGUUGACUACCUUCACAUACAAAUGAUCCAGGAAUAGUGAUACUGACUUGCUCUGUCUAGUACAUAGAGACUGGAUAAAAUAGCGCCCAGUCUGUUUCCUUAAAGGCAGACCAUUACUAAAGAAUUGUAAUGAGAUUUUGUGAGACAGUUGUAUCGUAGACUGACUGCCUUCAAGGCUCAUUUGAUCAAGUAAUUUCAUAUUGUUGGUGAACAGGACUUUGAACAUUUCUGCAACCCAUGGACAGAGUGUGAAGUAGAAACCAGUAACUGUUGCAGGUUAUUUUAAUUUGACCAAUGAAACCAAGAGCUCGUGUUCCUUCUGAUCGUAGCUUUUAUUCCCUCUGUCUUGUUGCAUAGUGUUGUUGUGCUUUGUUUGUGUAUUGAUGGUGGUCCCUGUUGAUACUGGACAAGAGAAGGACUCUGAUUACACUGUCAAAGGAGACAUGAUGGUUUGGAGUUAUCCAGUAUGAGACAUAUGGAGUGUAUUAAUGACUGACUAGAGUCCAGUAUGCAGUUGUGUUGAACAGUUGUUCUCUGUUCUCUGAUUACUACUAGAUUUGUUAUCCAAGCAUUCCUGAGAUUUUUCUUCUCCCAGACAGAAACUGAGGUACAGUUAAGCAUUGGCUUAAAAGUGAUUCAUGCCUAAUAUCUGUAUUUGGAAGUUCAGAUCUAUUACUGUUCUUUUUGCAAACCUUGAUGUCUUCAAAGUUUUCAUUGAUUCUUAGGUUUUGAGGUGAUCUGUUGCAGCCAAGCAUGCAACUAAUUUGUCAAUUCAAAGGUGAAGGUUUGCUGACAUCAAGUAAACACUCAGUGUGACUUGGAUCCUGCCAAGAGAUUAAAAAACAGUUGGAGCUCAGAGUCCUCAUUUGUUUCAGAGGUACCACAUGGAAAGAACAAUGGUCACAAAAACUUUAAGAGUUGAUGUUGACAAAAUCUUUCAGUAGACUCUCCAGCUGCCCUUCUCAUCCGUUUUUGUGCAGCUCAAAAAUUGCCAGCCCUUCAGCUAACCAUCUGAAACCACUCCCCUUGAACACAUACUCUUUGUCUAUUUUGUAGCCACAGCUAGAGGGAAUAACUUCAGAAGGGUUUAAAGAAAAUUAUCAAAGUACAUAUUUCUGUCAUUCUUGUGUCAUCUAACAUUAAGAACAAGGUUUGCACUGGUGGACAAGCAGGAAUUGGGGUUGACAGAUAUUGUUUUUUCAGAGCCAGUACCAAUAUUUAGUCAUUGAAAUUUGAAACCAAUAUGCUGGAAAAAUAAAGAAACUUUCUUUUAAAAUGUAGAAUAUGGAUUAUUUCAAACUCUGCUGACUUUGUUAUUCAGCCAGUCCCUCUGUAUGACUGAGCUUACAAGAUAGUGGGAUUAUUUGUUUGUCAUUGAGGAAAUUGGUUUGUACUAUUUCUCUAUUUUGGGAAUAAUAUGAUACGAUAAUCACAGGGAAAUGUCAUCACACUGCAAGCUCAGUUCCUGUAGAUUUGUCUAAUUCUGAUCCACAUUAACAGUUAGAAUUUUAAUUCAUGUUUUUUAAACCACAAAUGCUUUUUGGUUUGGUCCUCUAUCACACACAAAGAAGCUUUUCAAGAACUUAUAGAGUAAUUUUUUGAUCUUAUAGAAAAAUGACGUAGGCAACAAUCUUAACUCGUCUCUUCAUCACCAAAUUUGCAGUCAAGAAUUAAACAAUAAAGGGUACCUGUUUUUUUCUUCUUAUUGUCACAAUUUUUCUUCAACUCCAACCACAGAGGAAAACUAAUGUUCAGUCACCUUUGGCUUUUCCACAUGGUGCAUAGCCUGUUUUUCAGUGGAUGAAUCAUACCUCUCCAGAGGUACAGUAGCUCACUCUGUGUUUUUCCUACAACAGUUACAGUUCAUCUAUUUUUGUUUGUGGCUAAAGUCAAUGCUUUUUUCAUGUGUUUGUAGAGACUGGGGAAUUCUUGAGAGUUCCCAUGUUAAUGUAAUUAUAUCUGUUUAGUAGGACAUUGUGGUCUUGAAGGUUUCCCUCUAUGCUAAUUGUGAUGAGGAGAACACGACUGUUUGCUCAGCAGAAGGCUCCAUCUGGAUAAAAUCUUUUUGUAUUGGACUGCUGUCCAAAAGCUAGUUCUCUAAGAUUGCAAAUGGCUAAAAUAACACUGUCUGUAAUUCUGGCGUUGUCUGUCUGUCUCUGUAAUUCUGUACCUCUCUCAAUUGCUCUUGAAUCGGUCUUGGUACUGGUAACAGAGCUAAAUCAACAGAACUUUUGUUGUAAUAACUCCAGAGUUUGUAUACCAGAGGCCCCAAAGUAUCUCUAAUUAUGUCUAUAGUAGCUUUUGAUUGGUUUAAAGGUCAUUGUAAUUAUUUAAAAGUUAUACACCAAGGUUUUAGGUAUUAUGAAAUUAGUGCCUAAAGAGCUCAUUUACUCAUACUAAAUCCAAACAGCAGAGUGCUUGUGGUCCGGAAAGUCAUAAAGUAUAACUCUUAACUUUCAUUAAGGAAGAACUGGUCUUCCUAAAAAGAGACCAGGUAAUUGGGGAUAAUAUGUACUUUUAUUAAUUCCACUUAAAAGGGGAUUUUGGUAUUUUCAAACUUGGACCCUAUUUUCCCAUGUGUUUGUGUGCGCUUGACUGAUGAAGUGAACUAUUUCUGAAAUUGGCCCAGUAUUGAGGGAGAGCAACGCAGCUGGCAGCUGCAAUAGAGCUUAAAAAAUUAAUAUCACAGACAUAAAGGCCCUUCUUCAACAAAGAUGAUUUUAAAUGAAAAAUACAUAUUUACAGGAAAAAGAGGACAGCAGUAAUGCUCUUUCCUAAAAACUACUGGCUUAGCCUAAAUGCAGGUUUAUUCAGUUAUGAUCAGCGAAGAAAAUCUACAACAAACUGAUUUAAUGGACAUUCCAUAUUCAAGUUCUUAAUUCAGUGUUGGUCGUGCACAGUUUAAGUGUUGGAAGUAACUUAAUGUUGAGGAGUGGCUCUAAAGCAGAGGUGCUUCAAACCUGUAUUGUUAUAAAGACCAAUAAGGCAUAACUUAACGGUUAAUUUAAGAGGCCUGAUGUUAAGAAGUCUAUAAUCUGAGAGUACUUCUUUCUUGAUUUGUCUCCUUAGUAAACAUCUUCCUCAUGGGUAUAAAAUCUCAGCUGCUAGUUUCAAGUUUUUUAUGCAGCAAGAUGGUUAUUUAAUGAACACUUGUCCCAUUCAAUGUAAUGUGCUGAUACCUUUGAGAAAUAUGAUGCCAUGUCUCCCUGUGGUUCAUGACAGUGUCAAAGCAGUGCAGAUUCAUCCUCUUGUCUUGGUCAACAAAAGUUUAUAAAUGGCCUGUAUUUUUUAUAGUGCUCUCCUUCGAACUUUGACUGCCUAAAAGCAUUUGUACAUAACAUUUCAUACACUGAUGAUAGAGCUAUGUAGUGUGCCCAUCAGUAUUAUGGGCAGUCUGGGGUUUGGAGUUAAGGUCAAUACUGGUUUUUUAGGGCUGAGUAUAAAUGGGUCAUGAGACUGGUCACGGGUAAUGACAAUCCUUCGGUGUAGUAUGUAAAAUUUGGAAUAUUAUUAACUCCAAUACAACACUGUGGUUAGACGCAUGAGCAAUAUUUUAUCAAAGCUGAGUACUGGAGUUGGUGGGACAUUAGGUGAGGCAGAGAGGGGAUUUAAAACAAGCAAAGGGAAAGACACACCGACAGUGGAGCCAAAGUAUCAGGUAUUUGAAUUGAUUCAUUUUAUUGGUAAUUGGUAAGGUAAAACAUAGAUACAGAUAAUUAACCUAACUCUCUGAAUGAGAGACAGCCAGCUGAGCCACAGCCAUCCUAUAUUUAAAAAAUAUAUAAAAAAUUAGACUGUACAGAACUUCAGUAAUGAUGUAUGUCUUCUUGUUGCUGUACUAUCAGGUAAAAUAAAAAACCUUGACAGCAGCUUAUUCCAACAAAAUCAAACAGUCACACAGUCAGUGAUCAAGCCAGCAUGGCAGCAUCCAGAGAAUAUUUUUGAUGUUCUUCUUAUGUGACAGAGUAUUCUUCACUCACUGGGUGUGGUUUUAUUGCUUUAACUUUCAGAUUGGUAUAUGGCUAUUUUAUGGUGCCAGUUUACUAUACAGUUUCUCUAGGUCUCCCUUAUUCACACUCACUUUUCUCUUUCCCACACAUAGAUUUAUACAGCCUCUUUUAUACACAUUCAUCAUAUGUCAGAGUUUUCCACUCCAGAGCCAGACAGCAAUUGGCUCGUUGGCCGUCGUGCUCAUUUUUCAUGUCAGUCUGUUCCCUGCAGAAAGCAUCACUGCUGGGAUUCUCUCACAUUAACAAACAGGCCUUUCAGUUCUUCCUCUAAACAUUUUAAUUUCUAUUGGCUUCAUCUAGCAUUGGCUCUGCUCUGGAUGAGUUGGUGGUGUUUGUUUUGGUUUUGUGUGAGUGUGUGUGCAUUUCUGGUCAGUAGAUUAUGUGUUGAAUGAGUACUGACAGGCUAAAUGUCCCAUUUUCUCCAACAUUUAAGAGUUUUUCUUUUUUUCUACUGCGAUUUGGCAUCCUGAAGUGUUUGAUUCAUCUCUGAGUGUAUGCCACAGUCUGGGCAGACUUUGUGCCACAUUAGUUUUGGUUUGUGGGUAGUAGUACUGGAUUUGUCAAGCACUUAAAAUCUUGAUGAUGAGCUGGUUUUAAAGAGCCCUGAUUAGGAUUGGGCAUCCUGAGGGAGACUUCUGAUGGUCUCUGAUAAUUGUGUUUUGAUUCACUGGCUUGUAUUUUUUGACGUAGCAGAAAAUGUGCAAAGAAUCAACAUUAAGACGAGUCUUACGGUAAAUUUCCCUCUGUUUUAAUUCUUUGCACAUUCUUUGCACAUAACCCAAAAUAACACAGUUUUUAUCACUGUCUCUCCCUCGGUCACACCUUUUUAACAGCAAAUCACCUGUCCUCAUCUCUACCAUUAAUUAUACUUUAUAAAAACUGUCUGACCCCGACUGGCAGAAGGCCAACAUUUGAACUGUCAAUAACAGACUGACAGUUUUCAGUCCUGUCUCAGGUGCACAUCAGCAAAAAUUGUAUUGCUUGUUAACAAUAUCAAACAAAUUGUUAGUGUUGUGAACAAGUCAUAGCUUGAUAGGGUUUUGUCCAUAGACUGUAUAUAGAAUGGACGCCAUCUGCCUUCUCGCUGGGUGAAGCCACCGCGGGAACAGCACCCUCUGGUGAUGGGCUACAGUAUAGGUCAUAAAUCCCGGCUUCUCCAGCCAUCCUUAGGGAGCUGUGGACAAACUUAAUUACACAGAAUAUACGUUUUUCUCCCCCCUGUUUGCUAUGUUGACAUGUAGUUACUGUAAGACUGGUUUGUGCUCAAGUCCUCUUUUUUCUGUGCAGCUCCAUUUUUAAAAGUUAUUCGGGGGUUGAUGUUUUCUAUGAUUGACACUUGAUACAGCCUAUGGGUGUACAAAGAUUGCGUAGCUCACCUGGGGAUAUGCUGUUUGAGCCAAGGGUCAUCACAGCUAUUCUCCUGCCGAAUGCAUACAACGUUACCUCGCAAGUGGUGGUUCCAGGAAGUGGAGAAAAUCCCAGAAAUAUCAAGAGCAAUUCAGCUUUAAAUCCGUGGUGGCACCACCUGUAUUAGUUAAAAUAUCAGUGAGUCACGACCCAAACUCUCAUGGGGUCUUCUCAUGAGUGAGGGUGAAAUGGAUCAUGAGUUUGAUAGACCUUGUGGCACUUGACCAUUGUGGUAAGAGAGCAGAGCUGGAAGGCAAAGCUUUUAGCUCUCCAUUGAAUCUAUUUUCCAACCCUCAUCUUUGGUCAUGAGCUGUGCGUAGUGACUAAAAGAAUGGGGAAGGUGAUUGACAGUUUUUUUUUUUUUCACCUCAUGAUUUUUAAGUCAACAGCAGAAACUUUUAACAGAUGGAUAAAUUAAUCCAGACAUAGGUAGGCCCAGUGAAAAGAAAGUAUUGUAGCCAUUCUCAUUAUUGAUGAAGGGAUAUUGUUGUGUGGGUUGAAUGUGGCUUUGAAUAGCAGAGGGCUGUUUCUGUUGUUAGGGAGACUUUUUUGCUCCCUUAUCAGUUAGUCGAGCAUGUCAAAAACAUGUCCUGUGUCAAAUCACACUGUAUCUGAAAUACAAAAUGAUGCGCAGCUGACAGACCCACUUCUUGUACUCUCCCAGUACUACCUGACAUUGUUCUCUAACAGUUCCUGUACCUGUUUUGAUGGGGGGCUUAAGGUAGCAGGAUAGCAUGUGUACGGGUGGUAAGUCUUUUCAGGAUGGAGUGUACGAUUUGAAAAGCAAAUGCUGACAUGAUCCUUACUGGAAAGUUAAUGAGGAUAUGGAGGUGCUAUGGAUGGAUGAUGUCGCUGUAGCCUUGAAUUCAUUAGAAAGUUGUGAAGUGAUGGAUGAGGUUUUCAAAUCUCCAGUCAUAAGAGUGGCAGAAGCUAGUGACAGUGCUUAAUGAGUCUACCAUUGCCCACUUAGUCCGUAGUUUAUACUCAUGAAACUUAAGCCCUCUCUCUGCCUUGUCUAAUUCUUUCAUCUGCCUCGGACCAACAUCUUCCACAAGCUCGGCAUAACCGAGGUCACUCACUGCAAACUCUUAGAGAGAAAGAAGUUCCUAAAAGUCGUGAUUGUCCGCAGUUUCUGUCCUGGCAUUUUAUUUGAUUCAGAACAUUUCUGACACUCUAAGCAGAUGAGUGUCAACUUUGUCACAGAGCUUGUCCAGCUUUUACGUAAAACUAGAGUCUAAAAUUAAAAUCUGUUGACUCUUUGUAACUCAAUUAAACUUGUUAACUCAGUGAAACUAUAAAAGCAUUGAAAUAAAAAGUUGAUCUUUGUUUGUGCAGUCCAUCCAUGAGACAGUUUGGAGUACAGGCCAUCAACAGCCUGUCACUGAGGGUCGUGACUUAUUUAGCAGCUUCUAAUAAUUGUUGUGUUGGGGUAAACCUUGCUAAAUGGCUUGUUCCUGCUGGGCCAGCAUGAGAGAAAAAGAGUUUUAAUAGAUUAGAAAAGCCGAAGAGAAGAACAGAGGGGGAAAAAAGGCUCUGAGAAGUGAUCUGAAUUCGUAGUUUUUUGGGUUUAACACACUUGAACUGCAGAGACCGCUGAUUUAUCUCCCCAGGCAGUGAAACAACCUUUAUAGUGAACAUGUGCCUCAGGAGGCACAAGAGCUCCAGCAGUUAUCACAGAUUUAUGGUUAUUACCAAAAAGAAGAACCAGAAAUCAAGAAUUUCCCAGCAGCUUUCUUCCUAAGAAAUGUAUUGAGUGCCGUUGAGGAGGAGUUGACUUGAGGAAGAAAAAUAUGAUUAAAAGAUGAGGUUAUCUUGAAAUGGUUCACAUGUAAGACUUUCUUCAUCGUCAUCAUCACACAGACAAUGGGAAACAAAAAAGCAUGGCUGAAAAGAAAGAUUAUUUUCACACAAAUAUCCUAAAAAACAUUUUUUUAUAUGUAUAGCUGAAAAAGUAUUUUUACUGUAGAAACAUUGUGCCGGAGAGUCAGUUAAAAGAGAGUUGUUCCAUUAUAAGCAAAUUGUCAUUUGUUGAAAUAUGACUCUAAGUUGACAAAGACCAAUGGUACCAACAAUACCAAUGGUUGCAAUCUGAAUGUACAAACUUGACCUGCUAAGAUAGCAGCAUGCCUGAGCUGGCUUUUCCUAAGCUUUUGAACCUCAUGUAUACCAGAAGUAGUAGUCAUCCUCCUUUUAAACCUCACCUUAAUGAAGACAAUGACUGGAUAAAAAAUACUACAGUCAUUUUGAGAGCUGGUCCAGGAUCUUUCAGAAGACUUCAUGAGCUUGAAGACUGAACAGUGCAGUGAAGACAGCCGGCUGAUUAGUUUUGAAUGAAGGAAAGUGAAUGACAGGAGAGGAGAUGACAAGUGUAAAGUGGACAAUAAGAGUAAGAAGGAUAGAAACAGGGUGAAGAGAGGUAAGCACUGAACUAAGAACCAUUUUCUGUGUGUGUGUGUGUGUGUGUGUGUGUGUGUGUGUGUGUGUGUGUGUGUGUGUGUGUGUGUGUGUGUGUGUGUGUGUGUGUGUGUGUGUGUGUGUGUGUGUGUGAGGCUGUGAGACGUGGCAGAACGAGGCCUGGCCAACCGGCAGAUCUGUUCCAUAUGUUUCCUGGAGAAAUAGAAAGAGGCAGCUCCCCUCCACCCUACCCACAGCACAACAAAUCUUCAUUUUAAAAGACAAAACAUUUGAGAGGCAAACCAUCCGCUGCACUGCAUGGUUGUACUGCACUGCAGCUCCGUCUAGAUUUCUGCAGACUGUUUCAGUUUCAGGUAAAGAUCCAUCUGUUAAAUGCAGCUGGCAGGUGUUGGGUUUCCUGGAGUCCGUAGGGAGCUGACUGCUGUUUGACAGGGGCCUCCCAGAGAGACCGAGAGGGCAAAGAAAACACACAGCCCAGCAUGUUUUCACAUGAUUUUAUCAAAUCCAGUAUGCCUGCUUGUGUGUGUCUCACUGUUUGUAUCGGUUUUGUUGGAACUCAAAAUGUUUUUGUGCCCAGCAUCAAUAAUCAACACCUCCUAAAACAUUCAUAAAAAAAGCUUUCAUAGAGACAUUUUAUAUAUAUAUAUUAAUUUAUAACUACUAGGAAAUAGUUGCACUAAAAUAGCUUUCUUUCCAUAACUGACAGCCAAUUGUUUCAAGCUGGACUCCUGACAAGACUAUUUGCUAAAGUGCCACAUAAUUUUCUUAGAAAUUGGCAGAAACCAAACCAAAAGCAAAAAAAUACAAAGUUAAUAUCUAGUGUAGGCAGACAAACUGUUCUCAAAAUGAAUAAUUAUCAUUUUACUGGAAAACAGGAAGAUAAUUGUAGCAGCAUGAUUUCCCCUUGAGUUGUAAAACAAAAAUUGGUGGUUUUCAGAUUCCUUCAAUUUUGAUGGACGAGGCUCAAGACUUCCUGUUAUGCUCCAUUAGUGUCAGUUUUUCUUUUACUUUAAUGGCAGGACUGGGACACAUAUUGAACUUAACAUCAUUUAAAUUACAAUCAUUCAUAUAAAAAAUGUACUUUGUAAUGUAUCGUCUGACAAAUGUUUUAUGCAUCUUAGCUUUUUUCCAGAGAUACCUCAAAUCAUGCUGGCAUUUCACAUCCUCAGACUCAUGAACUCUUGUGCCCGUUCAGUUCAGUUAUCGACUUCCUUGUUGCCACCUGCUUAUAGUCGCCCUCAUUAUCUUCCAUCAACUGAUCAAUGUGAUCAUUACUGCUUUCUAGUUCUACACACUGGGCUGCACCAGCUGUACCUAAGUACAAAUUUAACCUUGUUCUAAUGUAAUUUCUAAUUUACACUCUGCUCACACUUUUAGGUGGCACCAGCUGAGACAGUUUCAGUGUUGGCAUAAGUUAAAACUAAAGUUUACACAAAGCUCUGAGUAAGUGUUAAGUCCUCCCUGAAUACCUGUUGUCACAGCACUUCGUUUUUAACGAUGGGAUAAUACAGAAGAGUAUGAAGAGAAGAGUUUUAUCAGCUCUUUGUAGAUAGCAUGUUAUUCACAAUAGAUUAAUUAUUCCGUAUAUUAAAUACAUAUCUAAUGGAUCUGCACUUCCACAGUUGUUAUCCAUAAACAAAGAACUGCAUCAAGGACUGUGAUAUCACAUAAAUACAGUAGACUUGCCACUCGAUGUCAAGUUGUAAUUUGACAAUAUAGAUCAGUUAUGAGCAUAGAGAUGUCACAGUGUACUAAUUAAGACAAACCUUAUGUGGUACCACCAAGCAAAGCUACAACUUAAAUAGUCUCACUGCAUGGUUAAGAGUGGACCUAACACACUAACUAAAGGCACAACAUACACAUGACUGACCGUGAAUCAUUUUUCUUUCACUUUAUUUACUAGUCACAGCCCAGUUAUUGAUCUCUCUCUGUAAACUCUGUACACUCACUUGCUUUGAGGUUGUGUAAUAUCUCUGCAGGAGCCAGCCAGACAACCAGAUCAUGUAUGUGUGGGUCUGAGAUUGAGUUUUAAACAAGACAAAGCUUUUUGGUUCACAAACUAGCCAUCAACUGGACUGGGGGGCCCACAGGUGGUCUACAUGUGGUUACUGACAUUGUUGAAUGAAUCACUGCAGUAGUUCCCCUCAGUACUCCUCACUAACAAAGCAGAUGGUAUUCAGAUGUUUUUGUUGUUAAUGAAAAGAUGCUAUCAACAAUUGAAAAGUUAGAACAGUCUGUGGUGUCAGCAGCCUGAUGUGCUGUCUCUGAGCAGCCAAAGAGUCAAUCAGUGUAAGAUGAAGCAAUGAAUGCAAGAUUCUCCAGCCACUCUGAUGUGAGAUCAUAUGAGGCACUUGCCAAAAGUGUCAUAAUGGAUUGUAAUGAAUGUAUGAGAAACAUGAUUCUGGUCAUCUUGCCCCUUUACUGAGAGAGCAGUCAGAGAACUAGAUCUGAAGCUAAGCUAUUACCAGCUGCAGACAGGAUCCGCUCUAACAGGUUAUUUAGUUGAUUUUCAGAUGGAUGUUUAAGCUUGUUUGUGUUGAUAAUUGGAGAAAGGAACAGUUCAACAAGAAGUCAGCUGGUUGGUUGGAGACUAACUGGUGGCUACUUUUUGUAUUUUCAUGCAGUUUAAUUUUAAACAGAAUUGAGACAGGCAGCAGUUUUAUUUUGUCCUGCCAGGCUUUUAGAAAACUUUCUUAGAAGGAUUUGGAUUGUUGUGAAGAUUUUCUUUAAGAUCAAAUUUGCACAAAUAAAAAAGUCACAAGUCAGCCAAUAACAGUAUUUAAAGUUAUGGUUCCCUCGUAUCAUCUUUAUCUUCAUUCAAAGGUUUGGUCUUUCAGUAUGAGAGCGUGAAGCAUUGAUUUCAUGUUCAGAUUUUGUUCAGCUUCUCAAAAGGACAGAGUCUUUAGGAAAAGCCUAACAAAAUCUGGGCAUGAAAUCAAAAAGUCAUGCCCUUAAAUUGAAAAAAGACUGCACUGAAUAGGAAAGAGAUAAUAAAAAAGCUCCAUAUAAGCGUAGCCUUGAUCCAGGUGCAAAAAAUAUUGCAAUACACUUGAGCAAAUUCCAUGAAUUGGUGAAGAUGUUGAUAUUGGUAAAAGGACUUUAAAUUAAAGAAACUGCGGCUAUUUGACAAGUUUCAUGUUUUUACUUGGUACUUAAAAAUGACCCUCACUAUGGACAUAGUUUGAGCCUGCACAGUUUUCACAUUUAAGAGAACCACCACCACCACCACCACCACAAAAUAUCGAUGGCUUCAAAAUCUCCAAGCUGAAUUCUGUGAAAUAUAAAUUGAACUCUGUAUGUAUACAGUUUUUAGCAUUCCCAAGACCUGUUAAAGUUUCACUGUUUUGUAACUGAGAAGUACCUUACUAAAGAAGAAGUGGUGAAGUGGACAAAACCUGCAACAUUUGAACAUUCAGGAGGUUUGGAAAGGGUCGCCUGUACUGUCCAGUUAAUUCCCCAGAAACAGGACAGGGAUCAGUAGAGCCAAAUCUCUGCACUUGAGAUCUGAAAUCUGAAUCAGCCUUUUGCUGGGUGUUGUCACUUUCUGUAUCAUUUUUCAGACUUCCAAUGCAACAAAGAUACCAUCUUUAACUCUUGAGUGUACAGUGACAUCUGCUGGUGCUUAAGUUUAACUGUUCAUUUUUAGCCUCCCAAGUCAGCUCUCAGUGAAUGACUGGUAAUAAAGGAGAUAUUUGACAUCAGUUUCUGGUGGUUUAGGUUGUUUCUGUUCUAAUGAGUGGUCCCAGCUCUCAUUGAAAUACUAUAUAAAUGUGCAUUUCUGUGAGGGUUUAGAUAUAAGAUCUAAGGCGAUUCUGCUGUCUUACAGUCAAGUCUUGCAAAUUUAGAAAACCGUGCACAAAUCAAAAUUUCCCCUAGUUAUUUCCUUCAACUGGUACUUGUCCAAUUCAUUUCUUAAUUUUUCUAUCAGACAAGAAUGUUUCUACAAACUAAAAUCACUGCCUGUCUCCAGGCUGGAUUUUUUGUGAAAGGCCUUGUUAACAUUCAGCCCUUACCUGGAAGUGCUUGUUUGCAGAACUCAGCAGGCAAAAAUUGGUAGUGAGUGGUAAAUUAGCAGGCAGGGAUUUUUUUGAAUUUUAUCUCUUUUAAAAGAUUUUAAUUUUAUAUUGUCGACCACCAUUGCAUAAAUCAGUGCCUGAGGUGCCCCACCCUAGUCAAAAAAACAGAAUCUGCCCCUGCUUACCCAUCAACCACCCCUCUCCUUCCCUGCCAUCAAUAUAUGGAGAAAUAUUCUUAUAAGUUUAGCAGCCCCUACAUCUGAACCAUUGCUGGCACAAAAUGAGGAACAGUAUACUUCACCUGUGUGUGUCAAUCAGAGAAUUUACAGUUGGCAGAUGAACAAAAAGCUGUCUUGGUAUUGUAAUGUUUCAGAGGCAGAGCCCAAGAAAUUGCUUUAAAAAUGCCCCAUUAAAAGUGUGAAAAAAUGAAGGAAACCCACUUUUAAAAGAUCUUGUCAAAACUGAACUCUUGGCCAGCUCCUGAAAUGAAUCAUGAAGACCAUUUGGGGUGCUGGUGACAAAGAUGAAAAACAAGGGUGUUUUUAGAGUAUUUUCUUUUAUUUUGGUUGGUUUUGUAAACAUAUGAUUCAGCUUUGGUCAUCGUUUAUCUGGAAAAGCCUCGUUUUUAUUUUUGAUUGUUGAUAAAAUGUUUUUGAAAGUCUAGUUUUUGUUAUGUCAUUAGUUUUCAUUAAUGUCUGUCAGCUCUUGUAAGCCAACUACCUAUUAAAUCAAGAGAUUACAAAGUUUUGUUAUUGUUACUUGUCAGUUAACCACUUACUGUAACAUUACCUCAUUGCUCUGCACCCCACAAAGAUAUGUAUUCCAUUCAUUUUUUUCCUCAUAAAAUGCAUGCUAUGCAACAUCUUGACAACAGUGGGUGAUGGUGCUAAUAGAAAAUGCAGUCUUCAUCCGGGGUAAACACUAACCACUUUUCCGAAAGUGUCACAAGUAUCAUCACAACAUAAAAACUCCUCUCAGUGUCUUGAAGUCCACUACAAAGUCUCAAAAAGAAACUUUUUAUUCCACGUCUGUGAAGGCUUGAAACAAGUAGAUAGUCAUGAAGCAGAUUUAAAUGUUAAUGAACCAGCUUUCGUUUUGACAAAACAUACAGACAUACAUGGGGAGGUGUUCCAGGUUUUAUUCAAGACACACUAAAUAAAUAUAGCACCAUUCAGAGGAGAGAUCUCUGGAGGAAACAUGUUUUUUUUAGAAAGAUACUCUCCAACGUUCCACAAUGAGAAUUACAUUCUCUUCUUACAAUUUCAGUAAUGACUUGGUUGCCUAGUAUGUCAUAAAAUCAAAGUGACUCUUCGUGUUCAGAUCAAGGCUGAUGUGCAAUCCAGUCUUAUACAAAGCUUUCAGCCCCUAAAUAAUUACAAUACAGACAUGCAGUGAGAUAAUAUAAAACAUCUACUCAAAGACAAACUUCAGAGUGAUUUAUUGCACUAAAUAAUGCCAGCAUCAUUAAUUUAUUAACCUGCUACUUUAGAUUAAUGAUGUUCUUGUAGUCACUUCUGUUACUUAUCUUACAGGUAAUGAAUCUUAGAUGUAAAUUACAAUGCUUCAUAAUGUUAAAAAAAACUAACUUUUUUACAAUGUGACUUUAUCAAUGGAAGCCCUUUGGUGGCAUUGUUUAAAAAUUAGCCACAGGGUGGCGCUAUAUUCCUGGAAAAGGUCACAAAGCAAACAGUAAGGAAUAAGACUUAGGAUUCCAGUUACAGGAUGCACCUCACAAAGGUAGACAGGGGUCUGGUGUUGAUUUUCAGUAUAAUAUACGUCUGUUUUCGUUGUUUCCUCCACCCCUACAAACGUGUCUGUUUCAACAUCAAGACUAGAGUUUUGUUUUUGUUUUUCUUUCAUAUGGCUGAAAACUUUUCUGUUUAAGUUGUACCAGCAUUCUACAGUUUUUAUUUACAUCAAAAUCUGAGUUUUUCCCCAUUUCUUAGACAGCUUAUUUUGAAGGAGCAUGGUUUUAUCUUGUUCAAUCACUCUGAAUUGUUUCCAGUUCCUUCCUUAUACCUCAACAACCGUUUGCAGUUCUCAAGAGCUGUUGGCAAAGCCUGGUUUCAACUUCCAAAUCCUACUUUCUAAAGUUUCCUAGCUGAACUCCCCUCCUUCCUGUCACACAGCGAAAGGUGGCUGGCUGGAUGUCCCAGUAUUUCACUGGGUUGGCAAACAGACUGAUGCCAGUGUAUAGGUUCUUCUUGAUGUUGGAACCAAUGGGACAGAAGUCAUUGACUCCCACACUGCUGAUUUUGUUUCCAUGGAGGUAGAUCACCUAAAAGAACAAGAGGAUGCAUUUUUAGUCAUUUUUGUCUCUGCUGUACUUUUGUGAAAUGCUUUUCUGAGAACUCAAAGUUGCAACUUUAGACUAAAAGAAUAAUGGUUGAGUGAAGCUCUGAAAAUGGGCGUCGUUUUAUGGUCCAGUACGAUGUAUUUGAAAGAAACGUGUGGACAUGAGAUGGUUAAAAAAUGUAUCAAACAUUCUCAUUUCUGUUCUUCAUUUCUAAAGUGACAACUCAUUUGAAUACUUCACACAUCAUGGAUGUAAAAGAAAAUUAACUUGACAUUAGCAUCAAAGAUUUGCAGUGAAAUUAAGUGAGGCGUUUUGGUAUCCUGCGAGGGUAAUGUGGAACAUUUGGUAGACAGAUGGAUCUCUUAAGGUUCCAAGCCCCAUUAACAACAAUGAACCAAAUGAGUUGUAAAGAGUCGUGUUGGCAAGAGUUAGAUGAUCUUUUCUAGGCCCAAAGCUUAGCCAUCUUGAUGGAUUUUAGAGUGCAAACAGCUACUGAAGUUGAAUCAAAAGGAAACCACGUAGGUGUUUCAGCUAUGCCAUAAAGAUGCCCCUGAAUUUCUUCAUCAGGGGGCUUUUAAGAGAAAUUAUGUCGUAUCCUCAGGAUAUUCCAAGACAAACUUGAAAACCAGGAUUUACAAAAGGAGUACCAUGUCUUAUUUUGCUCUCUGCCACUUCUGAAAAUUGUAAUCUCUCUGUGAUCAUAUUUAGCCUUGUUUAGCACUAAGAGAAAAAUGCUUAAAACUGUCUGACUCAUAAAAAGUGAAGCCAAAGAAUGAACCAGUGUCUCAACUUAAGUUAUAUUUGCCAACAAAACUGGAUUCACCAGUAACUUGCUAAAAUGCCAAAUUCUGUAUCUCACCUGGAGGUAGCGGAGGGAGCUGAGGCCAGGUGGGACCUUUCUCAGACGGUUGUUGUCCAGAUGGAUUUCACGGACGCUUGGAGUGCUGGCAAAGCUGCCAUUUUCUACAGACUUAAUCUGGUUAAAACCAAGUCCAAGCCUGCAAAAAAAACAAAAAAUGACAGCUUUGAAUUUCGUUUGCCUGCGAGGUACUAAAGUAAUUAACAAUGCCAGAAAAAGAUAAGACAGAAAAUAUAAUAACUUUAAUAAAUACAGCAAUUAUUGUUAUAAACAGUAAUUUCUUUAAACGGUAUCUGGGAGAAAAUGUUGCUUUUCUUAAAAAUCUGAAGGUGUUUUUGGUUUAAAUGUCACUCAUAUUCACCAUUGCAGGUUUUUGUAUCUGAUGAAAUCCUCUACUUCCACCUUGAGGAUCUUGUUGUAGUCUAGGCUCAGCUGUGUGAUGGACCUUGGGAGGUCUUGGAGAUGAUAAAAAACACACCAAAUCCAAUCACCCCAAAGAUCGAUAAAAAAAAUGCCAAGGUCAUUGCCUUUUUUUCUAAUAGUGGAUUACAAACAAACUCUUCAGUUAAAGGAUCUUACUUAGUGACAUUAGUGCCAUUUGUUUGUUUGAAUCGACCUAACAUGAGUUGAUAGUUAGCCCACCUACCUUUUGGUACAGCAGUUAGUUUUGCCUCUGCCAUACCAACAUACAGAGUAGACAAACCGUUGAAUGCUCCAAGCUCAAUUCCACUGUUGGCAAGAGGGUUUGCACCGAGCUCUGUUUGGACAAGAACAGUUAUUAAAAACCCACUAACACUUCUGAUGUAAUUGUAUUGAACUUGUUUGAAGUGCAUUCCAGGAGGAGUGAUAUGAAAAGACAUUUGCAGUAGUUGCUCUAGGAGAUCUGGUAGACUUUCUCACGUUUUCAAAAUCAUCAUGGAGCGCAUUGAUUUUUCAUAGGCAGGAGACUCUGUGAUACCAAACUUGUUCUGGGUAGAGGUUAUUGUAAUUUGACACAGGAAGCUUUAACCAAGUCUCACCCAACACAUGAAGUUUCUUCAGGCCUUUAAAUGCAUCCUUCUGGAUUCUGUUGAUCUUGUUCUCAUGAAAGCGUAGCUCAACAACAUUAGGAGGCAAGUUUUCAGGGAUCUGAGUCAGUAGAUUGUAGGAGAGGUACAGCAGUCUGAGAUGGUCCAUGUUUUUAAAGGCAUUGGGGUGAAUUUUAGAGAUCUUGUUGUUUAUCAGAAACAGACCCUGUUAUGGAAGACAUAAAUUCAAAUAAAAGUUAGAAGAUACAUUCUGUGUGCUUCCUUACUCACAACAGGUGGGAGAAUGAAGACAUUGUACUCGCAGUUGAUGACAGACCACUGUAUUAGCACAAAGCAGUGCAUGCACAUUGUUUUCAUGGCAUAUGAGGUACAUAACAGUAUAACUUUGGUUUGUUCAUUUGGUUUGUUCCCUGCUAUGAAAGCAAAAGCCAGAUGAAAGACAGACCAGCUGUCAGGGUCCUUUCGCUCACACCAAGGGGCUCUAUUUUCAUGCCUCGCUGGCGGUGUUGCGUAGGUGCGGGGUAAGUCAGGUCCGCUGCGUCGACAAGGCGUGCCCAAGCACAAUUUGGUAUUUUGGUGAGCAGCACAGCCCAGCAUAAGUAUCCCCCCUCCCUAACUUAACACCUUCCAGCGGUGUAAGUUACUUGUGGAAACAUCCAUUUCGCCAGUCGAAAUAACAUUUGUUGCACUGAAAUGUGCCUGACACUGUGGAAACCUGCCGGUGAGGCAUCAGUGACGUGUGCACACUACGCUGCCGGUCUACCAAAAUACCGCUAGACCAGCUGCUCUCCAACUGCCCUAACCCUAACUGGGUUUGAUUCAGCGAGCUUUCAGCGCACAGUUUCCACGCCACUGGCGGGCAUGAAUAUGUCAGUGCGCCAGCUGAUUCUGUCGACACCUCCCCCUACCACGCCACCACACCAGCUUGGCAGACCUCAGUGCGCCUCAGUCUACAGAAAAACUAAACUGGCUGUGCGCCAGACUCCGCCAGUCGAAAUAACCAGUGCGCGGGGUGCGCCUUUCGGCGGGCAUGAAAACAGAGCCUUAAGGGUUUUAUCAAGAGUAGGGCCAGGCGAUAUGGCUUCAGAUCAAUAUCGUGAUAUAUUGAGCAGUUCACCCUGAUAACGAUAAAUGGACGAUAACUACUCCACGAGCUGCUAACCCUUUCCACAUUAACUUUAUCUUCUUCAGCCGGCGCUCCAGCUGCUACAACUUUUGAACUGUCCUCCAUCUCCUCACCUGUCUUUCCCUCUUUGUUACUGUCUGGAUGGGGUGGAGUCAGGUCUCUGACGUAGGACAGCGCCUUAAAGGAACAUGAUACCAUAGCCUACCUACACACAUCCAAAACCAACUUUUAUCCAUUUAUUUUUUUUUUUAAAAUUAUGAUCGGUUAUUGUCGUAAAUUUCAGUAUCAGUAAAUUUUCAGUUUAUCACCCAGCCCUAGAGGGACUAUCGGGGUUUUAUUCAGAAGGACUGUAGGGGUUUUAUCUAGAGGAACUAUCAGGGUUUUAUCUAGAGGGACCAUCGCCUCCUUAGACUGCAGACUCUACAAUAACUGAGCUGUUCCUCUAUGCCUUCCUCUACAUUUUCUUUAAAAGCUCCAAUAAAACAUUGUUGUUGACAAAGCAGAGACUUUUUGUUGGUCUAGAAACAAAUAAAUAAUAAAUGUGCAGUAGAGCAAAUGGGCGAUGUUAAGAUAAAGUGAGGCAACAAACAAGGGAUUCAUUUUCCCCAAUCAUUUCUCUUUGAUUUUUCUCACACACAUCUGACUAAACACGCGGUGCACUUUGAACAAUCCAGAUGUUUUCUCUCAGGCUGUGUUUUGCCCUUUUUAACACUUUUUUGUAUGUUGUAAACACAAGUCAAGCACAUUUUUGCAUUUUAAACUACAUCCCAGAAGCAUAAAUGUGCUUUACUAAAUACUGUUUGAAUGCUGAGAGACAAAGAGCUCUCUGAGAAUCUGCAACUGCUGUACUUUUUUCCUCGUUCAAUAACUUAGCUGUGCACUCCGAGUCUUGUUGACAACAGCAUCAAAGCAGCCCCUUUUCAGCGAGCCACUUCUUGUCAAACUGUAUUUGACAGAGACCGCCUUUGGUUGCUUUAUAGUCCCUGCAAAUGUAGCUGAACUGAACUGUAGUGAUGUGUGGACACCAUCUGUUUGUCCUUCGGGUAGUUUUAAUUGAAAGAGGAGAGAUUGGCGCUCAUUAUGAUAUUACUGGAAUUAAUUUGCUGUUGUGCUUUGUUUUUAUUCAGUGGAAUGAUGUUAAUCUUUACAUCUCUGACAGCAGAUGUGCCGUAUGUCUGCUUUACGUUACUGUUUGAAGUGUUGCUGCAUGCAGGGCGGUCCAUGUUUGAACGUAUAUCUUACAUGAAGCUUGUGGAGGCCCUUGAAGUCAUUUUCCUUAAUCUCAGUGAUGUCAUUGUUCUGAAGAUCAAGCAACACAGUGUCUUCAGGGAUCUUCUCCGGGACAGAGAUUUGACCUGGGUAGAAGCAAAAUUGGCAAAUCAAUGCUAGAUACUGUAGUUUUAUAAUUCUGGCAUCACCUGUACACCGAGAACGCAAUUCAGAAAAAAUCCUUUUCUUACAGUGAAUCUUAAAUACUUCUCUAGAAAUUGGUCUCAAUUUUCUAUGACUUCUCCGUCCCAUCAAGACAAGCUUGAUCAACUUCAACUCUGUUUAAAUGCUUUAAUAUUAACUGGCUGUUUCAGGAGUGCAUGAAAAAUACUAUUGUUAAAACAGUCUGUUGCUUGGCAUCAGUGUCAUUGGAGCCAAAUAAAUCUAUAGUUCAACACCAAGUAAUAAGCUGUUGUUACUUUCACUUUUUUAGAUCUAUAAGCCACUUGUUGAACUGUUUUCUACAGUCAGUAGCACAUCUGUGAUCAUCUUCAGCAGUCAGCUUGCUACCUCGUCUCUGUGUCCAGUAAGAGGCCAAGUAAGAGUUAAAACAAGAGCGCUUCUUCGUCUGUCAACACUCUGUUUACAGUGACAUGUGGAUCCAGAUGUAUUCAUACUAUGCAUAUUCUGACCUUGGUCAGAGCACUGCACCACUCUGGGUGAGCAGUGACAACCAGCUGGGCAGUUUUCAUCUUCGUAAUCAUCGUCAUCAUCAUCAUCAUCUUCAUCAUCAUCAUCGUCGUCAUCAUCAUCAUCAAUUGAGUCUGCCAUCAUGAUGUCAUAGUUUUUCAUAAAGUCCAUGACGUUGAUUGGCUGGUAAGGUUUAGCAUUGCCUAGUGCCAACAGGCAAAGUAGGAGGAAGACCCUCAUGGUUGUAUUAGAAGGCUGGUCAGUGAAUGAGCGACCAGGGAGAGCUGUAGAGACAGACAAAAGUUUUGUUAGUUAGUUUGUUUAUAGUAACAUUAUAGGCCAGACGCGCAGAUCCAUGUUGUUUCAGGAUAGAUCUGACUUAAUUACUGAGAGCAACUAACAUAAGUAUGAAAUAAUGACAACUGACAGAUUUACACCAUCACUCCUCAUCUUUUAACAUCUUUGAGAGACACAUUGGUUUAAGAGGUCAUAGGUUUGAAGUUGUGCCGCAAAAUUCAAAAACUUGACUGUUUGACCAUAUUUUAACUCAGUUUUGGUCAUUUAUAUUCAGUAUACUGUAUAAUCAGUGGGAUAUGCCAAAUCGGAUUCUUUUUUUUUUUCUUUGUCUUUUUUUCUUUUUCCUUUUUUUCUUUUUCUUUUUUUUUUUUUUGUGAAAUCUGGUUUAAAACAGUUCAUUGUGAAUUUGUCUGUCAUCCUCCUCCUGCGUGUCUUUCAGUCUGAAUGUGUAACAAAUUUAUCCUAAAAUUAUCUGCAGACACAUCAGCAAAGUCAUAUUCAUUUUCACUGGCAUGUGGGUCUGGAACCAUCACCAUUUUAAAGGUUUUUCCAUUGGUGGCAGAUGUACUGACCCAAUCACAAUCUUUUAUUUAAGAUGACAACAAAGGAGCAUAAACAACCAAGGUUGCAAUAAAACCUCUCAUAUGACCAGUCAAAUUAAUAUCCUGCAGUAAUUAUUCACCCCAAGGUGCUUUAAAGCUUCAAAAGUAAAAGUACUUGCCAAACUCUCUGGUCUCUGACAGUAAUAUAUUGAUGUGAGGUCAUUGGUAUUGCAGGGUAACAAUGGAAAACAGCCUCAGAGAUUAAUGCUGUUGAUAUAACAUGUAUCCCUCUAACUACAAUUUUCAUAUUUCAAGUACAAUAAACACAAAACACUGUCACAACAUUUCACAUCGGGCACUUUCCAAUGCUUUGACUACAUUUAAACACUUUUUAAUUCGUUAACUUUUCAAACAACCUGCAGUUUAGUUGUUCUGACCGCUUCCUCAUCAAGGCUCAGCUUUAGCACUGAAAAUGAACAAAUAAGUUUAAUUGCUGUUGGUUCAACUGAGAAGCUGUGCAAUGAGUCAAAAAGCCUAAUGUUAAGUGGUUUGGAGAGGAUGGAUGAAUGGUCUGAUGGAUGAAUGGAUGGAUUGAUGGAUGAAUGGUUUUCAUACCAAACUGAGAAGUGGUGAUGUCACAGCAGCUGGCUAUCAGAGCAAAAACAAAAAAAUCUCAAAUACAGCAGCAGAAAAAAAGAGCACUGGAAAUAUUUUGAUGAAAGUAAAGUCUGAGAUGAUUGUGAUUUAGGAAUGUUUGGCCAAACCAGCGCAUGGUGAAAGGGCACGCAGAGUUCCUAGAAUGAUUGGUUUCAGUAAGUGCUGCUCUUUUUUCGAUCCGUUUUUCCAUGAAGCUAAGAAAACCUCGACUGGAAAUGAGUUCUUGCAGCCAACAUAAAUGUUUCUCCUGCUCUCACCUUUUCAGCAUCGGUGGUGAUUCAGGCAUUGAUUUAUAUAUCUUUCUCCAUUACACACUCACCCAGCAGAGAGGGGCUGAGAUUGUCUGGUUGCGUGCUCAUGGUAAUCUUGAUGAAUUCAGUCCACCCACAACUAUGUGAUGGUGGUCGAGCAUCCUGCUGCGACAGCAAAUACUGCUCAGCAAAGACCCUUACUGCACCCAGGCUGUCUUUGUUCCACAUGAGCUCAUUUAGCUGAAAGAGGCUGUUUUCUUAAUGUGCAUGUGGCAACUUUUGGGAGGUUUAUGUCACAACUUACAGUACAAUGUAGAUAAUACCCUUAUGUUUCAGUUUCAUAAUAAUCAUAUUUAAUAUUUAAUCAGAAGAGUCCUUAAAAUGGAUCCUAUAAAUCUUUCUGUAAUUCAGCCAGACUGAUGCAGGCACAGGAUUUCAGUCACAGUAUGAAAUGAAGUGUCCAUCCUAUUUCAACAAAGCAAGAUACAACAUCUAGUUUGAUCAGCAUCCAAAAUUCAAAGAACAUGAGGUAUUCAUAUGUUUCAAAGUUGUGGUGUCAUUUGUAUCACUGUCAUUGAUUAUUGUAUUAGCUGUUGCUGAUAAACUUUGAGCCAAAGAAGAAGUUUUCCGUAGAUGAAGCUCUAAUAAAAGUUUAACGUCUAUCUGCUCUUUAUUUGAGGUAAUUAUGGAAAUUUGAGGUGGUUCAAACAAUGUCCCUCAUAUGUUUGUAUUUACUACUUUGCGAUGUCUGUAGUCUUUGAGUUUUUGUGAGAUGAGAACAGCUUGAACAAAACUCCAGACAAGAAAUGACCACAAGAGACCACAACAUAAAGCUGAAAGACUAAACAUCCUCAUCCCCUCAAAUCUGCCAUUUAUUUAGUUUACGUGAAACACAACCCACGACAUAUAAACAUUACAGUAACACAAUCUGAAAGUACUUCAAAGGUUUGCUUAAAAAUCUGAUUUGCUUAAAAAAUGGUUUGAAAAGUUCUUAAUUAAAAGAUUUCCUCUUUUCUAUUUUUUAAAAGGUAAUUCAUCUGGUAAAUGAAAGAAAAUCAGACUAAAAUUUUAAACCAGCUCUAUGACUGUCCUCAAACAACUCCUCCACCUUUAAUGCAUUCAGCAGAAGUCUAGUAAACUUUCCCACAACCCUAGAGGUGUUUUAUUCUAUGAAAAUAAAACAUGUAGCAUUGUCUAGCUAGAGGUUUAAAAAGAAGAGGUCGCUGUUUUGUAAAUAAACCAAGGGUGUGUCCUACCUCAGCCGUCAGGUGUGUUUUGUGUCCUUGUAUAAACCCCAAGCAGUGAGAUGUGUGACAGCAGGGUCCAGCUGGAAGGCAGAGAUUUGGAUCCUCAGUCAAUACAUUCCCAGUGAAAGGAGAACAGCAUCACCCUCUCUCUCUCCAGGAAAAAACAGCCUCCUUAACCCCCCCCACUGACGGAAAACCUCGGCUGCUUAGGGUGAGGGGUUCAGUUUCAGUCAGGAGCUCUCCACUCUCUCUCCCUCUCUCAUCACACCAUCUGUACGUCUCAGUGACUGGAGUUAUUAGGACUUUAGUCAUGUGCUUUUCAUCAGGAGCUUUGAAGUGAUGCCAGGAUAGUUAGCUUCAGACUCCUGAAUGCUCAAGUCUUUUUAUAGAUCAAACUGGUAGGUCUGUCACCUCACCUCCCUUCACCAAGAUGAUGCCAUAUUAAAUAUUUUACAUCAGCAUGAAUGAGUCUGACUAAAUCUCAAGAGCAUUUGCUCAACAAGAAUAAUAGGACUGUACAGCUGUUGUUGCUGUUUAGGUUCCCUCUGUGAAACGUCAAUGCUAAUGAUGGAGGUGAGCCAAAGCCAAAGAGUUGGUGCUCCAUGUUGGUCUAAAGUACUUGUAGAUAUAUGAUGUAAGGUUUCUGUUUAAAAAAGCAUCCCAAGACAUCACUACGUCUCAAACCAUUUAAAUCUAAACUGAGGAUGACGUCUAUGUUUUCAAACCCAUGUGAAUUAAAUUAAAGUGUAAACUCAGAGAAUAAUCUCCUACCAUACUCCAACACACUAAGGGGUUCCUCUUGUUACAUUAAUUAUUUUAACAAGGUCUCUGCAGCUUUCACUACCUUUCUUACAGUCAAACAUGAUCAAGGCUGCAUUGAACAUAAGACAGAUUUCUGGAGAGCAAAUCAAAUUUAUGAAGGCAUCCAGAUGACUAAAAGUGACUAGAUGAAUAACAAUCUUUGCAGUAUGCAGGGUGUAACAUUUAAUUUAUGUCAAAUUACCAUGGUGCACCAUGGGAGAUACAGCUGUUUUGUAUAUGAUUAAAAAAGAGUGCAGUCCCUUUUUUAUUGUUGCUUAGCAACCAGGCUAUUUGUUUCUUUCACAUUUUUCUGCAUGUUCUUUAAGGCAGAAAAAUUUCAUCUUUUUUACAUACCUAUGUGAAGAAGAUGACGUUUAUACAUGGAGGUAGACCUCAUCUUCUUUACAUCAGUUGCAGCAGGCUGUACGUCGCUGUAGAGUGUGACGCUGCUUCCAAAACAGGGUGGAUGACAUGCAGUCUUAGUGUUUUUAAUCAGAAAUGUCAGUACAUUUGAAUCAGAAGUUUAAUUACAGACCUUGCUUAUGUUAGUGUAAAUGCACCAUGCUAGACACUUUUGUCAGGGGGUUCUGUCUGAGAGGGCAGCUCUAAAUGAUAAAUACUAAUAAACAGGGCAAAUUAUACAGCACUGAUUUUAUUUAAUGCUGAUUUAUUUCAUACCAUUUUAAAUUUCAAAGAUUUAUGCAUGUCAACUUAGCUGAUUUGGUCUUCCUUGCAUUUUAAGUAACUCUGCAUGAAGGACAUCUUGGCUAUCAAAUAGUCACCCAACAUCAUUUGCAAAAAAAGGAUUAGAUAUGAAUCCCAAAAUAAAAUGUUCCAUUUUAGGAGUGUGCCACUGCCAUUGAAGAAUGGGCAUCAAAAUUCAAUAAGUGAUGUAACAAUAGUGGGAAAAUGCCUCUGUGGGUUAAAAAGAGAAAGGCGAUUAAGGCUGCUUACUGAACUACAUGCAAUGUAGGAGAAACACAUUCACCCUGCAUCCUUCUUUACUUUGUUGGUGAUUGCUCUCCUUUAAAGUUGCCAAAUAAUAUGUUACUGUGAACUGUUGAUCCAUCUGUAAUCUGAUAGUCAUGCUUGAAUACAACCAGAACUGUUAUGUAAUCAAAGUCCACUUCUGAUGGACAGAACCAGAUUCCUGCAACAGAGAGACAAAACAAAAUGCUGAUUUUUUUCUACUUAAUUCUUAAAAUGCUAACCCCCCACCUCACCCUUUUUUUUAAGGAAUGGAUUAGAAUUUAAGAAUAGAUGGACAGCAUCAUCCCACCCCAAAAGGAAGCUUAUAAAAUUAUCAAGCACAACCAUUCACUGAAAAUUGGUGUUUCUAUUUGUUUUGUAUGUUUGUUUUGUUUUCCUCCAUUCUCAAAAAGUAGAAACAAAGUUCUCAGAGGAGAUUCUUAGGGGAUGCUUUACAAUAUCUACUCAGCCCCACAGUUUUUUUCUUCUCGUGUGUAUGUGUGAAAGUGAGUGUUAGGCAUGAUGUGUAUCUUGACAAGGCACUACAGAAAAGUCCAAAGUUUUACACCUUAGGCAGAAAUGAGAAAUACCUCCCAAGAAUGGAAAAGCUAACAGUAGCUCGCUCCCUUGUGGGUUCACGUGUUUUACCAUGUCUUUUUCCAUUCAGUGUUGGUAUUUUCUGCUGAGCUGAGCUGGAACCGCACUCUGAGGAGCAGCUUAUGGGGGAGCUAGACCAUCCAAAUAUGCCCUGGUUUGGCAGGGAGAUAAACCCAAACUGGAGCUGGUCUGUGUUCUGGUUUUAAUGCAUUUACUCUAUGGGGAAGUCAUUUUUUCCAAACCAUUAAUGAUCUGGUUAAACGAUCAUCUCAGUGACAAGGAGCCUGCUAAGCCCUUCCAUGUUCAACAAACACUGUGGGACAUUUUUUUGAGCUGUUUAAGCAUUUUGAACAAACUUAUCACUAUUAGAAGAAGCUUCCCAAUCUCUGAUUAAAUGCAAACCAAUAAAACAUUCAGAAAUUUGAUUGCAUAAACAUACUUUGGUUAUCUUAUAUGCUGUGAAAAUCUAUGAUGUAAAGUUUUACAGCUGUCCCGUACCAUACCAGUCACCUUCAUGUCUUUAGGUCUGAUCCUAUUAUCUAAUUGUGCAUGUUGCAAUGGGACGAGGCUCAGGAAGUUGCAGUCCUGAUGCAAUGAAGGACUAUCCUUAGAAACACAGUCUCUUUAAGUCACUCUGGACAGAAGCUUUAACCUCCUCAGCUGCUUUUGAACAAAGAAACAGCAGCUCGACUCCAAGCCCCCUCUGCAUGUCUGAGCUCCAUACCCUGUCUCGAAGGCUGAGCUCAGCUGUCCUGAUGUUGGAAAAACUAUUCUUGCCAAUAAUUUUCUUCAUUGACUUUACUAAGGUCAUGACAGUAGACAUAUUAAAACCUAAACACACGGUUACACCAGCUUUUUUUAAGCUCAAGAUCUCUCCAGUCCCUAAAUUCAAGAUGGACAAGCCCUCCACUGUCUGGUGGUUGUAAACUGAGAGGGUGGAACAUGAGCAUGAUCUAUCUACCUCACGUGUAAAAAACAUUAUAGAAGCAAGCCUGGGGAAAGCUUCAAUUAUCUGAUAUGUAAGCAAGUCCACAUUUACGGUUCUCCUGUUAAACCUUGUGCUGAGUUUCCAGUGCCUCGUAAUCACAGCUUCGUAGCUCUGAAACAAUACAGUCCCAGGAGCCAAGUUUUAAGAUUAAAGGAUACCAUUUUCCCAAGCUUUUCAGGGAUCUGAUUGGACCCUGAUGUGAACCUGACAGCGUUUUGCUUUCUUUACACUGUUAGAGGACAAAGCUUAAAGAGUGAAAUGCUCACAGUUCAACAUAUUUGUUACGUUUGCAUGAAUAUGAAUCCAGUCUGUUUUUUUUUCUUAAUCUAUUUGUCUAAAAGUGCCACAAUAACAAAACCAAUCAUUAAAAUAUUCAGCUUGUAUUCAAAGAAAGAUGUCUGCCAUGCUAUCAACUUCUCUAAAGGAGGAUCUUGUGCAAGAAAACUUGAUCCUUCUCAGCUGACUGGUUUGCCACAGAAGGAUUUGAUAGAUAGAUAGAAGAGGGAAACUGGUUUGUGGUUUAAAGAAAUCUAUGGCGUAAUUGUUUGAAUUACAGCAGUCAAACUGCAAAUUAAAUGUUAGAGAUUAUUUCCUAAUGGUAGUCAGUCUGUGUUGGUGGUGGGAGGCUGUCAGGAUGUCUCUUCUCUUCCAGGAUGUCAUAUUUUCCAACCUAUCAAACGUCUGUGACGGCUAUGGAACUUGUUGUGUGCUCAUGUUGACAAGAAUUUCCUCCAGCUGGGCCUUCAAAGCUGUGAGUCACUGGGGCUACUUGCUGGGCAAUUUUGCCAAGGAGUUGCCUCAGCACUGAUGUUGCUUUAAUGCCACCGGAGCGCCGUAGUGCCAGGAAACACUCUAGUAAAACUUUGGCUGGGUCAGAACUCAGCAUGUUACCUGCAGCUGGGAAUGUUAUCCAGCGAGGCGACACAACAGACCACUGUUUACCAGCCCGACUUCACCAUGACUUCACAUGAUGGUGACACUUUUGAAGCUGUUAAUAUUAGUACGGCAUAAGUUACAAUCAUAUCUAUCUAUAGUUUUACAAUUAAGUCAGGGUUUGCUACACAAAGCACAAUAUUCUCAAAUGCAUCAUAUCAUCACAGUAUUCUUUAAAAAUAGACUGAGUGUUGUAUCAUAGCAGUGACUCGAUAUUAAACAUAGGACAAAGUGUUUUACUUGGUCCUCUUAAAUGAAUACACUAAUAAGGCAGAAACUUUGACCACCUGCCUUAUACUGUGGAAACUCACCUUCAGCCAAAACCAUCCUAGCCAGACGAGACAUGAACAAGUUUAGAGAUAAUGCCACCUUGUAUUGGACUCGGUUGUUCAGCACAUCCCACAGAUGCUCAUUUGGACUGAGACCUGAAAGUCAAUACCUUUUAACUUUGUGUAGCCUUCAGGCCUUCUUCAUUGCUCUAUGAUCCAGUUUUCAUUGAAGGCACUUUUUGUGACCUCUGGACAGAGGUCAGCACAGCCAGCCUGAGCAGUCCCUGGCUUUGCAGUCCUGUACACAACUGUCUUAGUUCUUUCAGUAAGAACCAGCAACAAAGUUUUUAGUGUUUGAGCUUCAGCAGCUCUUGUAUAGGAUAAGACCAUACAAAGCAGCCUUCGCUUCUGGCGUGCAUUCAUGGCCUUGGCUACCCAUUAAUCUGGGUUCAAAUUUGACAGCAAGAACAGCAUAUGUGCAGACAAAAAACAAGUUUAUGCAGGAGUUACCAAGACUACAAUUUCACUGGAACUACAAGACAACAUCAGAACAAAGGCAUAACACCAGUGCUGAUUUAACAAAAUUACUACUGUCCAAAGCUGAUAGCAUACCGAUCUUAAAUGGGAUAAACUGUUGAUUGGUAACGAAAUAUUAAAUUAACCUAAGACACCUACACUUACACAUGGUUUCAAUGUGUCAAUGGUUCAUAGAUGACAACUACUUACAAUAUGUUAACCAAUCUUUACUCACCUGUCAGUCAAAAACUCUGCAAACAAACAAACGUUGUGGUGACAGUUCAAUUCAGCAUGAACCUGCCAUCCCAAACCUAUAAAAACCUGAGACUGGAUUCUUCCAGACCUCCAUGAGGGUGCAACCUUAAAGUAAUCUAUUUGUACAUUAUAAACUAUCUGCUGAGUACAUCAGGACAGAUUUGAAUUAUCUAUGAACCUGGAUGUUCUAAUCCUGAAAACACUGAAGGGGUCAUGUGAAUAAUGACUAUUAGAUUAUUCCUCCAUGUGUUGAUUUGGGAGACUGAUGAACACAGCAGCUGUUCGUGUUGGCAGGCAACAAGAACUCUCUCCUUUCUGAAGGAAAACCUUUAAUCUUUGAGCUUCGGCUCAUUGGAAACCUUUUUCCACUGAAAGUACUAUAACAUGACAACUUCCAGCCUCUUCAAACUGGCUAAACAUUACUGGUUGUUGACUUUAUUGCUUUCUUACUUUUAGAUUUAUUUUUGUCUGUCUAUAAACAGCUUGUAUUUCUAAUUCAUCACAUCGAGCUUUUCCUUUUGUCUUUUGAUCUCUCUGCUACCAAAGUAAAUGAUCCUAACUCUUAGGUCUACUGGGGAAAAUAUGAUGAUAAAGUUGGCUUGCAGCCCUUGAAAAGACAGGUUUAAAUAUGUAUUUCUUGAGGGCAAUCGACAUGUGUUGCAAAGAUCACAACAUUUUCUCAUGACUCAGUCUUCAGUAGAUACGAUGGCUUUAUCUCCUCCCUGAGGCCUGGGUGUUGAUCUGAUAACAUCUGUACAGCUAUAUAUUUUCCUAAAGUGGGUUUGCUGACAGUGAAGGAAGUAGGAGAAUCUUGGGGAAUUCAAUCUCACUUCCAUUUAUACAUGUGAAUCAUCCUGUACAGCUCACAAGUCGGGCAUUUGCAUUUAGUAUCAACUUGAAUCAUCCUAGAAAACUGUUGAGUGGGACUCCAGAUGGAAACAUAAAGGCACACAUUUAAAUAACUUUUAUUUAUUUAUUUAAUACAUGAAAAUAGUUCUGACGUUGGGUGCCUGGUGGUUGAACUAUGUGUUCCAUGUAUGAGGCUGUAAUCCUCUGGACAGCAGGCUGGAUUUGAUCCCAACUUGCAGCCUUUUGCUGCACGUUAUUUGCCACUUUUUCUCCUGUUUGCCCUCUCUCUAAAAAGUUAAUGAAAAGUUAAAUCACAUUGUAGCUGGACAGGUUGUUUGAGUUAAUGUGAUGGUACAUUUUGAGACAGAAUAUCAGGGUUACCAAUGUUAGAACCUCAUGGUAAUGCUUAUAUGUCAGUAGUUACUUAAAACUAAAAUUUAAUUGCAAAUCAUAUUUUUAUUUAUAUGCAUGAUGAGGCUUUGAUGGGAAUGUAAAAAAGUUUAUUUGAAAUGUGUGUUGUAGCAUUAUGUGAAACAAAACAACUGAACACUUUGAUGUAUAAUUUAUGCAUAUUGGCCAGCCAAGAGCAAACUACAGGGCACGUUUAUUAAAAUACAAAUGUUUUAAUAAAAAAAAACAGGUUUUCUGAAAAGGUCAGUUUAGUUUGACAACAAUUCAUAACUGUAUAAAAAAUCUCAACACGAAGCCAAAGGGUUCCCUCUCACAUGCUGUCGAAGCCGUCUUUUAAUCAUAGUCAAGGAUGAUGUUUACUUGUUAUAUUACACUGUAGUUACACAGGUUGAUAGUUGAGGCACAGACAAAGACCUAUAGUGUGAUUUAGACCUGGAAAUACAUUAAAAAUCAAAGUUACAAAUGAGAAUGACACAUAGAAAUAUACUCAUGAAGCAAACGAUUCCUGCCAAAUCUCACCCUGAUCGCCUUCUAAGAUGCCUGAAUGUCAAAUGCUAGAGUGAAAGGGUUUUCUUAUUUAUUGUUUACUUCAGAUCAAGUGGGCCACACAGCUUUACUAAUCAACAUUUGAUGCUUAAUAAAACAACCUGUAAUUACAUUAAUUGCACAUGCUUUUCCAUUUCCUGUCACAUGGAUUAUCUCUCCAACACUCACUUCAUCAUUUUAUUUUGAACCUUUUCUGAAUCUUUAAUGAAGAGAGUCUAAAGGAUUGUGUAACACAUGGGGUCUCACCUCUCACACUCCUUGUGAGCUUUUUAUGAAAGAGGGGAUUGGAAGAAACAGAGCUGAGAAGUGGAACAUGAAGGUGGUGAGGUUGUUAAAUCUAAUGUGUUGGGUUUGUAGUCUCACUUCACAGAAAUCUUUCCACUCUUUUAUUCCCGUUUUGAUUUUACUGUGCAUGGUGCAGAAAUUCUUUCCAUUUGAGGGAAGUGAACGUUCAACUGGAGAAGCAGUAGGUUUGGUUUUAAUAUUUGAAGGUGUUCUGUUUCCUUCAUACAAGUUCAAGGUGGGCCAGGCAACGCUGCAAAACAACUUUCCAAAUCAAAGAGUUCAGGCCAAGGAUAUGACAGGACAGUAGCUUCCCAAAUGGUGAAUUACAUCAGCUGUAACUCUGACAGUAGAGUUCUCUGUUUUUCCAUGUUCAGCCUCUACAUCAGACAUCUGAGCACAUGUAUCUAAGUCAUGAUGUGGGUGUAAUGUCAUUAACAUACAGCAUGAGGGCUAGUUCGGGGAGAAUCAAUCUUACAUUUUAACUUUUUCUUUGGCACAUAUAAAAAACAAUCUUGUCCUGUGUGGUUUUUAGGGUCUAAAAAAGUGUCUCUGAAGAUUUUUUUAUUUGUGAGAACUCGGGUCACUUGGUUUUCUGGGGUUUUAAGACCACGCUAGAGGAGGAGCGCACACAGGAAAAGGCCGAUGGGGAGAUCUUCUUGGGGUCGAUGUAGUUGUUUUCAAGCCUUACUGCAACCAGGGUGGAGUCUCCACUCUGGUCAGGGUCACAGAUGCUGUCUUCAGGGAUACUCCUGGAGGACACAGUACAAGAGUGCAGUUAAAUUCACUUGUCAAAAGGACUGUUAUGAUUAUCUUGUCAUAACUAUUAUGUGAUAUUCCCACAUAAUUUAUGGGAAACUUGGAAACAAAAAAACAGUCAGUUAAGGAAGGGCAAGACAAUGGAGGCAGGUUUAAAUGUAUGAUUAUACGAACCACUUAAACUUUUCUGGAGAAGAUGUUGUCUGAUGAAACAGUUGUUUGUCGUGUUUUUAUUUGAUAGUUUUAACUGUCUCAAGUUUAAGUUGCUCUAUUUCCUGUAUCGUAGAACUAUGCUUUUAUUUUGAAGUGUACUACCUCGGGGUGAUCGUAAAUUGUGGGAUUGAGUGAGAAUAGCUGAAAUAACAAUGUAUAAAUGUUAAAUUGAUAAGCAACCUAAACAGGCUCAGGCUCUAAUAUUUUUGGUUUCUUAAAGAGCUGCUCACUGGCAGUUUCCGUUUUUUCAUCAUCUAUCUUCUGUUGUAUGACACGAGUCAACCAGCCAAUCAAACAACCAGUUAAUCAUUGUCUCUGUAACACUUCAACCACAAUGACAGCACUUCCAUAAGUCUGUGGACUGUAAAUGGCUUAGUGAAACUUUAGUUGAAGAUGCACAUACAAAAAUAGAUACCAAUCUCUCUUACUGAAAGAUUUUUGCUUGAAAAAUAAAUAAAUAAAACAAUUAUUAACCAGGGCCUUUAGUUUGCUUAAAAACUAUUUUUCAUUUCAUUGAGUUUACUGAGGGUUGCUGUUUGUUUUGUUAUUCUGCAUUUGAUUAUCUGCAGGAUUUCCAGAAGGCUUAUUACAGUUUCCCACAUGAAGGGUCAGCCAUAUUGGCCACAAUAAAAGAACAGCAUAAUGGAAAUGUUAUAUAAACCUGUUCAAAUACCUGGACUGUGUGUACCAUGAACAGACCUGUGAGUGAAUAAUGAGGUGGUUCAGGGUGACUCUCAGGUGGAAACAUGAGGAAACUUGUUUUUUCCUUGUCGUCAAGACAACUCUCCAUUCAGCUAACGUCCAGCUGCUAUUGUCUUGUGUGCUGAAUGAGUAAGUAGUCAGCUCUGAAUGAGUCAGCUCUUGUCUGCUGUCUUUAUCAGUGGUCUUAGAGGAUUGUACUAAGUAGACAUUUCAAACAGCUUAAACUGUCUCAAAUCAUCUGGUUUUGUUGUUAUUUGAUGUAGAUUGUUGUCUCUAAGACCAAUGAAAUAAAUUUCUUAUAUACGUGUGUAGAGUCCGAGAGAGAAAAAACAUUUUGGUUUGAAGUUAAUAAGCAAGGCAUUGAUCAUUGAGAUGGGAUUGUACAGAGUCAUUUGAAACAGUGACUCUUUACAACUGAGGUCUUGGUUCUUCUUUUGUCCGUUUCUAUCUGCACUUUUAAAGAUAACAGCUGAGAUUUAUGGACAUGCUAAGAGUGUUUUAACUGAACAUUUUUCAGGAAACCCUUAAACCCCGUAACAUGUGGAUAUCAUACCUGAUAUUGUUGUUGUUCAGUCUUAGGAAGUGUAUGUUGGUCAUCUCGUUGAUGCCAGACGGCACACUGACCAGCUGAUUGUGAUCCAGACACAGCUCCACCAUUGAGUUGUAUGAGCCGAAGAAAGACUCUGGUUCGAUUCCUUCCCCAUCCAGUUUAUUGAAGGAGAGGUAGAGGUACUCCAUACCAGGAUUCAUAUGAGCAAAGACAUAACCUGUGGAUGUAUUGGCAAGAAACAGUGUGACUAUUAGAGACCACAACCCUGUGCUUGUAAAUUCCAUUAGGACUGUGAGUUCUUCUGAUUUUAGAUUAAUCACAACGGCCUAAAAUUUUAAUGCUGUUCUUAAAUUAUCUGUUUUAUUUGUGAUUGAAGCUGAAAAUCAUUAAAAAGACAAGCGUUGCAAAGCUAAUGGCAGAAUCUUUCAUAUCCACAUCUCAAACAUAAACAAAAGCCGGUGGGGAAUCCACAGAAUGUCUGGUUCCUCAGAAAAACAACCUCCAACAUGGCAGCCCUCUUUUGUUUCCAUUACUGCACUCAUCAUGAACCUUUUCUAAUGUUAUUUUAAGUAUACUCUUUAUACUUCAAAUAUUUUCAGCUGUGUCCUAUUUAUCAUUUCCUAUCAGUCAAUGAGGAACCUCUUUAUCACGUUCUUCAAUCUUGUGACUCAUAUCCUCUCUAAAUGGCUCUUUGCUCUAUGCAACUCUGACUUAGUGUCUUGCUGUUUUUUAAGAGUAUCACUGCAGCCUCUUUAAAGUCAUAAUUUGGAAAUGUCGCCAUUCAUUCAUUCAUAAAAGUGCCUGAAUCUGUGACUUACACUCUAAAUAUUUCCAGCACUACUUAGCUCUGUCCUACUUAUGUGUGUCUACCAAACGAUAAGAAAUCUUCUCAUCAUAUUCUUCAGCCUUGUCACAUAUACUCCUUCUGAAUGGCUCUUGUUAACAUUAUUACAGCCAGUGCCCUGAAAGAGUCUAAAGUAUCUCUGUGCUGUACUUGAAUACUUCCUGAAGUCGGUUCCCAAAUCAGACAGAAUAAGAAAAAUUGGGUUCUAUAAGUGUGUUAUUUUGCUAUUGUCUAAGCAUCCUGAUAUACAGACAAGGUUUUCCAUGCAUUUUGUCUUAUUCAGUUCCAUUUUGAAAUUAUUAACAUAGUUGUGACGAUCUGCAGCUGCUGAAAGUUUUUGAGGAAGCCCCCAGGUAUCAUGCCAACCUACCAAUAGUUGGACCUUCCCACCAGCAUGCUGUCAUAAUUGUGAACCGUGUGUUUCACCAACACUCUCCACUUACCUGGUACCCUCUCAAUCUUGUUCCCCACCAGCACUAAGUGAACCAGAGAUGUAGGAAGGUAGGAAGGCACAAGGUAAAGCUCAUUGUGUGAAAGGUCUAUAGACUCCAGGUUCCUGCAGAGGGACAGAAAGACUUAUUUAUAAAUCUGUGCAGAUAUUAAGAUACUGAUAAAAUUGACAGCCGCAAACAGCACAAGUAAAUAUGGUAGUGAAAUUAAAGACAUGUUGGGGACAGUGAGAAUAAUGACUAAAACAAAUGCUUGUGAUUUUUUGUUAGCCUACAAAAUCAUGAGGUGUGUUCAGUCUGACCUGUGGUUGAUCCAGGCCAGCGGGGCAAUCCUGCUCUCAUCCAGCCGGUUGUGUCUUAAAGAAAUCACAUUCAGACUUUGGGUCUGAUUAAAAACUGUCUCUGAGAUUUCCUCAAUCAGGUUGUUUUCCAAAUACAGUUCCUGAACAAUGGAGAGAAAAUGAGUGAAAAAAAACAAAAUGUUAGAUGUCAUGAAGGUCAUAAAGGACAAUGUUUUAAUUAGUGGAAACUCUCGGUCAGUUUAUUGUCAGGUUUACAACAGGUUCCUGUAAACUCCUGCAUUUUUGCUUUUAUUGAAGCAAGAUUGGAUUUGAGACAUUAAACAGUUAUGCUAGCUGGGUGCUUUGGGGUUGAAGAUCUUGGCAGACGAGUCUUUGUUUUGUUUUAUUUUGAGUGUUUUGGGUUACAAGAGCAAAAUUCACUCCUAAACUAUACGCACAUUUAUUAUACUUACAGUCUUGGGUUGUUCUUACAGCCCAUUAAAAUUUACAAAUACUGAGUUAGUGCUCAGUUACUUUACAGAAGCCAUUAAUCACAAUCACCCUUGGUCAUGUACAGCUGAAUGCUUAAAUUCUGUUGUUUCCAAAAGCUGAUUGAUAAACAAAUGUUAUAUGUAGAAUAAUACAAACUUAGGGAGGAUUGGUGAGAAAAGGGUAGGGGAUCUGGAAAACAUCCUGGUUUGUUUGAAGGUGUGCUUACAGCAGCAGCGUGUAGCCGCUGUACUGUACUGUUUGUGGUUAACCAGAGGCCAUAAUUACAGGUUGAGUGGACUGGUUUCCCACAGGUAGAAGGAAGGUUUACUCUGCAGAAAAGUCUGAAACAUCAGAGCCAAAAUAAAAAUACCAGUUCGUUAAGCAAGUUUAACAUACUGACUGACUACAUCCAGCUGCUUAACUCAUUCAGUACCAAAUUCAUUUGUGCAGUUUUCACCCAGUGCCACCAUUGACCGCAAUAGAAAUUUCUGUGUCUUUCAGGACUCACAGAAUAUCUUGUGCUUGGGCUAGAAUUAAGUGCAAUAUCUCAAAACAAAGGGGUGAUUCUCUUCUUUCACUAGAAAAAGUUAGUCUCUAACCCACUCCUGUGUUUAGUUAUUGCCUGCUCAAUGCAGCCUGGUCGUACUAUCUUUGCUGAUCUGGAAAGAGAAACCUGAGAAAAACACAUUUUUACAAAGGAGAGACUCUCAAGCAGAAUCUGAUCAUCUACUUUAUUUCACUUCAAACUACUUCAUCGGUGGCAUCAAGGUCCUCCCUCCUCAAACACCACUCCUCAUCACUCUCGAGGUUGGAUUGUGAUAGGUCACUUUGUGACGUCUGGGAGUCGUAUUGGCUCUCGAGAACCUGACACCUUGAUGUAAACCACAUGGACUGCUCAUGUCCUCCUUGCCAGGACUGUCACUGAAUUCCGGCUCAGUCUUGCUCACCAGUACUGGCACCAGAGGCACAAUGACACGCCAGAAAAUUGUUUCUUUGAUUGUCGGCUGACGAUGUGAAGGUUUGGUACCAGGAUCUCCACUGGAUCCAGAGAUGGUAGCACCGCAACCACAGGAGCAGAUGCGCCGAUAUGGUUUGCUCUUGGCUAAUGACUUUGACAUUUACCUACUCUCUCAUAGAAAAAAAAAACACUCCACAAGUAGGCUAAUUGGCAAGGCUAAUGGCAAACUUCUCACUGGCAAGUACUUGUUUUUGUUAUUGUAACAUGGUUAUGAGGUACUUGUCGACUUUUCUGCGUUAAGAACGACCCCAAACCUCAUUGCAUGUCGGGGAGGAGUGCCCUCUGGUGGAAAAACUCAAAAAUCCAUCCAAAUCCGUCAGUGGCACUCAGGGCAAAUAAAAAAAUCUGUCCAAAUCCGUCAUUGGUACUGAAAGAGUUUUAAAAGGCUACUGAAAUUGUAGCUGCAAGAUCAAAGUUUAGACAAGAAAAUGGUGCAGACAUCAUUUAAAAGUUUCUAAGCACCAUCAUAACCGUUGGACCUCUUAUUGGGGCAUCUGGACUAGAGUUUUUUAAUGCACUUAAGUCAAAGAGACAAAGUCAUGAGGUUGCCUGGUGUGGGGAAUCAGGGUUAUAUAUAACAAUUCUCCCAACACUACCUGUUGUCGUAAAGGUAGGGGACUCCUGUGUUAAGGUAAAGUGAUACAGUAGAAAUGUGAACAGAAUUCACUUCAUACCAGUAAUGUUGUAGGAAGGCCCUGUGGUAUGGUACGGAAGUGGUUUCUGCCCAUUCUGAGGUAGGAGAGCUGGGUGAGAGGAGCAAAUGCCAGAGGGGCUACAUUCCCCUCACUCAGCAGAUUUCCCUCCAACUCCAGAAUCACCAAGCUGCUCAGACCUGCUCAGAUAAAAACAGAUCAAUGUGACUGCUCCUCAGCUGCAAAUAUGUCCCUGAGUCUAAGUUACUGUGAAGAAAACAACAGCAGAUUCUCAUUUAUGAAGUUAAAGAAAGAAAGGGAUUGUAUAUGGUAAGUGAACAAAACUGAGAACUGCUAAAAUAAAUUAAACCCUCUGCACUGCUCUGGGGAGUUACCGAAGAAGAGAAAACAUGAUGUAUUGGUUAAUUCACUGACAAAUUAUGCGCCUUGAAAUCACAUCAAAUGACGGAAGUGACUUGACACAAAAUGUGGUAAAUCUCCACUGGUGAUAGUGCGUGACAAUCAUUAAAGUUUGGGUACUAUCUGCCCCAAGAGUCCUUAAUGAUAGAGCACAAACAACUUUUGUUUUGCAUGACAGGUCCUCAUCACACAAUUUAUAUAAAUAAGGAACAUCUGAACAAUAGUCUGCUCUUCUUUGUAUUUCUAAACCUUCGAGCAGAUGUCAGUUUUUAAAAUGACUCAUGUCUAAGGGAAGCUGGCCAAAAUAUAGAGUGAAGUACAUCUGAGUUGAUCAAUCAGUGGCUCUCUGUGCUGGUGUGUUCACACGCAUCUCCUGGAGACACAAAUACUACUCUGUAUUACUUUGUGGUUUUUCAACAGCCGACCGAGUAUGAUGGUGCAUCAUUAUGUGGCCGUACCUUUGAGGUUGUUUUCGCUGAUUCCUUUCAGUGCGUUCUCAUUAAUCUUCAGCUCCUGCAGGGUGGGAGGAAGGUCAAAUGGCACUGCUUCAAGAAGGUUCCCAUCCAAGUAGAGGCGCCUCAAGUUCUUCAGACCCUGACACAAAUAUAGACGCAUUAACAGAUAUAUCUCAUAUCUGCCAAUAUACUAUAGUUGCUCCUGUCUAUACCACAAAUGUGCCUUUUGCUUCUGCCUGCCUGUUUUAUGUGCCACAAAAAGGAUCAGAUUUUCAAAAGUCUUUUCAGUCCCAAAACACUGGAGUGUGUCAGCGUGUCUUACUUUAAAGGCUUUAGCAUCAAUGCCGGCAGAGGUGAGUUUGUUUUUCUUCAGGUUGAUCCAUUCCAGGUUUGGGAUGCCAUUAAAUGCUCCAUCUGGGAUGCUGCUGAUGCUGUUGCCUGAAGGUUGGAAAAGUUUCAGACAGUGAGGAGUGAGAGCAAAAAUUUGUCAGGCUUUCUGUGGAAACAUUAACACUCUUGUAUGUCUUGUACUUUAUAGCUGUUGACAAAUUUUCUGGGUUUGUUCUUAUUCGUUUGUGUCAGAAGGCUCUUCUUGUGCAAACAGUGUACCUUCUCUGAUCAAAGAGCAAAAAUAGGCCUCUAAAAAUAUUCAGAGUAAAACACAUGAGUGUGAACAAAAAGGAAACCAAGGGGAAAAGUUCUCCAACUUUUCUUAAAGGAAAGAAAAGGCCCUGUGUGUUUUUGUACAUUAGAAAAUGAGCACAGACAUUAAAAUCUGUCUUUUAAUUAAAACACAAUUCUGCACUGAAAGCAGGGCAUCUAGGCUGUGGAAAUACUGGUAAUUAUGGCCAUGAUGAAGUGAAAACAAAACGCAAUGCUGACAGGUGGAGUUUUGUAAUCCAGAUGCAAAUCCACACCAAUAAUCUAUUGAUCUACUAACAAAUCUUGCUUGUUUAGCCAGAGCCUAAUUACGUCCUCUUUCUGAGCCUUGAAGCUCAGUUGUUGUCCAAAACCCAUUAAAAACACAUCAGUGAGUCACACUGUUGCGCUGGGAGACACGUUCCUGUACUAUCACACUGCAAUCUACUUUGGCUGAAUCUCACGUGCGCCAUCCUCCAGCUGGAAGUACUCUCAAAACGUCAAAUGUGGAUUAAUGUGCUGAUGAAUGUAGCCCUGGCGACAGCUUUUCUACUUUCAGAGUGUUGUUUUCUGUUAAUUACAGUGACCAGCUGUUUUAGGAAACUUUACAAGCCAGGAAACCAUAUUUGUGAGUUGUUUAAAAUAUUUAUGUAGUCAGUAAAAACACAGGAGCUUUUACGUCAGUGCAGUCGUCAGGGAAGGGCCUUGGAAAAUAUUGUCUUCUGGCAAUUUAUACUAUCUGUUUUAGUCUUCCCUUAGGAUUUUUUUUAUCAGUACGAAUCUUGUUCUUUAAGAGUGGCAAAUAAGUUAGAAUUUCAAUAUUGAUGGAACAUCUUAUGAGAGACGGGAAAUGGAGGAAGAGGGGGUUGGACGGCAGGCUCCAAAUAACUGGACUGUAGCCUCUUCAUGUGGGUCACCUGCUCCACCAGCUGCUCUAAACUGGCACUGCAGAGAAACGAAAACAUCCUAAACUCCUAUCAGCAGUCUUUAUCCCCAACCUUACUAACCAUGGAUUGUAUAUUCAAAUGAAUGCUACAACUGUUGGCAGACUAUGAGGCCAAAACAUUUGGAGCGCCCCCUAUUGGCUGGCUGCAGAAAGGUUCUUACUGUGAUGGAAAAACCUAUAAAAAGUUAUCAUGCUUUAGAUGAUUCUAUAUGCUUUUAUAUGAUUGAAUGUGAUUUAAUUCUUUCAGAUUGAUUUUAGUAUGAUUUGAAUUGUUGAAUGUUGAAGAAUGAACUUAAACUCUUAACCUUUUAGCUCUGCAGAAGGGGAUAUGAAAGUGUUGAACUCUGUACCAUGUGUUGUGCAAAGAUGUGAAAAUACCCAUGUUCCUUAAAAAUAAUGCCAUACAUAUGCAAAGACUCACCCUCCAGACUCAGAGAUUUGAGCUCCGGUAUGAUCAGAACAGGGAAGUAGAGGAGUUUGGCGUUAUCACAUGUCACUGUGACAUCAGAGAAACCACAGCCUGGAGGGAGACUGUCUUGGUUCACCACAACCUCCCUCUCCUCCUCCUCCUCCACCUCCAUUGCCUCAUCAAUUUCGUUUUCCUCCUCCACCUCUGCUUCAAUUUCCUCCAACUCCUCCAGCUCCUCUCGUGUAGCAGGCCUUGGGAUCGGAAGGGGGAGUAGGUCUGGUUCUUCAGGUUCUUCAGGUUCUUUUGGAGGCAUCUGAAACACAUCCCCCCUCAGCCACACCUCCUCCUCCUCCUCUACCACCUCCUGCCGCUUCUCUUCCUCCUUCUCCAACAAUUCCAGGAGUUCCUCCCUCAGCCUCUCCCCCUGCUCUUUCCUUUCCUCUUCUAACUCCCUUUCUUUCUCCCUUGCUUCUCUCUCUGCUUCCUCCCUCCUCUUUCUAUCUUCCUCCUCCUCUCCUCUCCUCUUUUCCUCCUGCUUUCUCCACUCUUCUUCCUCCUGAAGCCUUCCUUCCUCUUCCACUAGAGCCUGUAAUUCCUCCCUCAGUUUUUCUUCAUGCUUCCUUCUUUCCUCUUCUAGCUCCCUUUCUCUCUCCCUUGCUUCCCUCUCUGCUUCUGCCCUCUUUCUUAUAUCUUCCUCUUCCUCUCUUAUCCUCUCCUCCUCCUCCUUCCUCCUCUCCUCCUCCUGCUUCCUCCACUUCUCCUCUUCUCUUUCCAACUGCUCCGUCAAAGCUUCCUCCUCUUCCCUCCUCUUCUCCUCCACUAUUUUCCUUUGCCGCUCCUCCUGCUCUUUCCUUUGCUUCCUCUUCUUUUUCCUUGCCUCAUCCUUUUUCCUCAGACGCUCUUCCUCUUCCCGAUGCUCCUCUUCUUCCUUCCAGAGAAUUCGCUGGAUCUCCUCCUGCGUCAGUGGGAUUAUGUCGUCUUCUGGGUCAUUGGGAACUGGGGAGUCACCAGAAAGGUCAAGGCUGGGAUCAGGGUCUGGGGUGGGUUUAGAGAGGUGUGGGGCAGCCAUUCAGUGGCAGGGAAGUAGAAAGAAGGAUGGAAAAUAAAAGUAGAAGACAGGAGAGAGAUGGCAGGAAAAAGAGAGGGAACAAGUGGAAAAAUGAAGAAAACUAGAAGAGUAUGCAGGACAGGGAUAGAACAAAUGAUGAGAACAAAGGGACAGGAGGACAGUUGGACAUAGAGACAUACAGACAGGAGAUGGACAGAGACGACUUUGUGUUAGUGUUGUAGACAAAUACACAGACACCCACAUUUUUCCAGUCUGACAGUUACAAGCCCAGCUUGUUGAAGCUACAGAGCAGACGGCUGCUGUAGACCAGUCAGAGGCAGAUCUUAUUGAAGCGCUCUUCAAUAGGACUUCGAGUUGGUUGUUUCAUGUUAGCUGAUGUUUGUAUCUGCAGGUCCUGAAUCCUAACAUGAUAAACACAUUUUGGCAGAGUUUAGUCUGAAUGGAAUUUCUGUUGGAACAGAUUGUGUCCUCUCAACAGGUGAACAUGUUUGAGCUGAUACAAGGAUGUUUCCUCUCAACAGAAUUUCUGUCACUUUUCAAGUUAAGGUUUGCCAACAUCAAACAGCAACAUUGUGCAUUCUCUCAGCCCAGUAUCAGACUUUGAUAAGGAAGUUAUUGAACUUUGGGCAAAUUAUGUCAAUAGCUCCAACUUGUUGUAACUGGUUCUGAUCUUGCAUUACUUUUUGGUUCCCAUCUCCAGUUAAAACCCUGUUUCAUGUCUACAUGUGAGGCCUGCCAAAACUGGGACAAAAGGAAUGUUUCUAUUGUUGCCUCAGCGUGCACAAUCAAACUACGUAAAUUUUUAUCAUACAACAAAAUCUGCUUUCUAAAAUUAUAAAAUCAAUGAAAACAAUUAAAGCUGUAAUUCAUGUGUAAGGUUCAACACAAACAAAAGGUACAAAAGAAAACUUCUUACUGUUAUCUUUGCAUUUGUAAAAAUACUGUUAUGCUGUCACUUUUGCAAUAUCAAAACCAGUUGAAAUAAAUCUGUAUCCUAUACUUUCAGAUUUUAGAAACCUUGUGGUUUCUACACACCUCACCCUGAUCGAGAUUUUUCAGCUUUGGCCAAACUAAACUAACAUGAUACACAGUACUCUUGAGAAAACAGCUGCCAGUGGCAGUGGUAAUAACUGAGACUACACAGAGUUUGUAUUUACACCUCGGGAUCAUGAAAGGAAGCUUUGGUCACCUGCUUUAAUAUUUUACUUAAACACAUCAUGUGAUUUUCCAUCCAAAGCUGUUAAUCUGCCACCUCUAAUAGUCGUCACCAAGUCCCAGACUGUAACAUUAUACUUGGAUUAAACUGAUCAGUAAACCAGUAUUCACAGAGCCUGAUCAAAUACUCAUACUUCUAUACUAAUACAAAGUUUUGCACGGAUGUUGGGAAGUCAAAUCACACUGUUAUUUACUCCCUAUCCUGAGCCCAAAAAUCUGAUUGGAUCAUUAGAUGCUUUUAACGAUUGUUGGACCCUGAACUUCACUGGUUUAAGCAGGUUGUGGAGUUUAGUGUUAUCUCAAAAUCACAUCCCCUUAAAGAUGCACAAAUAUAUUACAAUAGUGUUAUUGGGAAACUUAUCUAUUGAUCUGUUUUUUCUUGUUAAAUCGGAUAUUCACCUAGUCCUUAUUUUGGUGAGAAUGAGUGAACAGUCAUUUGAAACCAAUCAUGAACAACCUGAAAACAACCUGAAUAUCUCCCAACACAAAGAAACAGUAAAAAUUUCACAACAUGUGUGUCAAACAGACCAAAAUGUUUUAAGCACAUUUUUAAAGCCAUGAUUAGGACAGAAAGCAACAUACAGAGGCUUCAGAGGAUUAUUUUGUUUGAAAAAGAAUUCCACCAACAACAACACAAUUUCACUUCUAUAUUUGAUGAAAGACUUACAUGAGGUCGUGCACAAAAAGCUUUCAGAGUAAACUGAUUCUGCAGUGUUUUUUUUUUUUUUACCGGUCAGUUUAGGUCACAUUGGCACUCCUCUGUGUAUUUCUGAAACUUAGAGUGACACUAACUCCUGGUUUUAAAUAAUUGUGUGUAAACUGCCAGAGACUUCAUGUAAACACAACCAUAAUGACAUAAUUGUGUGCUUAAUUGUAAAAUCGUGAAUGUGGAACCAGUGAGAAAUGAAGCUUAAUAGUUUGGGCAAUUACUGAAAAUGACUGCUUCAUUUUCACUUCCAAAGUGUUCUGGUGAGGCGAGAAUGAAACCCUGUCUGUUCCCAUGUCCUAUUGUCCCGUUGGGGAGCUGAAAGAAUGUUUCCAAAAUGAAGAGUGCUGAAGUCAAUGCUAAAACUGAAAUACCACUAAAUCAACAGCUUAGAAAACAUGUCACCUCUCUAUUGCCUCUGGAUGUUGCAUCAUGGCUUUUCCACAUGUUGUGUUUCUACCUGGCUCCAUGCAGACAGGGCAACACUCCCCAGCAGGAGUGAAGGGGAAGUGGCAGUUUGUGACGGGACAGCUGAUCUUAUCACAAACCACCCGUCCUCUGGUACACUGACAAGUCACACAGGGCUUUGGAGACCAGACGGCCUGGUCAAACAUGGUCAGACCCUGGUACACACAGUGGCCCUGCUUACCUGAAACAACACAGACAUAUUACAGUUAUACAAGUAGUUUCAUUUUUUUUCAGUCACUUUCUAAACAUUUUUACAGCGAUGUUUUGGAGAGGGGAGCAAGAUUCAUUUUUCAGCUGUAAAAUCUGCUAGUUUUCAGUUACAAAUUCAGAAUAUCUUUGAUUUCAGCCUGUCACAUCAACAUUUCUGCUCUAUGUCUGCAACACAUUGACAUUAAACCCUCAGAAAACCAGAUGACAUUUUUUUUCUGCAUAAUGACUUUGUAGAUGCAGAGGGUGAAAUUUGAGCUCAAGUAAACAAAAGAAUGAAACAGCUGACCAGUCCUUUGGACAUCAGUUGGUCACCAAAUGUUUUAAUCAAAUAGGUGUUAGACAUUAGGUUUAUAAUACAACAACCUGGCUACUAAUAUGCUUCUGACUGCCUGGAGUCAUAAUGUGAGUUCCACUACAGAGUUAUGUCUGUUUUGAUGCCAAGCUUCUUGAGCGCCUAGUGGUCACGAUUUUUCCUGUUGGCAGUUUUUUAUUCUUUUCAACAACUCAGUAUUACUGAAGAACUGCAGUCUGUAGCUCCAACCAUGCCACCCCCACUUAGUGUUUUUUGUGGCCAUUGUCACAGCAGAUGAAGCCCCUGCUUCAUUUUUUUCCUGUAAAGCUUUGGAUGACUUUGUUGGUUUUCCAACUGAGGAAACAGCUGUCGAUUAGCCCCUCAGCUGACACAACACACUGGAUAAAUGGGCAGUGAUUCAGAAGUCUACAGCCAGGUAGACACAGACCAACAUCCUGGUGGGCACACCUUUAGUCUAAGAUGCUGACAUGCGUUGUUAUUCCCCAGCUGCAGUAACAGCCCUUGUGCAGUAAUUGCUGUGUAUGUAGUCAGAUCCAAAGCCUGUACUUUACUAUCAGAACGACACAAAGCAGUGUUUUGUUGCAUUUCAACUCCUCCCUCUACAUUUACUCCACCUUCAAAAAUUAGAAAUGGGGCAGGACGAGGCUUUGACUGGCAAUGAGUCAGUAGAAAACCCCUGUAAACCACUAUGAUAUAGCAGGAAGAGGCUCUUUUUAGGUCUUUUCUGUCUGUCAUCUAUCCUUUCUAAUGGUAUCCUCUUUGUGAGGUCUAUAGAAACACAGGUAGUUAAGGGGCUCAGGAUAUUUCUCUUAAAUAUGGUCUCUCCCCCGGCUUUUCUUUUUGCUGUGAGCAAAGGGACUGUCACCCUGUCAUCUCUGCUGAAGCACUCCUACUUUAGAGCUUUUCUUUUCUCUGUGAAAUAUCCACUGACCGUCAAACAAUAUCUUUAUUGUCUCAUAAAUUGCAGGGAUGUUUUUAAACGAGACAGCCAUGAGGCUCAGCUGUGUCACCUCCUUUCUGUGUCAAGCGCACACUCACAUCUGCUUUUGCUGGCAGUGAAACAAUUUAUUGAUCAAUUAAUUGCUAAACAAUAAAUUUACAUCAGUUUUAAAAAUUCAUCCAUAGUUUCUAACCAGAAAAAAAACAAGUGUAAUUUUUGCAGCUUUUCUAAAAUGAAGAUGACUGUUUUGCUGUUCUGUAUCACUGUCAACAGAAAGGCCAUUAGCUGAACCAAAAUAUGAGAUUUCUUAGUCCCCUCCCCAACGAGUCCAUUGAAGCCACUGACCUGUUGACUCCUUCAGGACAAUUUUGAUAACCAAUACCUCAUAAAAUGUCACAUAAGUAUCAUUUUUUAACCAAUAUUCUAAUAUUUUGGCUCAAACUGGAGUUCAGAAAUCAAAUAAGUAAUGUGAUUUUUUUGUAUUCAUGAAAUAUGUCACUGAGAUAAUAGGGUAGCUGGUCUGGGAAUGUCUCUAUUUUCAAUGUUGGGCAAAGACAUCCUCCAGAGAGCCCUCUUGACCUCAACUUUGCUUUUUUAUCUGGCUCAGAUUGUGGAUGCAGUGGUUAUAUUUUGGAAGAACUUUGAGAUUUGGCCUUUUUGGUUUCCACUGCUUGGAAAGAAAGUUGACGUACCGGCUACUUCACAUUAAUGAUCUCACUCAGACUAAGUGCAGCAUUUCCCAAGUUGGAACCGUCCUGUUUAGACCAGAAAUCAAAAAUAUUUCAUCUCAUUUUUUUAAAUUCCUUGCUGGAUUUAAGCAGAUAUCUGAAUAUAUGUAUAAAUUAGUCAUAAUUAACAGGAUAUUUUCUCUUUGAAUGGUCUGCUGCUGUCGUCUAAGUCUGUGCAUUUGUUCAUGAGCAGGAGCUGUCGUCUUUAGCAGCUCACAGUUUUCCUUUUGGUUUUAUUCUUUGACGCUGCGCCCGAGUCUUAUAAUCGUAGGAAAAAUUCUGCUGUUUAUUGUGGCAACGUGUUCGGCUUCAGUGUUUGUGACAUUCUCGUAUAAAUAAGCAUAUGUCAACACAACAAGAAAUAUUGAGAUCAGUAAAAAUCAUCAAGAUCAUGUCUGUGGCUUUUACUUUAUGUCCCAAACAUAAGAAAUCAUUUCAGGCCCUCUUGAAAUUGUAUUGUUGUCAUUCUAUUUGAACAAUAUGUUUGUAUCAGAAACUAGAAGUAGAGCCUUAGGAAGUGUCUCCAAAGUGAACAACAGUUUUUAAAAAAUUUUAAAGUAUAUACUUUCUGUAAAUAUUACAUUUGGGGGACAACAGCAAUGAAAGGCAGAGGUUUAAGAUUGCAGUUUAAAAAAUAAAAAAAAAGAGUAGUCGGUUCACACUGAAACCGGAUCAAACUUUCACACUGCUGUGCUCUGCAGGAUUAAAAAGACGAGUAUUUGUUUUAUUUCACUGGUGGCCCUUCAGUGAAGAGCCGUUGUAAUCUUCUAAAAUUAAAGUAAAGAGUGGAUCUGAAAUACUUUGGUCACAUAUCUUUGUGACAUUUGAGAAUCCAACAAGUUCAAAAUGGAACCAGUUUAUCUCCUAGAGAAGCCACGUGUACAUCAGAGCAGAAAACAAGCUGUGAUUCAACAGACGAGUCAGCUUGACAUCUUUAACUCUCUGUUUCUGUAAACUGCCAACUGAUCUGCGGUUGAUGCAACUUUACCGUUUUGUCUGCUUGUCUGAACCAAAAGUCAUACUGUUAUAGUCCAAACAACAAUUAACAGCAGAACGUAGCAGUUUGAAUAUACACAAGAAACCCCAGAAGCUCAGAACAACAGAAUCCCACCAACUUUAUCGUCCUGUCUAAUUACAUAAGGCUGACUUCAUUGUUUGAGGCUGUGGGCUCCACGUGGCUUUGAGGUUGCUCUGUGGAGUCUUUCCUCUUCUCUAUGUGGGAUUUUCUGGACUGACUUUCUGACCGGAUCUUUUCCCACAGAUGCUUUUUCCUUCUGUUCAUGAUGGAAUUUGAUGACUCGUCAUUAAACGACUGAGCUGUAAUAAUAAGCAGCUUCAUUACGAGAGGAAGACGAAGCCUCAGCGCCAUGCAGAGUUGUUGUCAGACUCACUUAUACAUCUUGUUCGAUUACAUUGUUUUGUUUCCAUGUAAUUUAAUUGUGUUUUAUUUUAUUGACUCAGAAACUGUUAUUAAGCACCACUUAAAAGCUUAAAAUGCAGCGAUAAACAGCUUUUUUCCCAUGUCGGUCCACACAUGCAUUGCCAUACGCUGAGACCGAUGGACUAGUUAAACCGUUUUGGAAACUGGACACAUUAAUGGCACAGAUAUCGUGCCUUCACAAAACCACUUCAAGUUCAAACCCUCAUGAUUUAUUCUCCCAAUCAUAACAUGGCCAUGGUGAAUAACUUUUGGAUGCCUCAGAGUAAAGCCUGGAAUAUGUCACUCUGCUUGCACACAAAUAUCAUGCUGUGGUGUCAUCUGGCAGCUUUCAAAUAUGUUAUGUCCUUUAAUACCUUAGAUAUGACAUCAAUUUGCCAUUGAGAUAUAGCAGCAGUGAAGAUGCAGAUAGUAACCAGAUGACAAUUACUCCUCACUCAAACAUUCAUAGUGUGUGAGAGAGCCUGUGGUGACCAAGAGACAUGCAACAGAGGUCCGAUGAGGGUUGUUAGGCAAGCAGUUAUUUGUACUUGAAGUAUGUCAUUGUAAUCAGUAAUUCUUAAGUUAAUAGUGGUCAAUAGUUGAGUAUGUUGGGAAUUUACAGUUUUGAAGUGUUUUACAUGUUUUUUAGGCAUGGCAUGAAGAUAUUUUGAGUUUGAGGCAGAUUAUGGCAAACUUCAAUUUUGGAAUCUGGUGUUUUCAAUGUCAUCAACAUCCAUCCUCAGUGAUCUUGUUUAACGUUGUUCUACUGUUCUGUCCAACCACUAACCUGAGUUAAGGCUGUAAUACAAACAGUCUCACUGACCUGGGAUAACAUUGUAGGUUGAGUGCUGUUCUUGAAUGUUUUUGUAAGGAUUCAAGAAAAGAGUGUUUCCAUGGAUGUCCUCAGGCUCCACUGGGAUGUUGGGUCCAGGAAUCAGUCUGAUCUUCAUUGGUCUUAAGCGUCCUGCUCUGGCCCGUCUAUGACCUGAAAUCCAAGUCAAUCAAGUGUUACUCUCACCCUUAAUUAAGACAGAGUACUUGCAUAAUAGAAAAAGAAGGGUACCCAUCUUACUGCCCUGUGGGAUGUCAUAUGUAACAGAUGGAUCCGUAGCUUGUUUUCUCUAAGUGUACUCUUCAUGAUACGUAGAGUCUUACCUUGUCCGUCCCUCCUCCUUUUCUCCCGGCGGGUUCCUCCGUUCUGAGUCCAAGGUCCGGCCUGAGCAUCCACAAUGGUCAGCACCACUAGCAGCCACAGACUGGCCACCACCAGCCACCACCUCAUCCCUACAGAACACAACAUACCUGACUUAACUUCAGAUGACCGACAGGAACACUUAACUUUAUCAGGGUUUGGUAUUGACUGGUUGUUUGAAUAGAGUCAACCCUGUGCACUUCGCUAAAUCAGCACUUUUUUUUUGCUUUUUUUCAGAAGCUUUUACACCUUCCCAGUGACACACAGCCCCUAACUUCAGUUUCUGCCCAGGAGCGGUCAGCAAGCAAUAAAGCCAAAGUUAAUAACAGCUUAUUCCUCAAAGUAAAAAGUCUGGUAACUCUGGUGCCCUCCAUAACUUUUGGAUAAAUAAGCUGACCAUGAUGUCCAGAGUUUAGUUCCAGAGAACUUAUAUUCCUCUUUCCUAGUCUCUCUUUUGUCCCUUUUAUCAUCUCUUAGCUGUCACCCCCAAAAUAGGCAUUUCAAUCCCAAAGAAAAGAACAAGUUUUUCUUGAUGUUUUAAAUGUUGAAACUUAGUUUGAAAUGAUAGAAUUUAAAUGCUGAGUUUCUAAGUCGAACCAAAAAUACGGAUCAACGUUUGUUUUUGCCAUAGUAUAGACUAGAAAAAUAGAGGCAAAGGUUUUUACCUGCAGCAGACUCCCAGACAUAAAGAGCAGUCAGUACUGCAGCUAGCCCUCAUAUAGCCCUCUGCUGGGGUCUUAAUGGCUGGUUGCUUUUGUGCGUGUGUGUCUGUGUAAUGACUAGUCUACACACAGCAGUCCUGUCAUUAUUAAAGCAGGGAUCUGAAACCAGCACACGCCUACACACACCUGAUAGUUUGUUUUCAGUCUGAUUCCCCCUCUUGAUGGAGGAGAUGGAACAAGUUUUUUCUGUAUCAGUCUCAAUAACAGUAAUACACGUGCUGUUGUUGGUGGGACUUAUGGGAGUGUCAGAGAGUAGCUGCCUCUGAUUUGUUGGAAAGUGUCCAAAAACAAAAGGAAAAAGAGAAACAGUUGACAUGUCAAUCACAAACCUUUCUGUCUUCUAUUUGUUCUGAAUAAAAGUGAACACUUGGAUUGUUGAUAACGACCAAACAAGAGCUCAUAGAUCGGCAAUUACACCGUCUACAUCGAUCACUUCACAGCUUUACCAAAAAACAAAAACACACACUAAAAUCUUUUUUAGUUGUUGAAAGAGUGAGUGUGUCCCAUCAACCACUACAGCCGCCAACCCAGUAUAAACUGCAGAGACAGAUUUUCUACAUACUCUCAUUAGCAGAAAAUUGAUGACAUCUUCCCCCCCACCUAUCAUUUGGAGACAGUGAUGCCUCACGAUGAACUCAACUCCCCACUGGCAGUUCAAACAUGAAGUCAGGUUGGCUAGCUCGCCUAUUAACAACCUCAUGAUGUCUCUGUCCGAACUAGAGAAAAGUCAAGUCAGCUGAAAAAAUGCGAGUAGACUGAGUCGUAGCAGUCGUAUCGAUGGAUAGGCUUUUCUGUGAUGAGGAAUUCAUUACUAGAGUCCAGUCUCUAACUGACACGGUCCUCUACUGCCUCCAACCCUCCAGUUUUUGGAUUUGGCCCCACUGCUAUCAGAAUUGAAGAGCCCCUGCUGUAAAGGAGGGUGUUUAGACAGAUUUUUAUCACGAGUUUAUGCAGCUUUACAACCAAAAUUAAUGAUCUCUUUCAAAAACUACAGCCACCAUGAAGUUUCCUGAGCUGAAGUAACAGCACUUGUCUUGAUUACAAGUCUCUCUGAAGGGUUUUCUUUGUCUGUGCCAACUGCCCAAGCCCUCUUCACAUUAAUCAUAUAAAUGACUUUGCAUUUACAUUUGGAUAAAAACAAAACUGUAGUCUGCAGCUCCACUGACUGGAGGUCUGAAAACAGUCAGCCAGUUCAGAGACCCUCCCACCCCAACACAGCACCAUCCAAUCAGAGAUCAGGACUCAACUCUGUCUGGAAGACAAAAAAAGAGAGGGGGAGAGAGAGAUCCAUGUGUGUGAGACAGAGGAAAGAAAACAGGAGGGAGGGGAGAGAAAUGGAAAAUAUUCAGCAGUUCAGUUUCUGGAUGAGCAGGCUCAGACGGAGAGACUUCCAGCAGCAACAGCAGGGGAUAAAAAUAACCUGGAGGCUGUGUUUAUCUGCACUUUAAUGAAACUAGGACUGUGUUUAGACUGGAGUAUGUUCCAGCCUUUGUGUCUGUUUAUUUCCCUCAGAAUUGGAUUAAUACCUGGACUUCUUCACACUAAAGCUUUGGCUGAAUAAGAUUUCACAGAUGAGUACUUCAUAAAGUCAUUGUGGUGGUCAAACUGUCUUAAAUUAAACGGAAGACUCGACGAAGCUGAACCCUGUUUGGUUUGGUCAGCUUCAGGUUUUUGGCUGUUAAACAUAACGAUAAGUUUUCCCCUGACAAUCCUGUCAUGUAUUUAACAAGAUUGAAUAUUUCCACCGUGAGUCUUGACACGGACUGUCUUGAAAGUUGAAAAAAAGCCCAUCAUGCACGCAGGCACGUCUGAUUCAGCUUUUUUUGUAUGAAGAGUUUGGUGCAGUUUUGGAAGAUGAUAUCCACGUCUGUUAUUGUCUUAAUGAUCAGUUUUCAACAGAUCUAUUGCAGCAACAAAGUCUUGUGGUUCAUCUUUAAAACCUUUUAGUUUCAAUGAUGAUCUGUGAUAAUUCAAGGUGUAUUUUUGGCCAUUUAAAGAUCCAACCAGAGUUUCAAUUCUUUAUCUGCAUCUAAAUGUCAAAUUACUUUCUCUUUCUGCGGAUUUAUUUGACCCCAAGAGGUUAAGUAGUCCGUAGUUAUUGUUCAUCCUUCUUCUUCUUCUUUGUGGUAUAUCUGUAUCUAUCAGAUUCAGGUCUCAGCUGUAGGCUGUGCAGAACUCUUCUCAGCUUUGAAUCUUGUCAAUCAACAGAUAUUACGAAUAAAACACUGAUUUUUUUUUCUUGUUUAUAAUAAUCACUAAGUUUAGAAGUACCAAAACAAAUGCAGACUUUUCUGUAUACAGCACAUGUCAGUCAGUGUUGUUGCCUUGGCUGUUGCAGUUUUACCCAGAAGACAAACAACACUAAUGAUUUGACAGUCAAAGUUUAGUCCUGAUUUGUCCAUUCAUGUGUCAAUCAAUCUUGGUGCGUAGCUGUUGCUUAGCAAGCCAAGCGUACCAUGCUGAUGGGACUCACUGCGUAAGGUCAGGACGGCUAGUUUUCAUGCCAGUGAAGAAGUCAGUGUUUUCUGAAGAGUCACAGGAGAGUUACAGAUACCAAGUACAGAGCAGAGAAUAUGCUGCUUUUACAUUACACACAGGGCAAGUGUCUAUUCUGGGUCACCCACGAGGGAAAUGCAGACAUACAACAACAUGUGAAGAUAAGGACAGGCUGGAAGUGAAGAUGCACAGAUGAAGAAUCCAACAGGACACUGAGCCCAUGUGGGUUUGUGGAAAGAUUAAAGUGGAAAUACAGGAAAUACAGGCACUCUACUAAUACUUUACUGACUCUGGAAGGUCAGUUUUGAUGAAGAACACAUCAUCAAGUCAUAGAGGAGGCACUUGUGUCAUUUUUCAUAGUUUGGUACAAAGGUUUUUUAGAAACCCUGAAAAUAUUCAGUGAGAAACAGCCUGAAACAGUUUCGUUAGCGUGUUCAGCACAGAACAUGCAUGACCAUGCUCUGCCAGGUUUGGGUUAAGCACUCGUCAUAUGUCCUCCACUCUCUUCAUGUUCUCAUACACAUCAGGCAACCAUCAGUGAGCUGAGGGGACAGUUAUGGUGAGUUAAAUCAAAACUGUUCAACAGAAAACAAAAGGACAUGUCCGUGAUCUGAAGGGUUCUUGAAUCUGGUUCCUUCUGGUCCAUUCUGGGUUACAUCAGGUUCUUAUCAGGUCUCAAGUAACAGUAAAAGCAUCAUGGAGUUUUUUUUUUUGUUUCGUCCCUGUGAAGAAGAUUGUCUAUGGAAACUGAAUCAGCUGUUUACAAAUUCUUUCAAGUCAGACAGACAGAAAGAGAGAGAGAGAGAGAGACAGAUGGACAGAGAGAGGGGAGGAGCUCAGGACGGACAGACAGACAGACGUUAACUCUACUUUACCAGCAGUUUGAAGGCGUUUGCAGGACUUGAGGCCAACUUCUUCCACCCUCUUUCCUCCUCCUCUGGUUCUGUAGGAGCUCCAGGAGAGGUGUGUGUGUGUGUGUGUCUGUCCCGUUGUGAUGAUCCUAUGAUGUGUGUAUGUGCGUCUUGUUCUCGGUGUGUCUGAGAGCGAGCAGAGCAGGCUGAUGGAGUUUUGAGGAAAGCCAGGAUUUGUGCUGCUUCUGGGACACAGAGAGAGAGAGGGAGAGAGAGGGAGAGAGCGAGAGACAGGUCUGACAUCUGUCUUCCUGUUUGAGCGAGGACACAGCCAAUGUGCUGCAGGAUAUCUUUGAAAGACAGUCAAAAUAAGCCGACAAAGGGAAAAUCUUCACAUGAUGAGCAGUGAAAAGUAAGAGCACAGCUGACAGUUUAAUACGACGAGCAUAAAACAUGAAGAACGAUCAACUUCUGCUGCAAAAACGAGAGAGAAGUCUCAGGAGGAGGUGGAGUCUUGAUCUGAGUCAGAGGUCAGAGGUCACAUAAGACCAAACAUCACACUUCAGUGUUGCCAAGAAUGACUCAGAUCUGAAAACUGUCCGAAUGAAACCCCAGAACCCAGAGGUCUGUGAAUUCAACAGACGGAGCAGGUCCAAAUUCAGCUGAGUGAUAAAAUGAUGGAAAAGAGUUUGUUGAAUAGAUCUGUGCAGCGUGUGUGAAUCGAUCAUUAUCUACCAUCAUCUCUCCUGGAGUUUUAACUGAAGAGAUCUUUGCUUUUGAUAGAAACUGCAGUCUGAAGUUCAUAUGAACCCUUCUUUGGGGUUUUACGUUUAUUACAAUUUUCUUGGACCCAUAAACUGUUCUUAAGUUUUUAGAUAUGAUGUGUUUAUCUGUUGGAAAUGUUGACGUCUUGCAGUUUGAGCUUGGACAGAACUCCCAACACUCUCCCGAGGUGAUAGUGAAACUGAUGCUCCAGGUUUGAGGCCCAGCUGCUGCCUCUCCAGGAAGGCUCUCAUGGAUUUCUUUCUGUAUUUCCAUAAGUGAUAGUCUUCCAAUUAGUAUUUAUUAUUAGUCUGUAAAAACCUAAAAAGGGAUCAAAUCGCACUAGAGGACCUCUGUAACUGUCUGAAAUCUUGAAGUAUUAUAUUUGUAAAACUUUUUUACAGAGAAACUCACUGAUGAAUUUCAGUUGUAGACGCACCAUUUGCCUUUUUUUAGCGAUACAAUAUAUCAACAUUUCCUCCGAUGGUCAUAUCCCUGUUUAUGUGCCCAAAUAUCUAAGAACUACAGCAUAGUUAAUAAGUUUUAAUUCAGAUUAACUCCACACGAUGAAGACAUUAUUUGUGUUUACUGUACUUUUCAUCUGGCACCAUCCCCAUGGUAUAAAAAGCCACAGUUUAGCGUGAAGCUUAACAUCCUGAUAAAUAACUCAGGGAUUUUUUCAUAUCUGUCAUCAACUCUAAUCCACACAAGAAGAGAUUCUAGGACGUUGCUUGACACCACACAGACUCAGUCUUCCUUUUUUUCAGAAUAAGGGGGACAGUCUCAAUCUUUGCUUUAUUUCUCUGGGUCCCUUUAUAAAAAAUGUUUACACACAGCCAAAGCUCCCAGCUAGAGGCCAAAACAGAGUAAAAAAUGUUCCAUAUAAACUUCAAACAAAGAUUAAACCGAUCCCAACCUUUGUCCUCCUUUUUUAAACUACUUUUUAGUUGUUUUUUUCUCCUUUAUUGUUCAGGAAAGCUGAGGAGUAGAGAGUGAGGUAAGAGCUGCACCAAAGAAACCUUCACCUGAUAUGACCUGAGCUAAACCCUCUGCAGAAGGCGUGCACGCUGACCAAACCAGCACUUCAACUCAAAAACUCUUAAAGAAUUUUUAUCGUCUUUCUGGAUAAGUUUGCUCUGAAAGAAAGGAGUUCGGGAGGACCAAUGCACAUUUUUGAUCCUCUCUUUGCAUUUCAUAAAGCUGCUUUAAUCAACUGUGUCAGUGUGUGUAAACAUCAGACUGGAGGAGAAUCCAUCUCAUGUAAACAGUGGGCCUGAAAUCUUCCAUUGUGAUGAUGUUGUGCAUGCAGCUGCUGUUAUUCAUUAUAGCGCAUAACCUUAAAAUUCAAAAGGUCUGUCCUCAAGCUGCAUCCACUGAACUCUGUGCUCAAUAAAGACGCAGGGAGGGUAUCCUCUGUUACUUUUACCAGCUGACAUCCAACCCACACUGGAAUAUGAUAUCGAAGGAGAAAACACAACGAAAGCAAGACCCUGCAAGUUCAUUAAACUGACAGAUUAAAUGUUUCUGCUCAUUCUGUCCUGACUUGUCUGCAAUUGUAGUGAGUCGGUCGCAUUUGAGACUGUAACCACUCUUUUUUUCUCCAUGAAAAAACACAGAAACAUUUUUCAGCUCCAACUAUUCGAGUAAAUUACACUCUCACACAACACCGGUGAAGAGCUGCAGUGUUGAGUCAGAUCUUCACCUUUAGACCAAACAGCAUCAUUUAUCAUCUGUUAUUAUCAGGUAUCAUCUAUUCCAUGAAAAUAUACUUCUUUGUCAAAAUGUUGAAAUAGUGUAGAUCUCUUCUAUGAUGUUGGUUUCAGGGAUGAUAGAUGAUAGUUUAGUACACUAAACUACGAAGCACCCAUGUCCUGUUUGAUGCAUACAGAGUUUUUUUCUGUAAUCUGUGAUUUUUUUGAUAAAAAAGGAAAUGGACAGAUCUGAAUGUUAUGCCUGGAUGGAUUAGGUUAGGAUGCACUGGAGCAACUAGUUUCCUUGUUAAAUUGGACUAGGUGAAAGAAAAAACUUAGAAAAUGAAUGUUUACAGCCUGAUGGUGGAGCAUUAAAGCAUUUCGACACCAUAAACCAAAGCUGCAGCCCCAGCAACAGCUAGGCUACACCAUAAACACAACAUCUGAUUGGCAUUUCAAGCCGACAAUAAUAAAGAUAUCAUUUGUUUGUGAUUCUCUUGCCAGCAAACAGCAUUAAAACUUUUAACCUUUUAGCCAGUUAUGCAUGCAAAUUCCUGCUCUAUAUGACUCACAAACCAUUAAGACCAUCAGCGUAAUGACAGUAUUUCAUUGGAGUCAUUUUAAUGUGUGGAGGAGCCGUCAUGAGCUAGUUGUCAGACAAAAUGAUUGACUUUCACAGCCUAAUAACUUGAAAAUAAUGCAAAAGGUGCCAGAAUCUGCAGGUACAGAGAGUUUCUCACAGGAGCUGUUCAGUUUAGUUUGUACUCAAAGAUAAGGUCCUAGCUGUGCAGACCCAAGACUUUCAAAAAGUGCUGAACAAACAACAUUGAAAGCAAUCACACUCAACAGCAGUGAAGUAAAGGAUGGACCAUAGGAUGAGCAGGACAAAGGUUUCUCUGGUUUUAUGCGCCUCAUAUCUGAAUAUUGAUCCCAUUCACAAUAGAUGAGAGUGGGGGAGCAGGAAACUCCUCCACUUUGUCUGAAGUUCACUUGGAAGAAAAAACUUUUGAUUACAGCCCACAGACACACACCCAAAACUGCAAAUACCUCUGAGUUGAAUCAGGUGGAGAGACAGCCCUUCAUCUGUCAGACACACCCGUAAUGACUGAAAUAUACCCAAAACAGACCAGAGGGGCUUUGUGUCCCAGAUCUGGCACUCUUUCUCUGGACACAUUUCAGACUAAAGGCCAGUGAACUACACCCUCUGCACAAGGCAUGCACUUUGACCAAACCAGUUCUUUAACUCAAAAACUCUUAUAAAGAGUUUUUUAUAUUUUUAUAGUAUUGCUUGAUAAGUUUGUUCUGAUAGAAAUGAGUUUGGGAGGAUUAGUGCACAUUUUUUUAUCCUUUCAGUCCGAGAUAUGGAAACAUUUCUGGGGGGGGUUUGAGACCUGGCAAGUGUUUUUCAGUGUUUGGGGAAGUCAUCUCUAGGAGAUGUACAUAGAGCUCAAUCUAAAUAAUGUCUCCAUGCAAAAGAAAAUCAACAGCAACGGACCGUCCAGCUCAGAUUUUAAACAAUCAGCACCAUCCCAUUUGUAAAACGGUUGGACUUGAUAUCCGUGAACACAGAUGGAUCACUUCCCUCAUGAUACUGGACCGAGUCUGAAAGUUCACGUGUAUCAAGUUUUGUCUCAGUAGGAAAUGGAAAGAGACUUUCCUCUGAACCUGGAGCAGUUUUCUCCCAUUCAUCAACACGUAACAGCAGACGUAAACACAACCUCAUCCCUGAAACAUUCACUCUUCCUUGUUUCCUCUCAGGUCAUUUCUCUCUCAUGUACGUCUUCAUGUUCUGACUUGUGGAAGUCGUCUGAUUAAUGAGUCUCAGUGGUUUGGUCAGUUAAAAGAUGUUGUAGCGCCCCCCAGGGGCCAACUCAUACAACUUUAUUCAUGAUGGAAAACAGCAGUAAUGGAGGCGUUACACCAAGUGUCUCAAUGCAAAUUCAUGUAGCUUUCUCACUCUCACUGAGUGCAGACUAACUGAAUGAUAACUGCUCAUCAGUAACUUUUAAAGAACCUCAAGACAGCUCUGUGUUUCUUUGUCUCAAUAUUAGAAAAACUAAAGGCUUGUUUGUGCAGCUGCUCCAUUGUCUUGGAUAUAUUUGUUCAUUCAUAAUCCUAAAAAGAAUAAGACUUGAUGUUGGUAGUAUUAAAUUAGGACAGUAAAAUCAUGAGAAGUUUGUUUGAAUCACUUAUUUAGACUUGUAGAGUCUUUGUUUCCAGUUGAAUAUUCACAAAAGAUUGAGGUUAAUUCCUUUAAGGCUUUUGUUAGUUUGUUAAAAUACAUCAACACUUGACUGCAUGUUAAUCCAUGCUCAGCUUUAUUUUAUUACUUCAUGAUGCACACAUCUUGAUUUCUGGCAACCUAUCAUGCCAGGUGUCCCACUGUCCUUAUUUUUAUACCAUCUCACACCCUCACUCACUGUACACUGAAGCCAUUUUAGUCCAGCAUUUAAAGUGGCAAUGAGCAGAUGACUGUACAGCCCACAUCCACACUGAGCGUGCUCCUACUGACAUCACCAGCUUCGACUGAAGAAAAGUUUCUGACUCUUUGUUUUUUCUCUUUGUGUCGUUGCAGGACAAGUAUCCGGAUGUCGUCUCUUUUCUAGGAGACAGAAGGUCAGAGGUCAUGGCCCUGAGUCACCCUGAGCUUCCUGGGUAAGAACACUUAGAUUCUCAGUGAGACCGAUAUCACUGUAAAAGCUCUUCCUCUGACCUCUAAAUUAGAGCAUUUCUGUUUGUAGCUGUGGCUUGUUGGUUCAUUGGUCAGUCAAGGUUUCCAGCUGGGGGGAAGUGACUCCAAAGAUCAACCUGCUGACGAAGAUCCCAGAGAAAGGUAAGAUUAUUUUAACUCUGUCUAUUCUCACUAAACUGUUGUUCUUAUUCCCUUGUUUGGGCCUCAUAAAAACACGAGUUUAUAUUCUGUACGGCACAAAUUGUUGCACUGGCACAUAUUUCAAAAUAAAAGCACCAGUCUGAUUCAGCCCUUCUUCUCUCCCUCUGUCUCUGCAGCUCUGCAGUUGUUUCCCUCUGAGGCCCUUGGAGGCGCUGAUGAGGCCUUUGAGAGCUUGCUGAGGAUUCUGGGACCUGAAGCUGCCCUGGAGUCGGUCAUCAGAGCCAUCAGCCUUUCAGAGGAGUCAUGAGUCAUCGAUCGUCUCCGUGAAGAUCUUCCAGUUAAAACAGAAAAUAUGACUUUUUAUUUUCUUUAUCUGAGCAGAAAUGAAACGAACACACAAAUGAGGAGACACACACUUGAGUUUUUAGUCACUUAGAAAUGUUUAUUCAAUAUAAAGAGCUCCACUGUGACGUCGGUGACAGCAGAGCUCAUCGGUCAAAAUCUACAAAAAUAAAUAAUUUAAAUACAAAAUGCCAGACAGCAGUGUCGCCUUUGUAUUUUCAGAUAUUUUCUUCUCUCAGUUAUUUACACACGCAGUUUUCUGUAGGGAUCACAGUGCUGUGAUGUUUCUGCAGGACGGCGCUCAGGCAGCAGGCGGAGGCAGAGACAACCAACCAAUCAGAAACCAGCUCACCUGUCAGAGCUUCUUUCAGUCAGGUCAGAGCGGUCAGGACAACACCUAUACUCAGAAUUUUGUAAAAUGGUGCUUAAAAAUAUUCUGUCUGCCUGUGAAUUAUUUACUUCUAAGGGUCCAUACUAAUGAUGAACACUUUAUCAUGAAAGGAAAGACACGUUAUCAUGACUCUCAGCACUGCUCAAAUUUCUAAACAUGUCAGUGUUUUUCUGUUAAAGCUCCUCUGGGGAGUUCAGAGGGUGAUAUUAAACUGUCUUUGAAUAAAUUUCAGUCUUUUUUUAGUUACAGAAGAAAGCAAAACCCAGGUUCUCCUGAGGAUUGUUCUGUAUUGUUGUUAGGAAUAAAAAUCCACUUGAAGAAAAUAAGUGAACCUGUUAUUCUUGUCUUAUAAGAUAAAAAGAUUACAUUGCAACUUGAGAAAAACUAAACAAAAGUUAAUUUUUAUCUCCAGAUAGAAAUCUUUAAGUCUGUUUGAGUGCAUUUUCAGGAUUUACCUUUUAGAUCAUUUCUGAUGACUGACACUAGAAAGAGAGACCUGUGCAGUUUGCAAAUCUCUUCUUAAAUUUCUCUCAGGUGUGAGAGCUGAAUUUCAAACCUCAACUUGAUGAAGAGGUGAUCACAGUCGAGGUCAUUUCAGCAAAUAAAAAGUGCUGCUAACUAUUUUGGGGGAUUUAAUCUGAAUACAUGAUUCAUAAGUACCUCUGAAAGGCAAAUUAAAUGAAUGUGACUGUUUGUUUUAUAGAUUAAGCAGCUGCCUGACAACUCGGAGCCGUAAAAGUCAGUCUGUCGUCAAUCAUGAAAUGCAGGUUCAGCUGUGUGAAAUGAAAAGUAAGAAGUAAACUGAGGCGUCACUUUGUGAUCCAGAUUAAAGGUUACAGAUACUGAUGCAGUUUGGAUAUCAGAAAUCUUCAUGACUCACUUUUUCGUUCAGGUUUAGCUGCAACGUUUCAAUGUUCUGGUGUUAAAAUAAUAGUAUCAGGGUUGCUGCAUCUUUUGAAGUUUUAACUAAGAAGCGUCUGGUUGCCUCUGCUCUCUUGACAUGCUGCCUGCUCCGUCCUUGAUUCAACUAUUAGAACAACAGUGGUUGGUUCAAUUCUCUGCAGUCCACUCUCCAGCUCUUCAGCUCUCCAGCCUCCAUGAAAACAAAGUUCAAAUGUAACUUUUACCAAAUAUUUUAGUGUUUGUUUUUCACAAAAACAUCCGGUUAACAGAAGACCGGCUGCCCUGAAGGGUAAAAAUGAUCAAGAUUUGAACAUCAACUUUUUUGGCCUCCUGGAUCAGAGAGUCCAUCUCAAGUUUAUUUAAAGAAAACUGGACUGGAUCAACUCAAAAUGGGUUUGGAUUUAUAUAGUUAACCAGUGCUCAAGAUGAAGGCGCGCAUUAUAUACUUCUACAACAGAGGGCGCUAAUACCUGCAAUGAAAUUUAAUGUUUACAGCUAUUGAGAGAAAAUACUUUCUGAAAACCAAAUCUUUAAACUCGUAAAAUUCAAAUGUCUCGUUUCUGCACUGUCAUGGCAAUUCAACAAUUCAAGAGCAAAACUUUUUAAAGGAUUUGAAAAGAUUUUUAUCAUCUUAACAAAAUCUUGCUUUUCUUGAGUUUUCUUUUGUUCUUGCACACCCAACCCUCUGAUGGGAUCGGGAUCAUCCAGAUUAUCAAAAUUAGCCCAAUCAUAACCAAACGAAAGAAAAACCAGGACUGGACUACCGGCAAAGAUUUGAUCCAAUCUGACCGCUGUAAUCUGGUCACCUGUCAUUUGAAACGCUGGACCCUGCAGACAGGAGAUCAGAGUGAUGUUGUGUCAGGUUACAGUCUUGUAGUGUGGUUUGAAUUCAGUCAUUUGAUUGGCUGGUGGAGGCUGGAGAGUGGACACUAAACAGGAACUGAGGUCAAGUGUAACCAGUUAAUCUGAGCGCUGCAGGUUUCAGAGGACAAUGAGAGGACAGGACGUCAUGAGUAACUGAGACUUGAUUCAUCCAACACUCCUCUGCCGAUGGUAUCAGAGUCUCAUCAUCCUCAGAAACCUCCCAGUGCUCCUGCACACACCAUUUCUCAAACGUCAGACGACUCUGCUGAGCUGAGCUUCAGGUCGUCUCAGGUUUGAGGUACUGAGAGUCGACGGCUACAUCCACAGCAACUCCAAAUCUUUUGAUACUAUAUUAUAUCUUUGCUGUGAACGCAGCCUGUAACAAAGUUUAUUGAACACACAGAUACACCCCAUCCUCCAGUCCUACCAGAACAUUUAGGCACAUGGACAAACACGCACCACCGACACACACCAAAGCCACUUUUGGCACAAAGAACCAGCGGAGCAGCAGCACAAAGCUCAGCCUGUCUGAAGAGGAUUGCUUUCUUUUUACCCAGCAGCCCUUGCUCCAGUAAAACCCUCCAUCAUUUCUCAUGAUAUAAAAUCCUCUGCUUAGCUUUCUGCUUCCUGCUCUACAAGCGUACGGUCACAUUAUUCUUCUGUUUAGUGAAGUUGAGUGUGGAUGUGCAUAUCCGGAAUCUGAACUCAGCAGAUUCAUGUUUCACAUUGGCUGACAUCAGUUUAAAGGAGGCUGAAUUUGUGGUUUGAAAAGGAGCAGAAGUGUAAUAUCACCGUACUCAAACAAAGCUAUGUGUUACCAGGUUAGACUGUUAGAACAAAUCCUAAAACGUCAUCUCUCUUCCAACAGAAUGAAUCUUGAUCGUGACGACAACAACAACUUCAAAUCAGCUUUUAUGUCAGGGCAAAGAGGCAGCUCAACAGAAACUGGAUUUUAAAGGGUCAGUCCACUCAAAUCAGUCAUGAGAAGAAUAUUAUUGAUGCAUUAAUAUCUCAGCUGAGUAUCAUUAUCACUCUCUGCAGAUUAUGUGACAUUCACCAAUUACACUGGUUGGUGUAUGAAAUGUUGGGCAGCUGGUACCCAUGACGUCAACAGUGAGGUCUCUGCUUUCCAGAACACAGGAAACAUAAUUAGUAUAGAUAAAAAUGUAACAGCUGGAGAGAGAGAGAGAGAGACAUAUAUAUGUUUCUCAUUUGACUUCUUUUCCGUCAUUUUCUGUAUUGUUUUAAUUUAGCAGUAACAAAACAGCACUUAUGAGCACGAAUGAGGUUGUUUGUUGUGCUGAGCGAGUGCUGAGAAUUACUCCCUACAAGGUUUGUGAUUGAAAGGCUGAUGAAGGAAAUUACUUUGUAAAAAAAAUUUUGUGUGUUAAAUUACUACUAAUUUGGUGAAUUUGAAUGUAUGCUCACUCAGAGGUGGUGUAAUGAUGGCCUGACUGAUUUGAACAGCAGAUCAAUCAUUUUUUUCAAUAUGCAUAUUGACACCAGCCCCGAUUUUCAAAAUAAUAUAUGUUAAAAACGUGAGGUGAAUUAAUAUCAGAAACUGUUAAAGUGUAAUUCAGUGUAUAGUAGGGCUGGGCGAUACAGCCUCAAAUCAAUAUCACGAUAUAUCGAGCAGUUCACCUCAAUAAAAGAUAAAUGGACGAUAACUACUCGACUAACUUCUCGUCCCCCUCCCACAUUUACUUCGUCUACUUCAGCCGCUACAACUUUUGAACCGUCCUCCAUCUCCUCACCUGUCUUUCCCUCUUUGUUACCAACGUAGGACAGCGUCUUAAAGGGACACGAGACCAUAGCCUACCUACAAACAUCCAAGACCAACUUUUAUUUCUUUAUUUUUUUGACACGGAAUAUCCUGACACGGGCAAAAUGACGUCGAUUAUUGUCAUAAAUGUUCGGUUUAUUGCCCAGCCCUAGUGUACAGUAUUUUAAUUACUUUUUAGCCAUCCAAAAAGUGUACUAGCAUUAACAGUAGAGAGGUAUUUAAUGGUGUAACAGUAUUUCAUCCAGGAGUCUGUCUGUGCACAAAGUGUUUUCGAUGCAUAUCGAGGCAGACUGGUCUAAAGGCUCAACUUUUUCAUUUCUAUCCCAAUGAUUGUGCAUUAAAAUUCAACAGCUGUAUAUUAUUAACUCACAGAAGACAGUUUUCGUGCUGCUCUGAUUGAAAUGAGGCUUUGCUUUAAGACAAGGGUGUUGGCACAAGUCUGAAGUCUUUCAAAGAUUUUGUAUUUGAGUGGACUGACCCUUUAUCCACAUUUCGCUCGCCUCCCUGAUUUAAAAACGAAGCAGACGUUUGACGAGCUGUUGUUUUAGACCUCACAGUAACUUCCACUUCCUCAAGGUUUUCAAUACAAAUCAAUAUUCAGUCAUUUCAUCUUCAUACGAGCUGUUCGCUGCAACGAGUUUGACUGAAAAACCUAAAGCUAAGAAUCCAGGAUCUACAUGACUCCCCCUGUCAGACUGUUGGAUAAUCAGAGCAGCCAUGUUGGUCUCCUUUUCUGAGGCCCGCCAACAUUCAGGAAAUGACAUCAUGUGUACAUCACAGCCCGACAACCUGCUUUCCUCGGCAACACUACAUUCUCCUUUUGCUCAUUUUUGUGUGUGCCUCCGUCAGCAGCAUUGACAACAACCGCUGAGGUCCUAUCAGGAGGUAAACCCCGCCCCCCGCCACCAGAAGAGAGAACAGAGAGAGUUUUCUAAUAAAUAUGAGUCAUAACAGAGCUGAGAGCUGAUGGUGAGAUUUACUCCCGGACAGGAGCGAGGAGCUGACCGCCAUGUUGACACAAAAACUAAAAAAUUCAGUAACAGAAAAAUUGGUAAGUCCCUAACACGCCUCAUAUUGACAUAGCGACUUCCUGGAGAUGUUUAUUGUGCCGAUCAGCCCGAGCUGAAGACUGUCAGCGUGAGUGGAGUGAGGAGAAAGUGCAGUGGUAGAGUUUUGGAUAAACAGCUCUCCUAUCAAAUGAUUUUAAACCUCUGUAUCAAACAUGGCGUCUCUCCUCUCUGUUUGAGGCUUCAGCGUCGUUCACACAGGAUGGAACAGCAGCGUGCACUCCUCCCUCUCCGCAGCUGAGAAGAUACCGGGCAGCGGCGGCAGAGAGCCUCUCUGUAAAGACCCUCCAGUCCUCAGGUAGCAGGAGACGAUCUUCUGGUCCAGGCGCAGCUGACGGGGGAUGCUGUCGAACGGUUUGGGGUCGAGAUCAAGGAUGGAGACAGAGUAGGAGAAAGCAGGAGGUCUGGAGGAGAGGAAGUCCCUGAGACGUCUCUGACUAAGGAAGAGAAGAUAGAGACAUCAUCAUUCCUCUCUCUACUACCUUUGCUAACUCUAUCCACUGCCCUGUUCCCUCAUUCAGGCAUCAGAAACACCCGAAAAUAACCCUCCGACAACAAAAACGUAUGUUGCAUUUUGACAUACCAUUGGAAGUCUAGCUCCCCCUAGUGGACUAGAUCAGGUACUACAGUGUUAAAACUGUCCUUGCCUUUAAAUUAGUGUCAAGUUGAAGCUGCACUGAAAGAUUAUUUUUACCGUUUUCAUUGAAUUCAAACAGAUUCAUUCAGUGUACGUUCAAGAAGCUAAAACUGUUAUAGAUGUUUCAGUAACUUUGUGAUAAAUAACCCUACAUUCAACCCAUCUUUUAUUUAUGUCUAAAUCCCAUAGAGACUCAUUUUCAGUAACUUUGGGGCUGAAAUUUGCCGCAGUUUCACAUUCACACGUUUUUUUUACUCUGUAAAGUCUCUCUUGGUGGGGAUUGAGUCUCGGUAGCCAGGGUACGACAUGGAAAGCUGGCUGUAGAAGUUACAGUGCAACACAACGUCAGAAACCUCAGCAGAGUCCGACACUAUUUAAAAUCAGUCGAGACAAACGUGUCUUCUCUGUUCUCUUUAACUCAGUUCUCCUUCUUCAACCCCAGAUGUUUUUCCUCAUCCUGUUGUGAGUCACUCUUUCAGCAACAGUCACAUGAUCUGUCAUCACCCCUACUGGCUUGGUGGUGUUGAAUUUUCCCAAAUAUUUACUUUGUUCUCACUUUUUCAUAUUUUACUGGCAGGAAAAACAUCCUGAUGAUUUCAAUCACAUGAAACUGAUCGAAUAUUAAAUUUAAUAUUGGAUUUCCCUUUGGGGAUCAAUAAAGAUCUUCUUGUUCUUAUUCUUAUCUUAAUCCUAAAAAAGUUCAGCAGUUUUAAGAGUUAUGUGCGAGUAUGAAUACUGCAUCUUCAAAGACUGGUAGUGUGAGUGUCACUGGGGGGUGUCCUGGUUGGGGGUCUCCUGCAAAGAUCUCCUGCCCCCCUGAUUCAGUCUCUCUGACCCUCCACUCUUUGCUUUAGCUCUUCCUGCGGUGUAGCGAGCAUUUUGGUUUCAGUCGUUUACACGUUUACUCUGAGCAGCACUCACACAGUCGCUCUGUGUCACGCUGACUUUACUGGCUUUUUCUCUUAUUAAAUCAAUGGUUUGUAAACCCCAGCUCAUGUGUCUGCAGUUGUGUCACCAUCUUUGAGCCGGGCCGUGACAGGAUACAGAACAGUCUGUUCCCACAGAAGGAAAAUAAGUUGAACGUGUUUGGGUUUAUUUCUGUUUCAAAGACUUCCAAACAUCACUUAGUUUGAUGUUUUGUAUCUCCUCUCAGAGCUUUAGGCUUACCCUUCAUCAUCCUCCUCUUCCUCGCAGCUGGGUACCAGGGCAACCAUGAUGGAGCAGUCCUUGGCUGUCAUGGAGACACGGUACUGAUGGACCUGCAGUCAAAACAAAUCUAAGCUGUAAUCUUUCACCUUCUCCUCUGAAGCCUCAUAAACAGUUUUCUCUUCUUUCAGUCGAGGUGGAGAUUUUCCAGCUCAGUGAUUCAUACUCCUUUACUUUUCCAGCAGACAGUCAGCUCAGACUGGGAGAAAUGUUCCUUUAGGAAAACUCAGCUGGUUCUGCAUCUUCCUGCUUUCGACAGGAAACAGUUGGACUGACCUUUGCGACAGCGUACUCCACAGAGCUCUCGUCCUCAUUCGGACAUUUCUGCAGCUUCUCCAGGAACGCCUCGUUGUACGGCCCGUCGAUCUGAAGCCGAGCUCUGACAGAGACACAAACAGAAGGUGAAGUCAUGACCUCCAUUAGGAGUGAUCAUGUACCUAAACACACCCUCUCAUACAGCUGUGUUUUACCUCUCCUUGGGGAACUCCUGUAGGUGCUGCUCCACACGACGGUACAGAGGGUGAAGUCCCUCAAUGUCCAAAGUGUCCAACAUCUGAGUGUGAAGGAUCCUGGAUAAAACGCUGUCACUGGGUAAACCCUGAGAGCCUAAACACAGACAGAGAGGGAGAGAAGAGAAGCAUGUUCACAGGUCAGAUUUCUGGUUUUAAAGGUUUUCAGUUUCACACAUUUACAUAAUCGGACUCAGAUGUUACAGCCCUGUUGUUUGUGUUCACAUAAACCAUCCAGCUGCUUUGUCCAAACCUCAAGAAUUUCUGAAGGAGGCUGCAGCAUGAGAAAAACCUUUGUUAAAGAGGACAGACAGAGAGGCUGAAUCCAACAGAUGUCACAGCCGUGUGAAACCAAAGUGGUGAAAGUUUGUAACUCUGGCUGAAGAAAAUUCAAUCAAUUAAGAAAAUAAAUAAAGAGGAAACUAAAAAGAAUAAACACGACACGGAGGAGCAGAUCUGCUGCGUUUGGUUCCAGCGGUUCAUAUAAACGACUCAAAGAGCAGUUCAGGAAAAAAACUGAAGAAGAGUAAAAACAAGCCGGUCAUCCAGCAGGUUCUGACCGUGACGAAUCCUCUCUUUGUUGAACAGACUGGCUUCACAGAAGCUCCGCCCCUCCCCUCGUCUGUCUGUCACCACCCCUCCGUCUCCUCCUCCACCACUCAGCAGGGCGUUUACCAGGACCUACAGAAAAACAGAGCAUCUGAUCACACCUGGAUUAUCUUCUCCUUGUAGACGGGUUGAUAGUAGCAUCUCUAUAGAGUCUGAAUGAUCCAGUUAAAGCCGUGAGACCAGUAACUGCAGAGAGGCUCAAACU